AUGGCUGUUUGGAUUUGGACCUUGAGCAUUCUGAGCUUCUCUUGUGUGACCUGUGCAUUGAGGCCUAAGAAAUGGGAUUCGUUUCUGACCAACACAGAACUGAACCACCUGACGGUGAACCACAAAACGGGGACAGUCUAUUUAGGAGCAGUUAAUGCCCUUCAUCAGCUUACGAGCGACUUGAAACCCUAUCCGUCUGUGGGUGAGGUAUCCACUGGGCCACAACUUGAUAACAAAAUGUGCACACCUCCCAUUGAUGCAAACCAGUGUACCGAAGCAAAAGAUACUGACAAUUACAAUAAGAUAUUUUUGCUGGACACACAAGAGGGACAAAUUGUGGUUUGCGGGAGCCUGUUUAAGGGCAUCUGUUGCAUAAGAGAGCUCGAGAACAUUUCAAAGAUAGUUUACUAUGAGAACGGCAGCGGGGAGAAAUCGUUUGUUGCAAGCAACGACGAGGAGGUAGCCACAGUGGGGCUGAUCACCUCUUUGAAAAAAGGCCGAAUGAUGUUUGUGGGAAAGGGAAAUGGACCAAGUGACAAUGGGAUAAUAAUCAGCACUCGGCAACUUUUCGACGGGGAUGGGAAAGACAUUUUUGAACUGUAUGCAGAGCCUGCUGUGAUCAAAUCGACGUACCCUUCCUCAAGCACGCAGCAGUUUCUGUACAUCUUUGAAGACAGCAAAUAUGUGUAUUUUAUUUUCAAUCAGUAUGAAAAGCAGCCCCUUAAAAACCGGACAGUAAUUGGGCGGCUCUGCAAGGAAGAUGAACAGUACCAUUCCUACUUUGAAAUGGACUUGGAAUGUAAAGAUGCCAGUGGUCCUUACAACCAAUGUAAUGCUGUCUAUGCCUCUGUGCCUGGGCAGGAUCCAGCACCAUCGGAGCAAGAGGAUGGUGCCUCGUCGGAGGACAAAAUGCUAAUUGCACUUUUCAAGAGGAUCAACAAAGACAAUAACUCUGUGGAAUCUGCCAUGUGUGUGUUUUCCUUGGAGAAGAUCAACCAAAAAAUGGAGGAAAAACGGGAGCAAUGCUAUAUGAAGGAUAAACGGAACGUGUUUUACAAACCUUUCCGAACAGAAACCGCUCCGUGCACUUCUCAGUCUCACCCGGUAAUAUGAAAGCUUUAAAAUAUUUUUUAUUUAUUUUUUAUUUCUUUAUUUGAAAAGGGAGAGACAGAAAGGUUCAAAACCCUGUGUUUUAGAAACACAUUUUAAAUCUGUGAAGCAAAAGUGUGAGGCCUGGGAGCUGGAAUCUAAAAUGUUUCAGCACAGGUCUUUUUGGCUCCAGACAUUUUUUUGCAUAACAUGUGAAAUCUUUUUUCUUCUUCCCUGUCAAUGUUAUAGCACUGUUUUAUACUAAAUUGUACUUAGUCAGGUUAAUAUUCAACUGACAAAAAUAGUUAUGCACCUAGUGUUCACUUUUGGAAGCAAAGUGUAAAUUUGACCAUUCGGGUGUUUUAAGUGGGCUUAAUCCAGUCAAAAGGUGCCAAUGUCUCAGUGAGACAGAUUUAGCAUUUGCUUUGUAUGUCCUACAUUGAGAUAAGUCCAGUUUUAAAUUGCUUCAUUUGAACUGGGUGAUGCCCUUUUCCCUUCCCCCUCAUCACUAUCAUUCAUAGCAGAAACCAGCACCAGAAUUUUGCACUAUGGACCCCACUGAACAGGCCUUCAUUGAUGCAGUUUGGGGGCACAGAGUUGGUUUUCUAUCUUUAUGGUGGCAUUUGUUAUCAGUUUGUCUUCUAAUCCUUUUGAAAAAGCUAAAAUUGAGAUAUAAGUUUUUCUCAUUCUUAGAGACAAUAAUGUGAGGAGAACAACAUUAAGUGUCAGUGUAAUUAUGACAAGCUUAUAUCUAUAACUUUUUGAUCAAUCAAUCUCCUUUAUUGGCAUAAAAAGUGCAUCAUAUACAUGGAUCAUAGUAGGAGAUACUUUAGGAUAAAACUGUCCAGGCAUCAUGAGGUACGAAGAUGGCUCUCAGGACCUAUGGUGACGUAAUUUCAUAGAGUCACUCAGAAAUCUUGCCGCAUUCUCCACAACAUCAUUACAGUGGUACCUCGGUUUAAGAACAGUCCAUUUUAAGAACGAUAUGGUUUACCAACUCCGCAAAACCAGAAACCAUGUCUUGGUUUGAGAACUUUACCUUGGUCUAAGAACAGAAUCUGAAUGGUGGAAGGGCACUGGUGGCGAGAGGCCUCAUUAGGGAAAGCACACCUUGGUUUAAGAACGGUUUUGGUUUAAGAACGGACUUCCAGAACGGAUUAAGUUUGAAAACCAAGGUACCACUGUACUAGCUUUUAUAGCUUGUAUCUGAAACUCAGCGAAAUUAUGGAUGACUCUUAAAAAAAAGAAAAUAAAACGCUUCCUAUCAUGUACAUUAGUGUCCUUUACAUCCAGAAAUUCCCCUUAGAUUGAGUGUGGCCAGAUUUUAAUAUUUUCUACCUUGUAUUUCUUUUAAAAAAUAAAAAGCUAUAAAAUGAUUUCCCUCAUUCUAAAAGGGGGAAAUAUUACACAGUAUCCCCCAAAUAUUCCAUUUUUCAAUUUGGAAAACUUUGGGGGGGGGGAAUCUUCCAUAGAGAAAAUAAAAAAGGAUUUCCAAUGGGGCGGUUUUCUGUGCCUUCCUAUCCCUAAGACCAACUGCAGUGCCUCCCAGCCUAAGCAUCGGCCAUGAUCCCUUUAUACAGCCUCUUCAAGGGAGGGCUUUCCUACUAACUAAGGACCCUCACAUCCAAACAUCUUCAUAUGGAUGCCCUGCUUAAGAUAUGCAGAGAGGAGUUUCCACAUCACAACAUGCAUCAGUUUGAAUUUGGAUGCCACCCAUACCAUAUAUCCAGCCCACAGAAUCUUUGUCCAGGGGAUAUCUGAGAUAUUUCUGCAACCACCUUAGGUCAGGGUUGGAUCAUAAGCCACCUGAGGUCUCAUCCCCCACCUGUGGGACCUUCAACUAGCAAGGAUGGGGGAGAUCUGCACCAGCAGUGAUAUAAGCUGAGCAGAGAGGUGUCUCCAUCCAGUCAGACCCCCUCUACACAUAGUGUGGCAUAAAAGAGGGGGGUGGGUUGGAUUUCAUCCCUAGUUUCAAAGUUCAGAGUUUAUCACCAGUCUGAUUGUUGUGUUUCUGUUUCUUGCUUCAUUUCUUAGAAUUCAAGCCAAGCCUUUCCAUGUGGUUCUGAACAUUUACCAUACCCUCUGGGAAGCAGAGAGGGAAUUACUACAGAACCUUUAUUGAAGAAGAAGGGUAUAGACUUAACUGCAGUGACCUUUGCCGUAGAGAACACGCAUACAGUAGCAUUUGUUGGGACAUCGGACGGCAGAAUCCUGAAGGUAACCUCAAUGUCUUAAAUACUUUCUUGUUGUUGUUGUUGUUGUUUAAAAAAGAAGCGUGGCCUGUUUUUGCAAUAUAAGAAAGCUAUGGCCAGAAUGAAUCUGCCAUAGAUAAAAGGUUUAUCCGGUAAUUUGCUUGACUUUUAAACGGAACAAACUUUCCGUAAAGUAUUUCAUGAAGUAAAUUCAAUAAGCAUAUUCAAACAAUUUGUUUAUAUGUAUUGUGGCAAUAGUGACGUAUUGAACCCCAGAAUUAAAAGUAAUCAUAAAAAAUAACCAUUCCUGAACACCAUGAAAUCAAAAUAUGUGAACAUAUUUCAGCCCAAAAUCAAUAAAAUCAUGUUCAAAUACAGUGGUACCUCAGUUUACGAACUAAAUCUGUUCCUGAAGUCCUUUCUUAAACCAAAUCUGUUCUUAAACCGAGGUGCGCUUUCCCUAAUGAGGCCUUCACUACGGGUGCCCUUCCACCGUUCGGUUUCUGUUUGUAGACCGAGGUAAAGUUCGCAAACCGGAACACUACUUCCAGUUUUGCGGAGUUCAUAAACCGAAUUUUGCGGAGUUCAUAAACCGUAAGCAGGACUGUUCUUAAACCGAGGUACCACUGUAUGUCCUUCUCAAAGCUGUACCUGUGUGUGCAUUAAAAUUCAAAUAAACAUAAACCCAUUAGCCUGGCAGAAACCUGGAACGCCUCCCAUUUGUUGCAGUUGUUAUUUAGUAGAGUUAGGGCAACCAAAGUCUUCAUUUAAUCAAAGCCUGAUAGAGUUCUGCCUCAUACUAAUGUAUCUUUUUUGUCCCAUUCCCAACAGAUAACUAUAGCCAUUGACGAUGAGCUAUAUUACUGCUCUUCCUUGUCUCCUUGUAUGACCAGUUCACUGCUGUGUUUGAAAUGGGAAAGCUAUGGUUUGUGCAAACUGCAUUUGGCCUACGGACUAAAACUGGGAACCCACUUUGAAUGAUGCUUCCAGUUACAACUUGUAGGCAAAUGAUUUGUGCAUACCAGAGCUUGAUAGAACAGCAAACUCUACUAGCCUGCCAGGAGCAAGGAAGUCAAGGAGCAUAUUGAAGCACUUCCAAGAAACGGAGCUCAUGAGCAGAACGCUCAGACCCAAUGGCAAAGCAGGUUAAUUUCAUUAAGCAAAUGAAAAAGUAAGAGGGGUUAGAAUAUGACCAGGCUAACAGCAAGGUCUCUUGAGUAUAAACCCUUAAUAGAUAUCGCUAAUACAGAAUAAGGAUCAGAAAUUAUGAAUUAAUAUAUUGAGUGUAAUUUUGAAACUUGUUUGACUCUUGUGGGCCCUUCCAGCUGUACAGUUGUAUGAUUCUAUGAUCUCAAUCAUAACACAUGAAAGAAAAUUGGCAAAGAGCUUUGCCCAGAUAGAAACUGAUAAUUUUGCCAGAAUAGAGCAAGAUUUUGAAAAGGCAAUGAUGUUUUAGAAGAGCAGUUCUCCUUUCUUGCAGCUCAACAAUUAUUUCUUGGGGUGGUUUUGUUUUAAAAUGAAAAUGUCUAAAUGUGUUUCAACUUAAAUACUUUUUUAUUUACUGAAAUAGCUAAGAUAAUGUAGUUAAUCUGUAUUCCAGGUGUUUUUGUCGAAUCCUGAAAAGGAAUAUGCUGGAGUCCUUGUUGAAAAAAACAAGCCUAUCCAGAAAGAUCUCGCCCUAGAUGCUCUCCAAGAGAACUUGUAUGUGAUGACUGCAAAAGAGGUACAAAAUGCUUGGAAACAACAAUGAAACUUUAAAUAUCAUGUUCAAUUUGAACAUGUUUCUCAGGGCAUAUCUGCAGGGUGAGCUGGACCUACAGCUGUGUUGCUAAACGGAAAUUACAAGAAAUAUGCAGGAAUAGUUCCUUGAGGCAUGCAAAAUCAGAAGUUAACCAGCGUUCCCAGAGCUGCCACUCUGCACAUGCCCCAAGACAGUGUGAUCUCUUUAUUUUCAUUCAGCAGGCAACUGUUCACAAAGAAAGCAACCUUUAGCAUAGCUUCCUUCAUGGAAAGCAAAUGGCUCGUCCUCAUUAGAUAGAGAUGUGAAGGAACUCUGGGUGUAAAGCAGCAGCUGAUUAUGCACUUGGGCCAAAGCAAAAAGCCCCAAGAGAUCUCCUGGUGUAAUGUGUAGUUUGGCUUGGCCUUAGCCCAAGUCCAGCAUGCAAACUAUUGGACCACAUGGCCUAUCAUUGGUAAUUUUGGUGAUUUGAAAGCUGGUUGUCAUGUGCUUCCUGGGACCAGAGUUAUGGCACCAAGAACUCUACAGUGUAUAAUAUAUAUAUUUUUUAAAACCCAGCAAGUAAUGUGUACAUGAAGAGGAUUUGAUGCAGCUUUUUCAGGGACAAAUAGGGAAAUGGAAAGCAAGUAGGUAUUGCAAAAUUAAGAGAGCUUUUUAAAAAAAACAAAAAACAAACAGCAGAAGAUGACAUUUACCUCAGUUUAUUUAAAAGGCCUGGGUGAACAAAGGCCUGACACCAAAAAGAUCACAAAGAGGGUGCCAGGCAAACCUCGUUGGGAAGGCUGUUCUAUAACUGAGAUGCCACCACUGAAAAGACACUGGUGGUGGCUUGCCUCAGUUAAUUCAGUAGAGGCACUGGGGACUGGGGUUUAAAUAGGAACAAAUGACAGAAGGUAGUCUUUCAGGUAACCUUGUCCCAAACUAUGUAGAGCUUUUAAAGUUAAAAACAGCCGUUUUAAUUUGUCCCUGAAAUGGGCUGGAAGCCAGUACAGCUGACGGAAGCAUUGUUGUAAUAUGAUCAAACCACCCAGUGCCUCUUGCAUCCCAGUUAUAGACCAACUAAGGUUUCCAGGGUGUUUUAAAGACAGCCCCAAAUACACCAGACAACAAUAGUAUUGUGUAGAGGUUGGGAAAUUCCUCCCCUGCAUAGUCUCUUUUGUUUUAUGUGGCACAUAAGCAGAUGCAGAAGCUCUGAGGGUUAGUAGUAUUCCCUUUCAAAAAUAGAACAGCACAAAGUAGUCAUUAUUCCUGCUAGCUUUGUGGCUCAGGGUCUGUUCCUCCAUCUUCUGCUCAGCAAAUUCAAAGCGUCAUUAAGAAUCGUCUACAGGUGCUUGUUUGGGCAAUAGGCAUGAUUAGUAUAAUCAACUCUGCGAAAGGAUUCUCUUCAAGAUUUUUUUAAAAAGCAAGAAGAGUAGAUUUAAAUUUAAUUUGUAGUUCUCUAAUGACUUACAAUUUAGUGCUAGGAUUAUUGAGUGAUUUUUUUUCACAUGACUAUGAGUGUUUUGCCAGCCUACAUCUGGGCCUGUUCACAUGUUUCACUGACCAUUGUAAUCCAUGAGGUGUGAUAUUUGGAAUUCCUUUUAUCCAGAAUUUAUUGUAUAUUACGGGAAAUUGCAGUGUCCCUUUAACCUUAACUACUUGGGGGAACCAAUGAACCCAGAUUUGGGUUCAAAGAUAAUAACAUUUCUGCAUGCAGGAACCCGGAGUUAAGACAGAAGGCAGAAUUGGGAUUCAAUAUGACCUUAACAGAUUGGAGAACUGGGCCCAAACUAGCAGAAUGAAUUUCAGUGUAAGGUUCUACACUUAGGCAGGAAAAACCAGUUGCAUGAAUAUAAGAUGUGGGACACCUGGCUUACCAUUAGUACAUGUUAAAGAGAUAUAAGGGUCUUUGUGGACCACAAGCUUGACUUGAGUAAACAGUGUGAUGCAGCAGCAAAAAAAGGGAAUGCUGUUCUAGACUGCAUCGACAGAAGUAUACUGUCCCGAUCAAGGGAAGUAAUAGUCCUCCUCUAUUCUGCUUUGGUCAGAGCACUCCUGGAGUCCUGUGUCCAGUUCUGGGCACCACACUUUAAAGAAGGAUAUUGACAAGCUGAAACGUGCGCAGAGGAGGGUGGUUAGGAUGAUAAAGGGUCUGAAAGCCAAACCUUAUGAGGAACGGUUGAAGGACCUGGGCAUGUUUAGUGUGAAAAGAGAAGACUUAAGAGAUAUGAAAGCCAUCUUCAAAUAUCUAAAGGGCUGUCAUGUGGAGGAUGGGGCAAGCUUACUUUCUCCUGCUCCAGAAGCUAGGACCCAAACCAAUGGAUUCAAGUUACAAGAAAGCAGAUUCCAAGGAGACAUCAGGAAGAACUUUCUGACAGGAAGAGCUGUUCGACAGUGGAACUGACUCCCUCAGAAGGUGGUGGAGUCUCCUUCAUUUGAGGCUUUUAAGCAGAGGUUGGAUGGUCAUCUAUCGUGUAUGAGUUUGUUGAGAUUCCUGUGUUGCAUGGGGUUGGACUAAAUGUCCCUUGGGAUCCCUUCCAACUCUACAAUUCUUUGAUUUUAUGAAUAAUUACCUGCUCCACUGGGGAGAGUCCCAUGGACUGCAAGAAGAUCAAACGUAUCCAUUCUUAAGGAAAUCAGCCCUGAGUGCUAACUGGAAGAACAGACCUGAAGCUGAGACUCCAAUACUUUGGCCACCUCAUGAGAAGAGAAGACUCCCUGGAAAAGAACCUGAUGUUGGGGAAGAUGAAGGGCACAAGGAGAAGGGGACGACAGAGGACGAGAUGGUUGGAUAGUGUUCUCGAAGCUACCAGCAUGAGUGUGACCAAACUGCGGGAGGCAGUGGAAGACAGGAAUGCCUGGCGUGCUCUGAUUCAUGGGGUCACGAAGAGUCGGACACGACUAAACGACUAAACAACAACAACCACUGGGGCAAAGGAGAGGAGAAGGAACAAGUUUCCUGAGUUUCACCGUGACCUAAAGCUGUGUGGACAUGCUUGAAACAUGAGCUAGAUAUGAGUCUUGUGGCUGUGUGCUUCAAAUAUUGAGAGGUAGAUUGUGGAUCAUUGGAGUCAUGACAGAGGGAGGGAGGUAAGCAAGCUUCCAUAGAGCCCUGUCUUGUAUAGUGUCCAAGGAAGCAACCCGAGUUAUUUAUAACAUCCCCCAAAUGGUUCAAAAGUAGUCAAAGGCUCCUUGCUGCCCAAAAGAAAAGGCAAGGGGAAGUGAUAGUAAAGGAAAGGAGCUCUCUGGUGUUGGAGCAAUCUGUUGUCCUGGAUGUCCCACAGGGAUCAAACCAACAACUGUGGAACAACCAGAUUGAGGAAGACUAAAGACAUGCAAUGGAAUAAGCAUCCCUCUAGGGGAAGGAAGACAAAAGGUGACUUACGUUCAGCAGAAGGGAAUGCUAGAGUGAGACUGAUGCCACAGGCCAAAGCAGAUUUUUUGGAUGAUAAAUGACAAUACAAGUGGCGUUUGGGAAUAUACGUAAGAAUUGUGACCCAAUAAAAGCCAUACUGUAUCUGGAACAUUGGUAUAACAGGAAUGUCCCUCAUGAAGAGCAGAGAUAGAUGAGCUUAACCUUUUCAUAUGAUAAGAGAGAGAACAGUCCAAACAGAAAGAGGAAAGAAACUUCAGGUGCUACAAAACAAGGUUUAUUUAGUGCCCAAUGUGUUUCAGAGAAAAUAUUUUCACAAGGAUACUGUAAAGUUGCAAAUGCCACAUAGAACAGAAAGAAUGAUUGGUACAGAAUCAAUACUGAGUGAGAUACAUUAAGUUUCUUUGUGUAAGUAUAUUACAAGCAUUCAAAGCAAUACUGCUACAACUUGUUUGUUUGAACAAAACCAAGUUAGAAACAAACCCCUGAAAAUGAAACAAUCCCAAAUUCACUUGUGGGGUGGGGGAGUUUGGAGUUGGUUCCAUUUUCAUUUCUACCAGUUAUCCUUCUCUUAUUUAUGUUUUUGAGCUCUCAUACUGCCCUUGAGAGAGAAAAUUUCACCAAAAUCCCAUUAGAGUCUAAACACUGUUUUGAGGCACCUGAAUUUACCUCCAUCCUCUCUCUCUCUCUCUCUCUCUCUCUCUCUCUCUCUCUCUCUCUCUCUCUUUGGCCUGCUAGUGGUACUACCCCAGUUUUGUUGUUGCUUUUUUUAAGUUAUCGUUGGAACAAUGCCAGUUACAAGAAAAGGAAGCAUCUACCUCGUCAGGGCUAAUUAAUGACUGAAUAGAGACAUUUGCUUGUGUUAGCAGUUGGCAACUGGCUUCUAUCUUAAAUUAGGCACUGGCAUAAAUCCAGAGUUCUUGCACCUCUCAAUCCUAUGAGGCUUUCAGUAACAGCAGGCAACCAAUGCUAAAGUUUCCUUCAUCUCUACACUUGGAAAAAUCCCACACUCAUUGCACCGUCACCUGUAGAGUGAACCUAAAGGAGCCAAAAGGCUUUGAGACAUGUGAACUGACCACCUUGGUAACAGAAAGCCAUCUCAUUGAUAUUUAAUUGCUUUAUGAAUGUAUCCCCAAUGAAGCAAAACAAAUGAAAUUCUAAACACAAUCCCUUGGGGAUAAAAUUGCCCUGAAACUUCCAGGUGUUUAGCGUCACCACAUCCAAUAUCAACAGGUAGAUUCGAAUCUGAGCAUGUAUAACAUGCUUUGAAUGUCCUAUUUAAAAUAUUUCUGUGCUUUCAGAUAACUGUUUGGUAUAGUUAGAAAUACUAUUCCUUGAGGUAUAUGCAAACAUGGCAUCAUAGUAACUUUUGAAACUUUUUUGGUGAUGAAAAAAAUUAAAAGGUAAAGGACCCCUGGACGGUUACGUCUAGUCAAAGGUGACUAUGGGGUUGUGGCGCUCAUCUCGCUUUCAGGCUGAGGGAGCCGGCGUUUGUCCACAGACAGCUUUCCGGAUCAUGUGGCCAGCAGGACUAAACCGCUUCUGGCGCAACUGAACACCAUGAUUGAAACCAGAGUAAUAAUCAGUGUUAGAAACUGAGAUAUGAAAGCUAGGAGCUAAACGGCACCUUAAACCUAGGUUAUAGGUGCAACAGUGGAAUGUCUAGGCACCCUUUUUUAUAACAAGAAUACAAAGCUGAAAAUGAAUGAACUGCAGCUAAAAUAUUAUGUUUUCACAUGGUCUAGUCGUUGUCUGGCCACCCCGCUAAUAUUCUUAAGAGGGUCUCUUCUCCAGUCUUCAGAGAGUAGCUGGAAGUGGGGAGGCAGAAAAGGGUUCUCCUUUCCUUCCACUCUGCAGUUUGAAUCUGAAAUCUUAGGAGCAGUACUGCGCCCAGAGCUCAGAAACUGCUCACACUAAUGAAAUUCCCUGUUGCAAAAUGCACCUAGAACAAUGGGAGCUUCGAACACUGGUAAUAAUGAGUAGUGUGCAUUUAGGUGUGUGGGUGUGCGUAUGUGCUUAGUUUGGCAAAUUUUAGCUUUAGAGUCGGGGGUUUGUAUCCGGAAAACAGCAGAGGGAAAAGGAUUAAAGCACACUACCUCAGCAUCACUCUUACAGAGUGCAGACACAGCUGCUUUUAAUUUAUUUGUUUUGGGUUUUUUAAUGCUAUAUGUUUUUUAGGAGAGGUUCUCUGUGGCCUCAAGUGGUUUGUCCCCAAACAUGACCUUAAGUUUACUGCAAAUAUUGAUGGUGCAAGCAAAUUCCUGUGAGCUCAGGACAAAUUGUGAAUUGGCUAGGAGUACAAAAUUAUGAAAAGCGUAUUAGAGUUAUAUAAUCUAUUCAUAACCAAAGCACUUUCCCGUAAUUUAUUAUUAGAUGUAUCUACUCUUAUUAGGUGUUUCGCUUGCCUGUCCAAGAAUGUACGAGUUACUCAACCUGUGACCUGUGCAUUCAAGCCCGGGAUCCGUAUUGCGGCUGGUGUGUAACAGAGGGAAAGUAAGUAUUCCAUGCUACAGGGAUAUAUUGUAUUAUGCAUGGUAUUUCUUUUCAGAAUAUCAUGUAUGCUGAAUGAUUUCUUCAAAGCAUUUGUACCAGAACUGGGAAAAACUCUUCAUCACAAAUUACCACAGUGUAAACAUAUAAUGAGCAGCAGGGAGGAAGCUAAUUUGCAUAUUUUGUCUGUAUAGCUUGUAUAUAAUUUGCAUGAAAAUGGUGGUUGCCAAGCCACAGCUGGUGAAUAUCUAGCAUUUAUCUGGUGAUAGUCUUAUUCUAGUAUUUUAACUCUAAACAUUCCUUAAUACAAUCCUUCCAGCUGAAAAACAGCACUUGGGAAUCUUUGGAUGGUGGAGGGAAGAGAACCAUACUGAAUUUCAAUUUUGCUUUUAGGUUUCUGAUGUUUUAAGGGUACAAAGUUUUUGUCUGCUACCGAGAGACAUGCUGAAAUUUAUUAUAUUCAGGGUGUUGUGGUAAAAAGUUGCCUUCCAUUUCUACCAAACACACAUUGACUAUGGAUGAGGUAGAUUUUCCAUUUCCUUUUUCACGAUAUACACCUUCAAGUCAGUUGAGAUUCCUGGUAGUGAUUAUUUCCUACCAGGGUGUCAGAACUUUAUUGACACGCUAAACAUACAAAUUUUAAAGACAGAGAAAAAGAAAAGAACAAAAAACACAGCACGCUUGUUUGCUUAGCCCUCCAUGCUCCCAAGCUGGAAGCUAUAAGAAGUCAAAAUAAACCAAGAUAAAAGCCAAAAUCUUCAGUGUUUUAACAGGAAAUCUCCUCAUAACGUUGAAGAUUUCUCUAAAACACUUUCUGCUGCUGUAACAUGCCUAAAUAGCAAAAUUAAAUUGUGUUGGUCUGUCAUAGCUUUUCUUCAGAACCACAACACAUAGGAAUGGUCCAAAUUGGACCAUUGUUCCAUGUAGCUCAGAUCGGCUGUGGUUUCUCCUCCUAAAAUAUUAUUUUAUUAUUAUUAAGGUUUCUUUAAAAAAACACCCUGAAAAUAAACAACUUAGAAUAAAAAAUAAAAAGUGAGAACGUGAAAAAAGCCGGGGGGGGGGGAACGUUUUCCAAAUCACUAUAAGGAUUAACAAUUACAAUUCCAUAUACUCUGGCAUCUCUUCAGAUUGGUAUAACUCUUUUGCCUUUUACAUCCAUUGUCUUCAUUGUCUACUCCAGGUUGGGCUGAGAUUGGAUGCAACUCAGCGAUGCAUUAUUCUUGCUGCUAUUGGGAGUAUGUUUUGGGAUUUUAUUGUUAGUUUUGGAAUUUUAUUGUUACAUGGGAAAUUUUAUUCCCUAUUUAUUGAGGUGUUUUAAUUACCGGUAGCUGAUUGUUUAUAACUGUUUACAUUUUGUUAUAUUUCUGCAACUGGAAGAGCGACUUACGUAAAUAAUUCGAUGUUGUCAGCCACCUUGACCGUGACUUCCAACUAUUAAAAGGCAUCAUGCAAAUAAAAGAUGCUGAUGAGCUGAAAAGAGAUCAAGCUCAAUACAUGGAUUUCCAAAUUUGUGCCCUUCCUUUCCCCCUUAUUAUUGCUUUUAAUUGCUUAUUUUGAGCGACACAACUUUUCAUACUUCUUAAGAGGUGAGAACACAGACAGCUGAUUGAACUUGAAAUCUUUUGCAAGGUACUAUUUGGGGGAACAUCGCCACCUGUAACUGUUCUUUUUGUUCUGAAAUUAAAUUAUAGGCCCUCACCUGGGCCUGUCAUUGAACACGCUGGCGUAACUGUUAUACCUCUGAAGUAGGCUUAGCAUUUUCUGAAGGAAAGCUUUUGCAUGGCUAGAGGCUUAUUUUUAAAUAAGUAAGGGGUGGUGAGAUGGCUCUAAGUCAGUCUCCUCUGCUUCAAACUUCCAGGUUAAUUAACCCCAUGGCGGAACCAUGUGGGAUUUUGUGAUAUGAAGUGCAUGCUACUGGCAUACAAGGUUUACUUAAUUAUAGGAAAAAGGAGAUAGGUUUCAGGAAUCCUACUUCCACUGCAAACAUCUUAACUGCAGCAGUAAAAUUGCCUCAAAGCUUAUCAUGAAGCCAAACGAAGAAUAACCCCUCUUUAUAUACAUACUUGAAAUGCAGAGGAAACCACACAAUUUAAUUUGAAUGAGAGGCUGACUACCUAUGAAUGCAAAGGCAUAUUUGCAUAUUGCCGGGUUGGGGGAUCUCAGCUUUUCUCUAAGACUUCUCAUGGUGACUCCUGACCUCAUUAUUAAAGACUUUCAAAGGUCUUUGUCAGCAAACAGCCAGUUUUGAUCACAUACACUUACAGACAAUUAAGUCUCCAAGUGUCUAAAGAGGACCCCCUCCCCACAAAAGAGCCCAGGGAGCAUUGUACCCUCGGGGGGGGGCCAAUGAAAUGCUGGCUGGCUUUGGGCAGGGUGGGGGUGGAUGGAGACUAGAAAUCUAUGGGAAAUGGAAUGGAGUGUCCUAGAAUAGGGCGUGAUUGGAAUCGUGAACAGGUACAAGACAUACUGCAGAAAUUUGUUGCAGGUCCAAAUGUCAGAAUGAGAGUCUCUAAGUCAGUCCAAAACCCUCUUCAGUGACACACACACAGAGAGAGAGAGGGGUGGGGCACUGGAUUCAGAAUUGGAAUCGCUUUCCAGAAAUCCACACCAGGUUUUUGUUUGUUUAAAAGAACAAAAUACAGUCAUACCUCAGGUAACAGAUGCUUCAGGUUGCGUUUUUUUCGGGUUACAGACCGCUGAAACCCGGAAGUACCGGGACAGGUUACUUCCAGGUUUCAGCUGUCACGCAUGAGCAGAAGCGCUAAAUCGCGCUAUGCGCAGAAGCACUGAAUCGCAACCCACGUGUGCGCAGACACACCACUGCGGGUUGCAGACGCUGCUGGUUGCGAACGUGCAUCCCACACGGAUCACGUUCACAACCCAAGCGUCCACUGUAAACAAGCUUUAUUUAAAUCAUUAAAAGCAGCAGAAAAAUAUUGGAACCCAAUGCAGAUAUCUAUAAUUUCAACAAGAGGGAAACAAGUUCAAGGAUAUUGGAGUUACAGAGAGCGGGCAAACAAUAAAAUAAAAUAAUAAUUUCCCAGCUAUUGUUGUCAUACACAAUAUCUAGGCCUAGUGUCUUUGGGAGCUGCAAUACCAGUCACAAAAUGAAGGCUGCAGAUCCACAGCAGAUGAUAUAUGUUUCAUGAGGCACCAAAUUCCUAGAGGUCCUAGGCCUUUCCAAGGACUGCAGCUGCCAAUGAUCCGAUAUUUGGCUCUUUACUCUCCCGCCACCCCAAACAACUGAAAGGAAAAGGUUCUGAGUUCAGCACAGGCCUCCCAGUUGAUCUCCCGCAAGCCGCCAAAUUGCAUUUUUUUGCUACUAAAUUAUCUGCUCUGGUUAUGUUUUCUUUCAAAUGCAAUUUUGGGAAUUGCAGUCAGCAUGACUUUAUUUUUAUUUUAUUUUUUCAAAGUUAGGGCUCACCUGUACCAAACUGUAAGCAAUAGUUGUAUUGAUGGAGAAAGGAUGUAGUUAUAGAACUCAUGAGUUGUAGGAACUCCUGUAGACGAUACCUGGUUCAGAUUACCAGCAUUUCCAGAUAGGAAUUGUAAAGACUCUUCUAUGAAACCCUGAGAACCACUGUCGGUUAGCAGAGGCGAUAUUGUGUAAGUUUAGUGUAGGCAAAUACUGAGCUUCUAGUUUUUCAUUGACACAAAACGAUGCAUUUGAUGAAAUCGGCUCUAGCCAUAGAAGCUUGGGGCCACAACAGAUCUGUCAGUCUUUUAAGAUGUCGGAAGACUCCUUGUUGUUAUCCAUUGUUAUGCAGUGUGUUUGCUGCACUUGCCCUUCAUGAUAGUUUACAUUUCAGGAAGGCAUGUCAGUAAAAUAUUUAGCCAUCCAGAGACCGCAAUAGGUAUCCUUGUGUUGCUCUCUCUACAAUUCUGCUUGGCACCUCUGCAUCUACUGGAUUCAGUAUAAUGAUGGAGAGAACCUGAAAGUGGUUUCAUAUUUCAAGAAUUUUCCUUGAGUUCACUUUCCCAGCAGCAGUGGGGAAUAGUCAAUCUUAUAGCCAAGGAUGUAUGUUUUCAUUUGUGACUCAAGCAUGAGCUGACAGAGCUAAGCCUCAGGCUGAGACUAAAGACCUGGUGACAAAUUUGCAGUGUGUUAAGGAAUAAGCAAAACACUCCAAAUUUCCACACUCUGUAGGCACAAUAUUGUUCCUUAACAGCUAAACUACUUUUCUGUUAACAUGUUGCUUGAAUACUAGGUUAGGGGUCCCCCCCCCACUUUGUGUACAGUUCAUUGAAUUUAAGAUAAAUAUUUGAACGUUUGUUGUUGUAAUUUGACAAUGCUAACAGGUAAUUAUCCUGUCAUAAAGAAUAAUAAGUAAACAGAAUAGAAGAAAAGAAAUAUUAAGCACACAUUCUAUGCCACCUUUCCACCCCCAGUGCUUAUGCAUUUGAAUGCUUUUGUAUUUUGGGUUAAUGAGUGCGGAUUUUUAAAAUGUAAUUACUUCGGACAACUUUAAAUUUUGUUAUUUAUUCCAGAUGCACGAGGAAAAAAGACUGUGCAAGAUCAGCUCAGGAAAACCACUGGCUCUGGAGCCCAGAUGGCAUUUGCCUGAAUAUUACAAGUGCUUACCCUCAAAAUAUGAGCCGGGGAGCCACAGGCAACGUAAGUGCAACAGGAUCAUGUGUGUGUGUGUGUGUGUGUGUGUGAGAGAGAGAGAGAGAGAGAGAGAGAGAGAGAGAGAGAGAAUCCAAAUCAUAGUGCAUUGUGUGAGGAGUGAGAGAAUUGCCCUUGCAUAUAAUUAUGUGUGCAUUUGUUUUGCAAUGUUCUAAAGCAGCGGUUCCCAAUUAGGGGUCUGGGAACCCCUGGGAGUCCGCGGAACACACCCAAGGGGUCCGCAGCACCACCCCCUGCCAGGGACUUACUCAUCUUGUUAAUUGCACAGUGAAAGCCUUCCGCGGAUCAUCCAGCCUCUGCUCACAACCAGCGCCUACUUGAAGGCAGGGGGGAAACUUGUGAAAGAGUUGCUGGAUGGCAGUGAGCUAGGAUUGGGCACAAACCUCUGGCACAGUUCCUUAGGGCUCUUGCAGUUGGAGGGGAGAGGGGGGAAAGAGUGCAAACAGCUCACAUGCCUAGGGAUCCCUUCCCCUUGCCGUCUACUUUUUAACUGAGAAGAACUAAUUGUUUUCAAGGACUAUCAAGUUUAGAGGACUCUCCCACUGCUCGUAGGUGGGGUUUCAGUGAACCUUGCCUUAUGAGUUUGGGAUUCAUGUCUCAUCUUGGAAGUGCAACAGGGGAAAUGGCUAAGCAGAUUGUCACUAUGCUUUGCACAACAGCUCACCCUCUGGUGAUUUAGUUUAGUGCUAGGGCUGGGCGAUACUUUGUUGUCAACACCGUGAUAUAUCAGCAGCUAAAUGCGGGUAUGUGGAAUUUAUCUCAGCUGCUUCUUCCGAGAUACAUGGCCCAGCCCUACACUGAAAGUGAGUCCCGAUGCCUCUCAGACUCAAGGGCAAGCUUGAAGAGCAUGGGGCUUCACAGAGCUGCUCAGCUGGGGGGUGGAAGAGGCCUCCUGCCCCCCAGCUGAACAGCUCCGAUGCCUCAGAAGGCAUCCUGCCCCCCAGCUAAAUGGUCUGACUCAGCAUGAUGCUCCUAACACGAUAAAACUUGUUAUUCUCCUGGUCCACAAGACUCCCAAGGUACACAUUGAACAACUUCACACAGGGCUGGGAAACUUUUACAGCUGCAUGGGCCAGAUCUUUUUCAGGAUCGACCUCGUGCUUCAAAUUUUGACAGCUGGCCAGGACCACACACCUGUCAAUCACAUAACAUUAUGACAUCUCAUGUCAAAUAAUGACAUCUCCUACCUGUGAGAGAUGCAUGGCUGUCCCCUUUCAAACUCCCAGUCCUAGAGGGGAAUGCAAGGAGACUCAAAGGCGUCCCAACAGCCCCCGUGCUCCAAGUGCUCCCCCCCCCUAGAAAAAUAGGUGCUGGUACUCACCAAGAAGGGACGUGGGUGGCGCUGUGGGUUAAACCACAGAGCCUAGGACUUGCCGAUCAGAAGGUCGGCACUUCGAAUCCCCGUGACGGGGUGAGCUCCUGUUGCUCGGUCCCUGCUACUGCCCACCUAGCAGUUCAAAAGCAUGUCAAAAGUGCAAGUAGAUAAAUAGGUACCGCUCUGGCGGGAAGGUAAACGGCGUUUCCGUGCGCUGCUCUGCUUCACCAGAAGCAGCUUAGUCAUGCUGGCCACAUGACCCGGAAGCUGUACGCCGGCUCCCUCAGCCAGUAAAACGAGAUGAGCACCGCAACCCCAGAGUCUGUCACGACUGGACCUAACGGUCAGGGGUCCCUUUACCUUUACCUUACUCACCAAGAAGUUGUUACAGUAUGUGCCACACUUUUUAACAACAACAAAAAGAGGUGCCAGCCCUGUGUACCUUGGAGUAUCCCCUGAUAAAAAGCACCGCAUGCUCCCAUUUCAGCCUGAAAUGGAAGUGCAACGGCUGUCUUAAGGCCUUUGUAAAGUGAUGUUUGAAGCAUCCACACACACCCUUUUCUUUUAAGUAGCGUCAACUGAUGUACCAGUGGGUAUGAUUUGGGCAAAGUGUGCUCGCAGUCCACUUCUGAUCUGUGAGCUGGAGUUUCUACACCCCAAUUUAAAAGAAGUAAUGGAAGUUUCAGACCACCUAAAUGUUAUGUGUUUGUGUAAAUGACAGAACAAGUGCACUGCUUUAUAGAAUAAAGAAAAUGUUCUCCUUGGGGGGGGGGCGGGAAACAAAGGUGUGGUUUUUUUAAUGAUUUAUUUUAGAACAAGAGGACACACACAGCACUUCCGUACACUCUGUCUAUACAGCUAGAUUCCCUUUUUCGUAUGGUUCAUUUAUUCGCUACAGGUAUGUUACAGUUCCCAAAGGGAAAACUGUCUCAGUUGGGGGGGAAAUAGGCUGUACAAUUGCUAAAGUCACACAACAGCGGACAAAAGCAGAAUGAAACAUAAAAAAGAGAGAGCAUGCAGAUAGCUCGGUGUGUCCUCAAGCAUCCGGUCAAUUCAAGCAAAUUUUUAACCCACCCUGUUUUCUCACCUUCAUUCUAGCUGCUUGUUUCCUUAUAUAACAGAAAUAAUCAAACACUUGAAUGCUCAGUUGGCUGUUUUCCCUGAGGCUCAUGAAGCCACCAGACAUCCCUCUUUGUCAGGAAACUUUUUAUUUCUGUCCCCCAGCAGCCCAAAGCUCUACUUCAUCUCUCCAAUUGUGAAUGAGGGUUUUUGGAGGAAAGUUUGUCUUUGUUGCCCUUUCAAAACAAGCGUCUUGAUUCUUUCCAGGCUGACUUGUGACUCCUGCUGUGUCCUCCGGCUAUUGUUGCAGUGCGGUUAACGUGCUUUAAUUAUGUUGGAAAAGUUUGAAUAACUUCUGUGCUCAAUAGAUGUUGCAUUUGUGCUUUCCAAAAGCCAAAACAAAACAAACCCUGCAGAACACUCUCUUUUUUUCUAGCACAUUUUAGGACAAGAUGACAGAGUGUAAUUCCAUCUCUGCCAAGCUUUUCGCCAAGGGGAAAAGAAGGGUUUUCAGUUAAGGAUGUACUAUUUACAGGGGAUAUUUCUAUUUCUCCUUCAUCGAAUCCCCCAGGCUUUCUUCCUGGUGGAAUGGGACAGAAUGACCAAAGCACGCUAUAGGUUCUUAUGGAAGUCUGCACCGAUCAACAGUGCCGUGCCACAAAAUUUAAAUGGUGUGCUUUUCAAUCCAACUUACAAAGAACAGCACAGCACAGUUUGCAGUAUACACCGCUAGUUUGCAAUAUUUUUUGGGUGGGAGAACAAAAUGCCUGCUUCCCCAAACCAUAAUAGUGUUCAGAUUAUUAUUUUUUUAAAGUGACCUCCUUCAAAGAUAGUUUUGUGCAAAUGUCAGCCUGCAGGUCCAAAUUCCUGGUUAGGUAGCGGCAGCUCCACAGCCACACCUGCAAGCCCGCCACUUGCCGGCUAGGACAGAAGUCAGGGUGCAGGCAAAUUGUCAUGUGAUAUCAGUUGUGCCAGCUUGGGAUUUAGCAGAUCCAAGACCAGCUCCCUGGUCCCAAAAUGACUUGCAUCAGGCCUCACAAACAUACCCAGCCCAACAGAGAGGGUGUUUGGAGUCACUAUCAUUAUCAUGCAUUUUAAAUCAGCUUUGGUCUUGUUUUUUUUUUGAGCAACCCUCCUUUGGAGGUACUGAAAGGACAGAUCUACGUUCUGUGUUCUGAUCUAUGUUGCAUUCUGCAUUUUGAGGAAUGGCAUUCUGAGGACUACAGAAGAGAACAGCAAAUUAGGUGCCACAAAUCUCCCAAUACAUUUGGAAUUAUUUUACCUUGGCUUUAUUGAGCUGCCUCUCAAAAUACUGCUCUUGGCGAGGUGGAGUUUAAGAAUAUCAGAAGAAAUACUCCUAUAUAGUCUUGUAAGAUGUUAGUUCUGGUUCCAUUUUCUUAAUAACCUAAUAAGGAAAGUAAUUUGAUUUCAUAACUAUACUUUAAAUUAAAUAAAUGACUUUAUCUCAAUUAGAAAUAUUCCUUUUUUGUGUGUGUUUCUGUGUUAUCCAGAUCGAGGAUGUCUAAGUGUUGUGCAUUGUUACAUGGUUAUAUUGCUAAAAACUGAAUAAAAAUUAUAAAAAAUAGAUUACUUUCAAAUACUAUUCUGCUCUCGUGUGUGUGUGUGUGUGUUCUAAAGUGAUCUAUAGUGCCUAGUUGCAUCAGGCAAUGUACGUAGUGCUUGCCUAAAGCCAUUUUGUCACUCCUUUUGAAUGUAACCCUGAUUUCUGUGUUGGCAUCCUCUGACUUGAGGCUUGAACAUAAAAAGCUGUGUUUCACAGUCAGACUGCUAACCUUUCUGGUACUGUCUAUUCUGGUGGGAGCUCUCCAGGGUCUUUUGCAAUGAUGCUACUUUUUUUUCAACUUGAGAUGCUAAACACUACCCUUGAACUAUGGCCCCUUAAUUACAAUAAGGUUGUUAAGAAUCCUAGUUAUCAGCGAAGAGGACAUUAUUGUAAUAUUAAAACAUGUGGCACUAGUAAGCUUUCUUCGGGGGGGUUUUCCACCAGUGCAACACAUUUGCUUCCAUUCCUUUUUCCUCUUCCUUGCUGCUACUGUCCCUGUUACCCUUCCUCUCUGCCUCCUCCAUGUGGGAAUCCACGGUUUUUUCUUAUUUGUUGCUUUCUGACAACCUCUUUUUGCUUGCAUUUUCAGGUAGAAUUGACUCUCAGCCCUCUCCCAGUUUUAAAUGUAGAUGACCAGCUUUGGUGUCAUUUUGGGGAAACGAGGCAUGAGGCGAAGUUACAAGAAGGGACUAUUACCUGCAACCCUCCUAAUGAAAUCCCUCCAACGACAAAAGGCCAAGGUAAAUAAAAGAGCAGGUCUUCACAUUUAAUAUAUAUGCCUGUGCUUUCCAACUUUGAAGGUAUCUACCGUAUUUUUCGCUCCAUGACACACUUUUUUCCUCCUAAAAAGUAAGGGGAAAUGUCUGUGCGUCUUAUGGAGCGAAUGUGUGGUCAAUCACUGGCUCCCUUUCCGGCCCCGGCCCCUUGCUCCCAGGCCUCCAUUGUUGAAUGUUCUGCAAACAGAGCCUGUUUGUUUCCCCAGCGACAUGUGACUGGCUGAUUAGAUUAUGUGUCUGGAAACUGUAGAAACGGCUCCCUUUCCUUUCCUAAAGAAGCUGCAGAACUGUGAGUUGAACCCCAUAAAAACAGGAUUUUUUCCCUUUGCAAAGUAAGCUCAACAACUUUGAGCUGAUCCUCAAAUAAACCGGGGCUUUUCCCCUUUGCAAAAGAAGCUGCACAACUGUGAGCCGAUCCUCAAAAAAACGGGGCUUUUCCCCUUUGCAAAAGAAGCUGCACAACUGUGACCUGAUCCCCCAAAAAGCGGGGCUUUUCCCCUUUCCUCCUCUAAAAACUAGGUGCGUCUUAUGGUCAGGUGCAUCUUAUGGAGCGAAAAAUACGGUACUUAUAGUAAUUGCUUUGGAAACACACAUACGUUCCCUACCUAACUCAUUGCUCUUCGUAUUGGCCCAAGACGUGCAACCAGUCAUCCUUUUGAAUUAGAAAGAUUGGCAGCUGCUACAUGCAAUAGCCACACUACCCCCAAUACCGCCUGCACUAAACCUGUAAAGAGUGAAGGACAAGCUGUGGCAUAGCGUGGGUUGGAAGUGCCCGGGGCAAGGCAAGUAUGGUGCCCUUUAACCCAUGGUACCUGUCAGGGCUGGGUGGUGGCAGCAACAGCCCCAUUGGCCCCCCUCCCCAUGCUAUGCCACUGAGGACAAGCAUUCACCUUCAACAUUGGUAAGCACUAGAGAGCCCUUGUUGGUUAAUGAAGAAUGAAAACUAUGUUGGAAAUUUUGAUGUUGUUGCCAUGUUAGUCCUGGUAGCUGUGUUCUCCAUCACAUUCCUAAGAUCAAGGGAAAACGACCUCAUAAAAUGCCCACACAGUGUACCGAAGUUCCAAAAACCUUUACAGAGGCGAUCUCUGUUGAUGAUACAUAAUUACUGUGAAAAUUUGUUCAUUUGGGGCCUUAUAUACACAUUUUGUGCUUGUUAGUAAUCCAUAAAUUUUUAUUGACAGUAGCAAGCACACACUUUAUGCCAUAUGAUGCCAUCUUCUACAGAUUGUUGCAUGUGAAAGGCAGUAGUUCCCAUUGGACUGUAAGAAAUCUCAGCCAUUUCUCCUGAGAAGAUUUAGCAAAUGCAAAUAAGAAUACUUGUAAAUAGCAUUUUAAAUACAUACUUACAUACAUAGUUGGAAUUAACUGGCGCUUAAAAAACAACAACAGCAAUUUUCAGCUGACCCCAGUAUAUGAGAUAAAGUGAAAAACAACCUGGAAUUUUCAAUAGAAUUCUUCAGAAAGUGGGUUUAAAUCUGAGCUGUCACCACUCUUUCAAAAAGCUGUUAGAAGAAAGCUGAGUUUGAAAUUGCUCAAUAGCUUGUGAAAUAACUUGUCAGGGGGGUUUAAUGAUUUCCGGAAAAGGAAUAGCUGGAAGCCUCAUUGAGGAAGUUCCCAUUUUUAUAUAUAGCUCUUGAUCCUGAGUUCAGCAAUAAUCCAGAUUAGAAUCCCAUUAAUGGAGGAAGUUGACCAGCUUUCCAAAUUGCUAAGUUUUCCUUAUUAUUUUGAACACAUACUGGUUAUUUCAGAAACUCCUUUUGUUUUAUUCAUAGUGUGUGAUUCAUAAAUUGCACACCCUGACAGUGUAAAAAAAUAAAAAUAAAAUAAAAAACACCAUCUUCUGAAUUCAUGUGCCUUAGUUUCCUUGGUUUUUCUGACUUGCAUUUUUCAGUAGCAGAAUACAUUGUCCCUUUUGAAUAAGCAUUUUCCUGAUCUAAUAGUCGGGGACUUUUAAACAUUUUAUCAUACUUCUAUCAGGUUUUCUUUUUCUUUCUUCCAUUUAGUUGCUGGACAUUUAAUGCAGUUUCAUUUAGGGGGAACAGAAGGUUCUCACACUAACCCCCACAAAUUCAAGAAAUGUAUUGGAUAGGCAUUAACAUUGUACCAAGAAGUAUUCAUUAUAAAGCACCCCCACGCAAAUCAAUCUUUUUCCCCCUCUUUUUUCUUUGGUAGAUUAUGUCUUGGUUCUACUGAGUCUGACCUUUGGUGAUAAUAUAUUUCUUGCAUCGGGUACAUAUCCUUUUUAUGACUGUCGAGAAGCUAUAAACCGUAUUGAAAAUGAACCGUAAGUAUCUAGCUGCCUAACUUCAUUCUCCAUCCUAUCCAGUAAACCCAACGUGCAUUCAAAUAUUAUAAUAGUGAAGUCUCUUGAGUGAACUGAAGGGUUCCUAUUUUAUUUGCGCAGUACUUUUGCUUCCCUUUCAUCAGGCUCCACAAAGUAUAUUACGAAAAACAUGCUGCCCUACUUCAUCUUUGUUCGUUCACCAUGUCUUAAUUCUACUGCAUUUGAUCUUUGAUGAUAUAAUAUAUCUAAGACAGGCAUGUCCAACAUGUUGAUCGAUCGUGGGAUUGGUUUUGGUCAGAGGUCAGCAAACUUUUUCAGCAGGGGGCCAGUCCACUAUCCCUCAGACCUUGUGGGGGGUCGGACAAUAUUGGGGGGGUGAACGAAUUCCAGGGCUAUUGACUGUUAGUCUCCGAAGCGCCCUCUCCGAUUGCAUGGAGCCCGGACAGCCCCGUGGUUUUCUACAGAUCUGAGGGCAAUGAAACAAUCGUUGAGACGGCUAGAGCGCCGGUGGUGGAUAACUCAUUCUGAAGCUGACCAGACACGGGUUAGAGCUCAAUGUCGAGUCUACCAAGUGGCGGUAGCGACGGCGAAGAAGACUUUCUUCACUGCCUCUAUUGCAUCUGCAGAAAACAGCAGCAGGAGACUUUUUCAGGUGGUUCGCAAUUUAGCGGAACCACCUGUUACAUUGGGGCCCAGUACGGGCCACAUGAUCUCCUGCAAUGAUUUUGCAAAGUUUUUUGCAGAUAAAGUCGCUCAGAUUCGGGAAGAGGUAGACUCCACCGUGAGAGCAGGGCCGGGGCGGGAGAGUGCUAGAGUCCUGUCUAGUCAAAUUGCGUGGGAUCAAUUCCAAUCUGUUACCUCCGAGGAUGUGGACAGGCUGCUUGGACGAGUGAAACCAACCACCCGUCUCCUUGAUCCUUGCCCAUCCUGGCUUAUAAAAGCUAGCCGGGAAGGGCUAGGCGAUGGGCUUCGUGGGGUGGUGAAUGCUUCCCUCCGUGAGGGAGCCUUCCCAGACCCGCUGAAAGAGGUGGUUAUUAAACCGCUCCUUAAAAAAACAUUUUUAGAUGCGGGCACGAUGGCCAACUAUCGCCCAGUCUCAAAUCUUCCACUCUUGGGCAAGGUGAUUGAGUGAGUGGUUGCUGAACAACUCCAGGCACGCCUGGAAGAAGCGGACAAUUUGGAUCCCUUCCAGUCGGGAUUCAGGCCUCAUCAGGGGACUGAAACUGCCUUGGUCGCACUGGUUGAUGAUCUCUGGCGGGCUAGGGACAAAGGUGAGAGCUGUUUCCUAGUUCUGCUGGAUCUCUCAGCAGCAUUUGAUACCAUCGACCAUAACAUCCUUCUGGACCGUCUUGAGGGGCUGGGAGCUGGGGGCACUGUCAUACAGUGGUUCCGCUCCUUCCUCCUGGGCCGUGUUCAGAAAGCGGUGGGGAGGUGAGUGUUCAGACCCCUGGGCUCACACUUGUGGGCUGCCUCAGGGUUCUGUCCUCUCCCCCAUGCUUUUCAACAUCUACAUGCAGCCACUGGGAGAGAUCAUCAGGGGGUUUGGGCUGGGUGUUCAUCAGUAUGCAGAUGAUACCCAGCUCUACCUCUCUUUUAAAUCAGAACCAGUGAAGGCGGUGAAGGUCCUGUGUGAGUGUCUGGAGGCGGUUGGAGGAUGGAUGGCGGCUAACAGAUUGAGGUUGAAUCCUGACAAGACAGAAGUACUGUUUUGGGGGGACAGGAGGCGGGCAGGUGUGGAGGAUUCCCUGGUCCUGAAUGGGGUAACUGUGCCCCUGAAGGACCAGGUGCGCAGUCUGGGAGUCAUUUUGGAUUCACAGCUGUCCAUGGAGGCACAGGUCAAAUCUGUGUCCAGGGCAGCUGUUUACCAGCUCCAUCUGGUACGUAGGCUGAGACCCUAUCUGCCUGCGGACUGCCUCGCCAGAGUGGUGCAUGCUCUGGUUAUCUCCCGCUUGGACUACUGCAAUGCGCUCUACGUGGGGCUACCUUUGAAGCUGACCCGAAAACUACAACUAAUCCAGAAUGCGGCAGCUAGACUGGUGAUUGGGAGCGGCCGCCGAGACCAUAUAACACCGGUCUUGAAAGACCUACAUUGGCUCCCAAUACGUUUCCGAGCACAAUUCAAAGUGUUGGUGCUGACCUUUAAAGCCCUAAACGGCCUCGGUCCAGUAUACCUGAAGGAGCGUCUCCACCCCCAUCGUUCUACCUGGACACUGAGGUCCAGCACCGAGGGCCUUCUGGCGGUUCCCUCACUGCGAGAAGCCAAGUUACAGGGAACCAGGCAGAGGGCCUUCUUGGUAGUGGCGCCCUCCCUGUGGAAUGCCCUCCCACCAGAUGUCAAAGAGAACAACAACUACCAGACUUUUAGAAGACAUCUGAAGGCGGCUCUGUUUAGGGAGGCUUUUAAUGUUUGAUGUAGUACAGUAUUUUAAUAUUUUUUUUGGAAGCCGCCCAGAGUGGCUGGGGAAGCCCAGCCAGAUGGGCAGGGUAUAAAUAAUAAAUUAUUAUUAUUAUUAUUAUUAUUAUUAUUAUUAUUAUUGAACAACAAAUCUCGACCUUUUGGCUUAUCCAUACAGGUGUUAUUCCUGUGCAAGCAGUAGAUGGAAUUGCCAGUGGGACUGGAAAACCCACUCCUGUCAGGACUCUUCUUCAGAAACAGAUGUGAUUCAGCAAAAUAUGGUAAAACCUUUAAAAGUAGUAUGAACAGAUCUUAUUUAAAUACAGCAAUACCUCUGGUUAUAAACCAUCCUCCUUGCGAACACUUCGGGUUACGAGCUCCGCUAACCCGGAAGUAGUUGCUCCUGGUUGCAAACUUUGCCCCGGGAUGCGAGUGGAAAUUGCACGCCGGCGGCUCCAUUAGUGAAAGCGCGCCUCAGGUUAAGAAUGGUUUCGAGUUGAGAAUGGACCUCAGGAAGGAAUUAAGUUCGUAACCAGAGGUACCACUGUAUUUAAGUGAUGGUUUCUAUUUUAUUUUUAUUUAUUUGUUUGUUUUGUUUUUGUAAAUAAAUUGGAAAGGAAUAGCAACAAUCUGAAAGUAACUUCGGGGGGAGGGGGAACUCUGGGGGUUUUGUACCUCCUUGGUGGGGAAUGGAAAUAAAUAUUGGAGUGAAGUGACUGGGAAGCCGUUCAAUGUUUUCUUUUCAGUCCAUUUUGCUGUUUUACUUAAAUGGCUGGAAAGGAAUUUCAAGAAUGGGAAUGAAAGUUUAGCAUAUGCUGCAGUCAUUUUUAGCAUGUCUAAUUUGAAAAACUGUAAUCAAAUCUGUCACUAAGCAUGAAGAUCUUCAGAACAACAAAAAUUCAAUUGUCCAAAGUAGGUGCAGAUGUUUUGUGAUAUAAUAUUUCUAGUUUUAAUUGCAUAUGAAAAUGUUUUGUUUUUUUCUCCUAGGCGGAAAAAUGCCCACACUUUCUAGAUCCCAACCCUAAAAUAAUACCCAUGGAAGUCUCAACAAAAGUAUCUUUUGAAGGAAAGAAUCUGGAUUAUUAUGAGGUAAUUUUCACAAAGUGCUUGAAUAUAUUUUAAUAUUAUAUACCUCUCAGCAGUUCGUGAACAGUGUCCUCUUCUGAAGUCUGCUGUUUACAAACUCCUUGUGCAAAAAACGUUACACAGUUCUAAAUAGACAUUGAACAAUUCCUUGCAUACAAGACUGAUGAUUUCUUUAAGCUUGCUUUCAUAAAUAUUUCACAAAUAUAACAAUAGUUUUCAAUAUUAUACAGUUGAUGUGGGUAAAUAAUUAAGAACAUGUAUGCUUUUUGUUCUUUGAUUUACUUGUCGUGUUUGUUGCAUUUGACUUAACGUUACAAUGAGCAGAGAAACGUCUUUGUCUAGUUUAUAUCUUUUGUUGAAGUGUCUGCCGUAUUUUAUAGCUUCUCUCUGUUGCCAAACAUCACCCCCCCCCCGACAUUUGUCAGGGAUGAUAAAACUGUUUUUACUUUUCCUCCCUUCCCCAUGCUAAGCUGAAACGUUUUUGGUGUUGCGAAACAUCUCUCAUGUGUAAUGUAAGCGAAUUAUAUGUGUGUCUCUUAAAUCAGUGGUUCUUAAACUGCUCUUUAGCUGUCGCUGUCAUAGUUGCCUCAUUUUUCUCCAGGAUGAAGGGGUACGGGGCCUCCUGAUUAGAAACCGUUCACUGGUGUGGAGAAACAAUAUUAUUAUUAUUUAUUGAGUUCAUAUACUGCCCUAUACCCGGAGGUCUCAGGGCGGUUCACAGAAAAGAUCACAACAUAUAUAAUCAGAAUAAAAAACAACAACCCAAUAAUACUCCCCCAGAAAAGAACCACAUUUUAAAAGGGUAUAGGAUAGUCUGCAGUUAUGAACAAUAAUGAGAGGGUGUUCCCAGAUGUCCAGAAAGGCAACCAAGUCUGCCCCUUCUGCUCUUUCUUCAUCUUGUUCCUCCUUCAGCCAUCUCCAUUCCUUCUAGAAAAUUCCACCACACCUUCUUUGGCUUUGUACCUCAAUGGCUGUAUCAGAAAAGCCGUAUCUGAGGAGUUGCAUCUUAAACUUAACAGUUCCUGGAGCUUUGUUGGUCUAUGUUUAUAGCCUAGGGACAGCGUGAUACUUUUAUGUGAAAUGCAGAUUAUUAUGAAAUAGUCCAUUAAGAGAGGCUUUGCUCAUUCCCCAACGGUCUCUGUCGUAAAGGCCCUUGAGAGGUUAGUGUUUCGCAUUUAAUGGUCAGCUGCUCUAAAUGUAGUUUGGGGCUUCCUAUGCCUCAUCUUGGAUGUAGCAAUCAAUAUUUGUGCGGUUUUAAUUACAGGAUAUGGAUAUGGCUGCAGUAGGGGGGAAAAAAAAAAGGUUAGGUGUGGGUGCAGUGCAGCUGUGUUGAGCUAUAAACAGGAAUACAUAUGUAAUCCUGUUCCCUCUGUGCCCACACAUACCCUUGAAGUGAUGUGCAGGGAUGCUCUGUGAAAGAUUUGUUUUUCCUUAGUGUGUCCUCUUCUGAUGGUGGUUUGUCUGUAGCGCCAGAAGAAGUACAUGUAGCAGCAGCAUGGAACAACUACAGUCAUCCAUUCCACUGUGGCCUCCAUGUUUUAGAAAGCAAUAUAGUAGCAGCGCCAGUAGUAGUUGUUAUAUGCCAGGCAUCCUCAACCUUCGGCCCUCCAGAUGUUUUGGACUACAAUUCCCAUCAUCCCUGACCACUGGUCCUGUUAGCUAGGGAUCAUGGGAGUUGUAGGCCAAAACAUCUGGAGGGCCGCAGGUUGGGGGUGCCUCUUAUAUGCUGUCCAUCUGACUGGGUUGCCCCAGCCACUCUGGGCAGCUUCCAACAAAAUAUUAAAAACACAGUAAAACAUCUACCAUUAAAAACAUCACUAAACUGGGCUGCCUUCCGAUGUCUUCUAAAAGUCAAAUAGUUGUUCACCUGUUUGACAUCUGAUGAGAGGGCAUUCCACAGGGUGGGCGCCACUACGAAGAAGGCCCUUGGCCUGGUUCCCUGGAGCUUCAUGUCUUGCAAUGAGGCCCUCAGAGCUGGACCUCGGUUGUCCGGGCUGGAUGAUGGAGUUGGAGGUGUUCCUUCAGCACUUGGAAUUGUGCUUGGAAAUGUCUUGGAAGCCAUUGUAGAUCCUUUAGGACCGGCGUUGUAUGGUCCCGGCGGCUGCUCCCAGUCACCAGUCUAGCUGCCGCAUUCUGGAUCAGUCGUAGUUUCUGAGUCAGCUUCAAAGGUAGCCGUGCAUAAAGCUCGUGUCCCAAAAGCUCUCUGGAAAACAUUUACAAAAUGUUGAGUAAUGAAGGACACAAUUCGCCUAUUGUAAAUCCUCAUGACUAACACCAUACCAUAAAUUUAUUGUGUCCUUUGUAUUUGUGACACAGCUCCAUGGUUCCUCUGAUACGGUUCACUUUGAACCAAGAGCUGCCUUAGUGCUUUAGUUCACCGUUUCCAGUCUACUACUACUGUCAGAUAUCUCUCAGGAGGUUACCAGACAUGAACACCUAUAGCUGGAAACUUAGACCUCUUGACAAGGAGACCCUGUCUGCUCUAUCCUAGGCUUUUUACUCUCUUGGGUUCCUUUGGAGAAGACAAAAAGCACAAUCUAAAGCCCUCAGCUUCCAUAGAUUGACACCCCCCCCCAAAUGUUAUUAUGAACAUAGUUCAUUCUACAACAAUCAGGUUUCAAUUUUCACUGGUCACUCCCAUCCAUAGAUUACUGCAGAAAUCUUUACAAUCUCGCUAUCCCUGAAUUAUAUUGAAUUCCUGGGCUUUGGGGUGGGGGGAAUGUGUGUGAAAGAGAGAGAUACUUUUGUAGUUGACAGAUAAUUCUAGAUUCAUUCAGCUUCAAAUUGCACGCACCCAUUCCUCUUUUAAAAAAAAAAAAUUAUAAAAACUUUUAAACUCAGCAGGAAAUAUUCUGUUGUAUGAGUAUCAUGUUAUUUUACCUACUGGAAUUAAUUACAGUACAGUACCAGUUUUAUGGUAUCCAAACUUUCUAUUGGGCAUCAGGAAUUUUAUCUGCUGAGUCCCACCCCCUCAGAUUUCAACGUCUUAGAUGGGUGGCAAAAAUGGCAAUUGUUGUAGGAAGAUCAGAUCAACAAAAAAAAUGUUUCAGUCCAUACUGUCAGGGAACUGACAUCGGAGAGAGAGCCGAAGGGGAGGCUCCUAGAUGAUGCUGGAGAAGGACCCAGCAGCAGGGGGAGAAGCAGCUCAGUUGAGGGGGAAGCAUUUAAGCGCAACACCAGGGAUAAAGGGGGGCAGAUGGGGGAAUCGGAGAGAGGGCUCCAGGACUCUUCACUGGAACUCAGUGAGGAGGGGACAGGUCCUCCGCUACCCACGCCCUCCCUGCGCAGAAGACUCCCGCGCAGUGAGAGGAGGAGGAGACUGGGUGUCAAACAACUCUUAUGUUGGAAGAGGUUCAAGAAACGCCCACUGACGGAUUCUGCCAGCGACUGAGGCAGUCACGAUUAGAAAGGGCUGUGCAGUCAGAAAGGUUUAACAAGGCAAAUUAGCCUAGAGAGGCACCAGUUUACGCACAAGUAACUCAUACUCAUCACACAUACCUCUACUGAAAUUUUGGCCAAAAUGUCCCUUAAGAUUUAGCUGACAGAAACCCUGCUACAAAUUGGACAUGGGAGUCCAAUUCACAAGUAACUACUUGAAGGAGGAGUUAUCAUUGUGUGGGUGACUUUCAGUAUUCCCCUCGCUAUUAAAGCAUCAAUUGCUCAGGUGCCCCCACUUUUACAACGGCUUACCAGACUUUUCUGUGUACUCAGUUGCGGAGUCUCUACGAUGGUAGCCUUUGCUUUGGGAAUGUUAAUUUGCGUACUUUCAGGUCGUCUCCUCUAUACAGUGGUACCUCGGGUUAAGUACUUAAUUCCUUCCGGAGGUCCGUUCUUAACCUGAAUCUGUUCUUAACCUGAAGCACCACUUUAGCUAAUGGGGCCUCCUGCUGCUCCUGCGCCACCGGAGCACAAUUUCUGUUCUCAUCCUGAAGCAAAGUUCUUAACCCAAGGUACUAUUUCUGGGUUAGCGGAGUCUGUAACCUGAAGCGUAUGUAACUCGAGGUACCACUGUACAUCCUUUCGAUCUAAUUUUUUUUUAAAAUGAUAUUUAUUAAAGUUUCAAACAAUACAAAACCAAAAAAUAAAAAUACAAGAAAAUACAAAAUACAGAAAAAAGAGUAAAAUUUUUAAAAUAUAACAAAAAAAGAAAAAUAAAGAAAAACAUACAAGAUAAAAACAGUUAAAAACACGUUAACUUUCCAUAGCAUAUCUUCCUUACCCUUAUUUCCCCGGACCUCCUCAUACCUCCCUUUUUGUAUUCCAGUUCAGUUUGUUAGUUCUGCAAAUCCUUACCAUUAAGCUUUUACCCAUUUGUAAACCCUUUUUCGUAUCUCUUAAAGCAUUACAGCUGGAAACCACUUAGUUUCUAUCCAACAUCCUUCUAAGAUUCAUUAAUUUUACAAUAUUUCUGUAAAUAGUCUUUAAAUUUCUUCCAGUCUUCUUUCACCGACUCUUCUCCCUGGUCUCGGAUUCUGCCAGUCAUUUCUGCCAAUUCCAUGUAAUCAAUCACCUUCAUCUGCCAUUCUUCCAGAGUGGGUAGAUCUUGUGUCUUCCAAUACUUUGCAAUGAGUAUUCUUGCUGCUGUUGUAGCAUACUGUACAUCCUUUUGAUCUAACAGGAUCUGCUAAUGGAAGAAACCUUUCUGCAUUAAUAGAACAUAGAGAGGGAUGUUCCCUCUUGCCAAACAAUCUAGAAUUUAGCAUGCUACCUAACCUAGACACCUUUAUACUUUACAAUUUAAUCUCUUGGUCAAAACUAUUCAGUGGCACCAUCAUGGCUCCAGGACCACCCCUUUAAAAUCACUGCAACAUUCCUGUUUGGGGCUGUAAAGUUUCUCUUGAACUUUAGAUUUUGGAUUACAUCAACCUUUGCCUUGCCUGAGAGCCUGUCAGAGCCUUCGUACCUCCUUGCUUCCUGAAUCUGCUACCUGCUCGAAAUUUCUUUAAUUAAAAUAUUUUUUCUCUUCAGUAACCCAACUUACCCUUUGAGUUCCUUUCCAAAUACAUCCUAGUCGUAUUGUGGAGAAGUAUCUCACCCCUGAGAAGGGCAAUAUGAAAAGCAAGGGAAUGAAAGUGAAAGAGUUCUGGGACAUUUCUUGCCACCUCUCUCUGUAGUCUGCCUUCCCUGUUUCCCACACUAAUGAGUAAGGCAAGGAGAGGAAGAAAAGGCAGAGAAUCAACUCUUCCCUCAAAAAAAUUAUUCUUGGGUUGGGACACCUCAGGUCUUUCUGUGGCAACCUCUCAGCAAGCUACCUUUUUAAUGACUUUCUCAAAUUCUUUCUGCUGUGUGUUCAAGAGCACCCCUUUCAGCACUGUGACAUGGCUGAAAUGUAGGAAUUCCUCAUUUGGCAGUUCAUAAGUUGGUUAUUUUGGCUGGGGAAAUAGCAUUAAGAGCACAUACAAUGCAGAUUUUGUGACUACACUUUCACUUUCUCCACCAGCUUCUUUUUAGUUCAUUCUUGCUUCAUACUUGGCUGUUGUUUGGGAGUUCUGCCACUUUCUUGGAAAGGAGAGAACUCCUGCUGUAUUUACAAAUGCCACUGUCAGCUCUUUCUAAUUUCCAAACUGUGUUUGUAAAUCUAUAGAAGCUUGACUGAUUGAUUUUGAGAUCUUGGUAAGAGCUGAAAUUAUCAUUUUGGACAAACCGGUAGUACAGAGUUGGUUGUGACAGUGAUGAUGAUGAUGAUUUCGAUUUCUUACCUGUGCUUCACCAUAAGGUCCCAGCAUGGGUAGUAGCCAUUUUAAAAAGACAACAUUAAAAUCAGUUUACCACAAAAUAUUUUAAAAUCAUUUGUUUUUGUAGCUAUCGUAUUGUUUCUGAUUUUCUUGAGAGCUCUCCUGUUAGCUAAGGUUGAGAGAGUGUGAACUUCACUGAGCUUCAGAUCCAAGCGGAAUAGCGAUGAGAUUGGAGCCUGGAACCCUAGACCUCCACUAUGAUGCAUCUGAGUUUCCUUUGCUUAUAUUGCACUUCCUGGGUGUGGGGUAAUGGCUAGUACAUAGGCCUUAGACUAGGGAAAUCUGGGUUCAAAUCCUUGCCUAGCCAUGAAGUUCACCGAGCCAGUCACUGUCUCUCAGUCUAACCCGCCUCACCAGGCUGUGAAGAUAAAUAGAAAGGUGGGAUUAAAAAUGCAUCAAGCAAAAUUCUUUCUGCUUUAAGUACUUCUCCUGUGGUAGUAAUUUUAAUAGUUUGCACACAGACCGAGUCCUGUCAGUCACAAAGUUUGCUUGUGCCCUCUCACAGUGAUUUCUUUCUGGCAUUGUAGAGUCACUGGGUUGGGCUUAGACUCCUCCUGUGAUGACAAGUGCAGGAGAAAAAAAUAUCUUCAGGACGUGGGUACAGAGAGGCCCUUAAAAUGGGUUGGCGAGAUCAAGCCACAGUCCACCAAGGCUGUUCCCCAAAGUUGUGAGCUCCCUGUGGAGUGAUUUUUCUGAGAAGUAAGGAUGAGAUAUGCUGCCUUAAUAUUGCCUUCCCCUGCCUUUGGAAAAGCACUUAGAGGAAAUGUUUUGCAUGCUUUCCAUCUCUUUUUGAUUAAAAAUUGUUUGGAGUAAUCUAUUUAGAGCAUCAGAAAAUGUUGUAAAGUCCUGCCUAAAGAGCCUACAUGAUCUGUGUUAUAGUUGUGAUUGCCACAGUUUAAUGAUUAAGGCUGUCAAUUUGAUCUAGUUGUUUCCAGAGCUGCUCAGUGAAACUACUGUUGGCCUAGUGCUGGUAUUCUAAGUCCAAUAUCUUUCUUUUACAGGGUAGCGAUUUCAGAAUUGGAAAUAACCGCAUUCAGUUUGAGACCAAAGUGGAAAAAGCAUCUGAUGGAACUUUCUUUUUUCAAAUCCAACCGGUAAAUAUCAGAAAUUGUGGGGUGGGGUGCUUACAGAUCACUUUCUCUCUUGACUUCUUCAAGGCUGAGCAACAUUCAGCAAUGAGCUCACCUUUCCACCUCCUACAGUCAACAUGUUGGUUGUGUUCAGACUUCUCUCCUUCCCUCCACUGCCAGCUUUGACACAGAGAUAUCGGCUUCGUUAAGCCAAAGUUUCCCUUUACAUCUAAACUGAUUAUCAGGCAUAUAAGCCAUUGUCCCAUUUUGUUGGGCUGGCCAAUAUACUAUGAGGAUGGAGAUGAAACAAGCUGGCUAUGACUUGAUGUUGGUGAUAGACCUAAGAUAAAGAAAUGAUAAGAUCUGUGCUGUUGUUGAGAUUGUUGGCCUUUGCUGGUGAAUGUUGAUGAGAUUUUCCGAUUUUUGUCAUUCACUUUUAUUGAGGCAGUCAAAAAUAUAUCUAUACUUUGGACAAAUGCAUAAGUGACACAACAGGAUUAUUAAAAUUUGCUCACGGGGAGAGGGCAAUUUGCUGUGGUCGCCACUAAUGCAUCCUGUACUUUUAGAAUGAAAGCCAUUAAUGUGUGUGUUCAAAUUUUCUCAGUUCUUUGAAAGAUACAUUUGUUUAACACCCACUGCAAACAUGACUAAACAUUGCACUUCCCCUUUAUGUGCCUUUUGAAAAUGAGAUAUUAUUAUAUACACACACAUAUAUAAUAAUUUUCUGUUACAUUCAUCUGUUUCCCAUUCUUUUGGAAAGGUUACAACUAUCUUUGUUCUGACAAGUGUUAUAAUCGUAUGAAUGCAUCUCCUACUAGAUGUAUGUGGUUGUUGUUAUUUGUGCCAUCAUUUUGAAGAUACAGCUAUCACAAUAUGACCUUGGAAGCAGGUAGCUACUUGAUUUGGGAUGAGUGGGUUAAGAUAUAAGAUGAUUUCUAACGGAGAUAACCAUUGUCUUUUCCCCUCCCUUCAGAGUCAUGUUGAAAACGAAACACUACCACUUAGCUUAUACAUUAAGACGGAUCAAGGCAAGAUUGAUAGCAAAUUGAUUGGUAAGUACAUAGUACAGGAAAGGGAAAUUAAAAGUACCAAAAUCUUAUAUAUGCACCUUUUAAAGCAUUUCACUGUUCUAAUCAUUGCAUACAGUGGCACCUUGGUUCUCAAACUUAAUCCAUUCCAGAAGUCCGUUCGACUCCCAAAACUGUUUGAAAACCAAGGCGCAGCUUCCAACUGGCUGCACUCAAGCCUCAUCAGACAUUUGGCUUCUGAAAACUGUUCACAAACCAGAACACUUACUGUAUUUUUCACCCUAUAGGACGCACUUUUUCCCCUCCAAAAAUGAAGGGGAAAUGUGUGUGCGUCUUAUGGGGCGAAUGCAGGCUCCUUGGCUUCAGCGAUAGCAACGCGAAGCCUGCGCUCCGGAGGCUUCGCGUUGCUUCCGCUGAAGCCAAGAGAGUCUGCUCUUUGAGGCUGGUGGUGGGGGAAAGCAGCGCUUCCCCCAUCGCCAGCCCCAGAGGAUGGGGGGCACAAUCUGGGUCGAAAAGCCCGCAGGAGCCGCGCGCUGUUUAAAGAGCGCGCCACUCUUGGGGGCUUUUCCUCAAGGAGGGACAAGGGACUGACUGGCCGCAUCAGUCCCUUCUCCCUCCUAGUCGAAAAGCCUGCAGGAGCCGCCUGCAGCUCCUGUGGGCUUUUGCAAGAGGUGGGGGGAUUCCGCCACCUCCUGCAAAAGCAGGGAGAAGGUCUUGGAGUAGCACACGGGCUGCGUGCAGCCUGUCCGCUGCUCCCAGAGCUGCGGGGGGGGGGGAUGUGGAAUCAUAUUUUCCCCCUUGAUUCCCCCCCCCCCCGAAAACUAGGUGCGCCCUAUAGGGCGAAAAAUACGGUACUUCCAGAUUUGCGGCGUUCGGGAGCUGAUUUGUUCAGCAACUAAGCCAUUCAGGAACCAAGGUUUGACUGUAAUUAGCAAUCCAUCAGCUUAAAAAAAAAUCUAAAUAAUGUUGUCUUGAAUAGGCAAUGAAUAUUACUGUUGUGAACUUAAAUAUGUAUUGUCUUGGCUUGCUUGCUGGGUAUGAAAAAGCUUUCCCCCACCCACCCAAUAAUCCAUCCUUCAAGUUUUCUGAUAAUUUCUCCCAAGUUAUGAAGCAUCUCUGCAACACAAGUGGCCAGAUCUCGAGACCACAGUAUAGUUUUAAUCAAAAGCUUUGCAUCAAGCAUGUCAAUAAAUGGCCACAUUUUUUUCUCUAGAGUCAAAUGCUAUCACUCCAUUUAGAGUCAGCCAAGACUUGCUCUUCUGUGCUGCUGCUAUUGCUUCUGCCCCUUUGCUGCUUUAGCUCAGUUACAGUGGUACCUCGGUUUACGAACUUAAUCCGUUCCGGAAGUCCAUUCUUAAACCGAAACCGUUCUUAAACCAAGGCGUGCUUUCCCUAAUGAGGCCUCCCGCCGCCAGUGCCCUUCCACCAUUCAGAUUCCGUUCUUAGACCGAGGUAAAGUUUGCAAACUGGGACACUACUUCUGGUUUUGCGGAGUUCGUAAAUUGAAUCGUUUGUAAACAGGGCUGUUCUUAAACCGAGGUACCACUGUAGUUAACUUUGGGCUUUUUUCUUAUUACAGUCCCAAUGUUGCAACUAUUUUUGUCCAGGCAGAGGCCCAGUGCGACCAGUGUGUUUCCUGGCAGGCAAAGAAGUCCAUGCACAAUGACUAAUUAUGCUAGAAAGAAGCCAGGCAUGACCUUCCAAAUGCUUUUUAGUAAUCCUUUUGCUUAUUACUGUGACUCAGUGACACUUAUAACUAAUGUUGGCUGUGCUGAUCAAUCUUGCACAGCUACAAAUCAAUCUUUAGGUAUUGUAUUUAAUAGAUUUGCUUUUUAAUGGAUGUUGCAAAUGAAAAUCAUUGUUCAAGACCUCUCCUCUUUUCCUAUAAUGCUAAUAUCUCCCACCCAAACAAUAUACAUCAUCUUCCCGUAUAGAAUUACUGCAAACCUCUAAUGUAUUGUGGCCACAUAAAAGACAAAUGAUAUUCUAGAAUGCAUUUGAUAUGGCAUUUCCAGUAAGGACCGCAGAGUGUUUCUACAUUUGAAUAGCACACUGGCAACCUUACCCUUCAUCCAUUUUUGGUCAGCCAUAUUCAAGCAGAAGUAACCUGGAAUAAAUGGAAAGAAUUACAGAAAGGGUUCUAAACUUUAUAGGUCAAGACUACGGAUGCUUGAGGAUUUUGUCCAGUCUUUCAUUUUAAGUGAACCAACCUGAUUUGCAGUUCCCGAACUAAUAUGUGGAUUGGAUUGGAUUGCCAUUAUCCUUGAGUUUUUGCAGCUCAAGAAUGCUCAAAAAGCGUAACAUAAUGUGCAUUUUAGGGUGGUUUACUCAAAUGAAUACUAUAUGGGAAAAGUACAAUAGGAAUAUUGCAGAUUUUAGCAUAACUUAAAAAAAAAAAUUGCAGAAAUGAGAUGGAACAAAGUUAUGAAUGAGCACAUACAAAAUUGGCAUGGACCAGAAAUUGACUGUCAUCCCACCCUAGUCUAGACUAGACGAUAUUUUCGUUUAAAACACUUCUCAUCUUAACAAAUGAGUGAUGCUCUGUUAUAUUCCCAAAGUCAUCCAUCCAUAUGUUAUAUAUACACUUUCCCUCUCGCUCUCCCUCUCCCUCUCUUUAAUUGAUUAAUGUUCAUAGUCUGGUUGGUAUCAGCAGGGCGCAGCUUAAUUUUACGUCCAUUCUGCCCACAUUCAUCUCUGUGGUUUACUAUGAAAAGCAGAAGCUGAAAAGAACUGGGGAAGAAGUACCUUUUUGUACUAGUGGUGUCCCAAUUCCCCUUCUCACUUUCUUGCCAUUUGCGGGCCCUUAAUAGAGCUGAAUUUAAGUGCACCACACUUUGAAAGAUAGUUACUUUGCUCGUUCUGGUCGCUACUACAGAGAAGGUGAGCAAUUAUUGAAUUUCCAAAUAUAAAUGAAUCCUUUCUUUCUGUAACACAUUUAGAGAAUACCAAGUAGCAUUGGCAUUUAAUGUAUUUUUAUAGCCACUGGAGACUUAGAGCAGUAUGAAAUCCAAUAUAUCCCUUUUAUCCUUUGUCCUGUUCUAUCAAUGGUUUCACAGCUAGUACCUAAAGAUGAUGGAUAAGGGUUGGAAUCUAAUGGCUGGUUUGCUGCUGGUACAUUUAACAACCUGAUCAGUAACGAAACUGAUUAACACUUUGAGCUCCGCCACUGUAUUGUGUGUUACUUGGAGAGCUUGCCUUUCAAUACAUUACAAAUCUAAUUUAGAGGCAGUUUGAGUGCUGGUUUUUGCAGACACAGACGUUGUUUUCAGUUCUCCAAAUAAAGAUGAAAAAUAUAAAUUGAAUCAGUUAGUCAGACACAGCAGUCUCUCUGGUUACUUUAAAAAAUCCAGAAUUCUGAAAUUGAAUUCCAUCAGUCUGUUUUCUGAGUCAAACCAAUAGUACCUCACUGCUCACUUCAGAUGUAGAGUGUGUGAAUGCACAUUCUUUAGCCAGAAUCAAAAUACAACAAAUAACUUCCCUCAAAAGCAUGUAUCCACCAUCAGUCUUUGACUUAUACGUAUUCACACCAUCUAGGGUUGCCAUAUGUCUGUAAUUAUCCGGACUUACGCGGUAUUUGUCCCUCAUAAAUGGUGUCUGGGUGGAAAUCGGUGAAAUGUCAGGGAAAAUCUGGAGGUAUGGGAGCCCAUGUUAGAAGUGUAGAUUUUGGCGAAUUUCAUUAAAAAUAGUUCAAAAUCUUUUCUGGGGGGUGGGCAGACUAAAAAAAACUUCAUCUUUUGUGUCUGGAGUUUCACUUUUUGAAAUAUGGCAACCCUAACAACAUCUAUAAAAAGAGAUCAGGGCAGGGCAUGAUGAUGGCUUGAGGGAUUAUUGAUUAACAAAUUCACUGUUCUGGAAUCCAGGCUAACCACAUAUUCCUAGGCACUUAAAUGAUUUGGGGCACUGGCCCAUAGAUGUAUUUGAAAAAUCUCUCUCUCUCUCUCUCUCUCUCUCUCACACACACACACACACACACACACACGUAUACCACUUGGGGGAAAACAUUCUAACAUGCAUUUAAAUAAAGAGCCUCUUUAAAUGUUAUAGAAUUUUAAUUUCAAGAAUUCAGUUAAUAAUCUUAUUAGUGUAAGGCUAAGAAAGGCAGAAACCUAGCAGUUCAAAAGCACGUCAAAGUGCAAGUAGAUAAAUAGGUACCGCUCCGGCAGGAAGGUAAACGGCAUUUCUGUGCGCUACUCUGGUUCACCAGAAGCGGUUAGUCAUGCUGGCCACAUGACCCAGAAGCUGUACGCUGGCUCCCUCGGCCAAUAAAGCGAGAUGAGCGCCAGAACAACCCUAGAGUCGUCCGCGACUGGACCUAAUGGUCAGGGGUCCCUUUACCUUUACCUAAGAAAGGCAGAGCCUUUUUUCUUAUUUUAGCUGAUAAAUCAGGAGAGAAAAAACAUUUAUUCUUCCUUUCUUGCUCUUUUUUUAAAUAUUUCCUAUCUGUUGAAGUUGGUAACUUUGUGGAAAAUAAUUUGGGGAAUGUGGGUUUCUCAGAUUAAUUGCCAUAUCACAUUGGUUAACACGAGUUCUCUUUUCCAGCCCCGAUAUGCCAGCCUUGUAGGCUCAGCAUAAGCUGUUAAGGUCAGGGCUGGCCCUGCCAUUAGAUAUACUGAGGCAGUGACAGCAGGGUGUCGGAAGACAAACGUGUGUGCGCCACACAGCCUGACAAAAACCCCUAAGCCAGCCUAUGGUAGCAAAAGAUACAUGGCUGUGUCCCACUAAGUUAUACAGUGGUACCUCAGUUUAAGAACUGUCCUGUUCAUGAACGAUUCGGUUUACGAACUCCACAAAAUGGAAGUAGUGUCCCAGUUUGUGAACUUUACCUCGGUCUAAGAACGGAAUCUGAACGGUGGAAGGGCACUGGUGGCGGGAGGCCUCAUUAGGGAAAGCACACCUCGGUUUUAGAACGAUUUCGGUUUAAGAAUGGACUUCCGGAACGGAUUAAGUUCGUAAACUGAGGUACCACUGUACAGUGGAACCUCGGGUUACAUACGCUUCAGGUUACAUAUGUUUCAGGUUACACACUCCACUAACCCAGAAAUAGUGCUUCAGGUUAAGAACUUUGCUUCAGGAUAAGAACAGAAAUCAUGCUCCGGCAGCGCGGCAGCAGCAGGAGGCCCCAUUAGCUAAAGUGGUGCUUCAGGUUAAGAACAGUUUCAGGUUAAGAACGGACCUCCAGGACGAAUUAAGUACUUAACCCGAGGUACCACUGUACUCAGACUAGACCCGUCUCAACUAAUGGACCUAAUUUAGUUGUGCCCAUUAUUUUCAGUGGGUCUGCUCUGAGCAGGACAACCCUCAGUCCUGUUUCCAGAAGAUUCAGCUACCAAUCUGGUAAACUCUUGUACAUGACAGGAAGGAUUGCCAUCUUGUGCUUAGUCUCUGGCGGUCAGUGCCUUGACCAGCCCUGGUCAACCUUGUUCAGUUUUCCAUCCAGUUAGUCUUUGAUUGCAGGACAAGCAUUGAAGUCUUGCUGCUCAGCAUCAUGUAUACAAGCAUAUUACCUUGAAUGGGUUGGCAAGCAGAUUAUGUCUUGCAACCAAAAAGGAAACAGAACCCAAGUUUCUGAUUCACAGUUAAUAAAUAAGCAAGCUUCUGCUCAGCUAGCAAGUUUAACUACUUUGAAUAAACACAGUGGAUCAUGCAGAGCAAGUGGGUGCUAUUUUUAAAGAAGACUGGUUUCAGAACACAGUAAUGCACUGUAACUGUUUUUUAGCGUAAUGUGAGUUAUUCCAAAAUUGUCAACUCUGAGGACUCCUUCCCAUUCCUCCCGUGCUAGUCAGGAAGGUUAAUUAUAGCUUUGUUGAGCCAAAUAAUCAGAAGGGAGCCCCCCUUAUAUUCAGGUUUGUUUGUUUUUUAGUUAGGUAAAGGUAAAGGGACCCCUGACCAUUAGGUCCAGUCGCGGACGACUCUGGCUUUAUUGGCCGAGGGAGCUGACGUACAGCUUCCGGGUCAUGUGGCCAGCAUAACUAAGCCGCUUCUGGCAAACCAGAGCAGCGCACGGAAAAGCCGUUUACCUUCCGACCGGAGCGGUACCUAUUUAUCUACUUGCACUUUGAUGUGCUUUUGAACUGCUAGGUGGGCAGGAGCAGGGACCGAGCAACGGGAGCUCACCCUGUCGCGGGGAUUCGAACCGCCGAGCUUCUGAUCGGCAAGUCCUAGGCUUUGUGGUUUAACCCACAGUGUCACCUGCUACUUAGAACGAAAAUGUUAUAGUUAGUAAACUUGAGCGCUGAUUGUUUCCAGUUAAGUUGGUGAUCUGAAUGCCCAUCAAAAACAUACUCAGACACGAAGGCUUGAGAAUUGUUGCUUCCAACUUGGUUCAUGGUCCUAAUUAUACAGCACCCUGGAUUUACUCUGCGUGUUCUGGAAUUAGGCCAUGAUGCUCUUCAGUCACGUGUGGAGUAUGGCUUGGAUCUCAGAAGGACUCCAGAUAUUACAAAUUCCCUUCUUAACUUUACCCCUCAGUGAACACAAAGCUGUUACAGGCUUAAGAGACGCUCUGUUUUCCUCUGUGAUUCAUGGCCACGAUAACCAGAAGUGGCAGGGCAUCCUUUAUCAUGGUUCCAGUGCUCCCCAGUGCCCUCCCAAUCCUGGUCUCUGACACCAUCCAUCAACCUUUGGUCCUUGCUGCAGGACUCCUUGGGUGGAGGCAUAAGUUGAACCAUCUUGGCGUGUAUAUGAAUAUAUAUUAUUGCACUACGCUGUCUGAAUUCUGCUUUUCACGGCACAACAAUAAGUUGUAGACUUUCGUGUGGUCUGUUUAUCUUAAAGUUAACUAUGAAUAGCUAUCUGUUUUUGCUCCAGACAUCUGAGAUUGAUUAGAAAGCUCUCCAGACAAGAAUGAACUUGCAUAUUGAAAAAUCUCUAAACACAGCACCCCUACAACUCUCAUUGCCCGUCAACCCAUGUGCAUUUCAUCUGAAAUAACAUCUCAGCUAGAUCUAAAUCUACUGUUAACAAAGGAAUUUCUUCUAGUCACUUAUUUUUCAGUUCCCCUGCCCUAAGGUAGAACUGUCCGACUAUUUGCCGUCCUGACAGUUCAGGGAAAAAAUGUGCUAAUCUGCGGAAAGGCUAAUCUGCUAAGCAAGUACAGUGGUACCUCGGGUUAAGAACUUAAUUUGUUCUGGAGGUCUGUUCUUAACCUGAAACUGUUCUUAACCUGAAGCACCACUUUAGCUAAUGGGGCCUCCUGCUGCUGCCACACCGCCAGCGUGCAAUUUCUGUUCUCAUCCUGAAGCAAAGUUCUUAACCCGAGGUAGUAUUUCUGGGUUAGCGGAGUCUGUAACCUGAAGCGUAUGUAACCUGAAGCGAAUGUAACCCGAGGUACCACUGUAUCACUUAGAUGGCUGAAGCAUAGGAGCUCACACUUGCACUGCACAGGAAAGCAACACAACAACAAAGCUUCCAUGGUCUCCUCCCACUUCGAUCUACACAAAAUUUCUUUCCAACCCCAGAUCUGGUGGUCUGUCUGUACAUGAGCCUGGUCAGGCCGCUGAAUGCAAUAAAACCAAAACUGAAGGGCUCCAUUAUUUUGCUUUCCGCCCUCCGCCCCCAUUAUCUUACUUUCCUUUGCAAGUUACAGUAAUCAUUAAGAAUGCAUUAAUGUAUCAAUAAUUUGAUGAAGCUGUGUGGCUAGGACACUUAAGUACAUUACUGAAAGUCAGAAAGGUGAUAAGAUGCGAAGAUAGAUUGAGUCGCUCAUUCGUUAUUUAUUUGUGCUCCUUUCUUUGCCUUUUGCACAAAAAAGGGUGGUGGCUCCCAGAGCAGCUUACAGAAAGCAAUAGAGAGGGAGUCCCAUGCCCUCAAGUCUACAUUCUAAAAUUCAUAACACACUGGGGGAGGGGUGGACAGGGUAGGCAGGAAGGAAGAGGGAAAAAUGGCUUCUUCACAGUUCUUGAAGAGCUGAUCUGGUGGGAGCUGGAAUACUCUCAGGAGGAGGCUUGAUGAGUUGCGUUCCUCCGUCCGUGGCAGUUCUCACAUUUUUGCAAAAAAGCAACACUCACCUUCCUCCUGCACCCAGGAUCAGAUUCGAGAGCAGAUGACAAUGUCCAGGCUGGGAGAACAGGACUGCUCCUGCCCAGUGGCGAAGCUGCAUGCUCCACUACUGGGGGCAGAGAGCAGGCGGGGGCGCGGCACACGUUCCUGGGGUGUGACACGCUGCCUGUGGGGGCGUGGUGCAUGGGGGGUGCCACGAUGGCACCCUACCGGAAUAGUGGCGCCAUGGGCGGACCGCUCCCUCCGCACUCCCGUUCCUCCACCAGCGCUCCUGCCACAGUUAUCUCCUCAAGCAGCCGAGUUGGUGGUUAGUCACAGAUUGUGGUAUUUGUUGAGCGCCAUGAUUGUACCUUAAUGAUGCUGCCCUGUUGGAUGCACGUCAAGAUUAAUGUGGGUUUGAAUUUCUCUGAGUGGUGUAAUAGUAACUGGCGCUAGAAACAUGCAUAUGACUUGUUUUCCAUUUUUACAGUGACUCUAUACAGCUGUUCCUAUGGUCGGGAUGACUGCAGCUUGUGUCUCGCAGCUAAUCCUGCGUAUCAGUGUGUCUGGUGUGACGACAGCUGUGUUUACACUAGCCGGUGUGCUGCUCCCACUACCACCUGCCCUCCUCCAGUCAUUACUAUGGUAAUUUAUGCAUCAUUCAUAACAUAGCGUGAAGUCCACUCAAGUCAGCUUGCAAAGCAUUUAUGGAAUUCUGAGGAGCUGUUGCAAACUUGUGAAGUCCCAUAGUAAAGAGACUCUGUCUGUUUCUUUAAGAUCCAGAUGGUGAAUAAUCACUGUGCUCGCGGGGCAUUAGAACUGGCUUUUUGACUAAACAAACCAACAGGAAAAGGCUACAUAACUAUAUCCUAGGAGUGUCUUCCAGUAGUGCUGUAAUGGCAGGCUGCUCCUAGGUUACACGGGACGAGUUCAUAGCAUGGUUUCUUGCCUUGCCUGCAUUGUCUCAGAUCCCAGGAAGGGGUAUUAUUGGCACGAGAGAGUCACUGUGUCACCAGAGCAGCUAAGGAAGGAGGCAUGCCAUUACAUUUCCUGUACCACUAAGGGGCUGAACUUUACGAGAUGUGUGAAUAUACUGCUGGUCUGUCUUUGCUCUCCAUACUUCCUCAUAGCAUCUGAUUUAACCCAAUAAGCUGGUUCAGACAUAACAAUCUCCGUUUAACAAAGCCAAGAAUGUUGCAUCUGAACAGCCCAGUGUGUUAGAUGAUAUAAUCAUCACUGUACAUUGCUAGCAGCUAGUGACGAUAAGGUAGAAAGCCAGACUAAUACAAUUACAUUAUUCAGGCAUUGUGUUAAAACAGUUACGGUUAGACAGGAGAGUCUUCAGCUUCACCCCUUACAUACCUUGUUCUGCCCAGAUUGCUUUUUACAUUUUCUGGCUGUCCAAAGCGUUUUAGUUCAACAAGUCUAGUCCCCCUUAGGGUUGCCAUUUUUUUGAAGAGAAGAAAGAGGACACAUUUGCCAAAAUCUACUUUUAACUAUGGAUCUCUAUGAUAACUCUCAUAUCAUAAGAAAGAGGACGUGUCCAGGGAAAAGAGGACAUGUGGCAAUCUUGCGGCCUUCAUCUUAUCCAACCAGUUCCACAGUUCUAAAUUUGUAGCAGAACAUUAAAAAGAACAUUUGUAAGCAGAGUGGUACCUCAAAAGGUAUCUCUGCCUGUAACCUGCUUCAGAGGUAGUUCACUCAACUAAAUAAAUGCUUCAGUAUUUUUUUCUAUUAAAAGGAGACACCAUCGGGUUCUUUAGGCAACCACAACACAGUUAUAAACUGGAUGAAAUGCUAGGUGUUACUCUAGGCAGGAAUGCUAUAUAUAAUAGUUAUAACCCGGUGUUGUAAUAAAGUAUAGUAGAAUUCCAUUUUCCGUCAGGUAUUUGAAAUGAUGCAGCUUGUUAUUGAUUUUAUAAUAUUGGGAAGAGCGUUAGACUUGACAUUUUACAGUAAAAAAUAGUUGGCUCUCGAGGGUUUUUUCCCCUAAAAAGGCAAUUAGGAUUUUUUAGGAGUAGGCAGCCGCAUAACAGAAGAGGCCACAGAAAGUCCACAGAAAGCUCUACCAGUGUUGCUGGAUCUCAGACUGCCAGAAUUUUUAUCAUUUCCUUCCUUCUUUCACAGACUUUUUGCACCUGGAGCCCAAUAGGUUGGAAAAUUCAGGUUCUCAGGGACAGAGGCAGUAAGGCAGGCCUCAGAGUCCUCUGAAGUUCAUCCUCAGUGCAGGGAGGGAUGCCAGUUAGAAAAGGGAGAUCAGAAGCCCUGUGCAAAUCUGUUUGGCCUAUCUUUGGCCUGGGGAUCGCCACUAUUUCUUUAUCACAGUUGGCCAUUCCUGAUUUACAUCCCUAGGCACUCUGCACUGCCCUCCUUUUACCACAGUCCCUUAACAGGUAUAAUUCUGUUGCAAUACAUCCUCAUAGUAAAGUCUUAUAUUUAAAAAACCGUGCAUCAUUCCCCUUAAAGGGGAAAAAUAAAUAUCAAUGGAAGUCUUCAAUAUACCCCUAGGACAUGAAACUCUUGUAAAGCAGAUGUCCCCCCCCCCCCCCCGCCUAAACACAAAGGUUUGCAGCUCCCUACCUUUCAAUUCUUAGAAAAACCAGUUUGAUAUUUCAGUUGAGUACUUUGUGGUACUCCGUAGGAUAUAAAAUAUCAUUGCUCUCAGGAAGUACCUAAAUGCUCCAAGGUGUCCACAUUGACAACAGAACAAAAACUUUUGUUCUAGAGUCAAAAGAGGUGGUUCUGAAAACUUGCCAGGGUGAUGUGCUGAGCUCUCACUGUACACUUUUAACACAGGAGAUAUAAAGUUAUGGGAGAACAAAGAUAAACCAUUUGUGCAUGGAUAUAUGCCUGUGGGUCUUGGGAGGGUGUUGGAGCAACAAAAGUGUUCUGAAAAAUCAUUGAACUAUAGCUAUUAUGCAGUGGCAGACUAAACUUGAAUGACUUCUAAGGCUAGUCAGGUUUUGUUAGCUGACAAAGGGCAAGAACUCCUUAUUCCAAAAACUGCACAAAUAGAGUUAAAAUGUCAAGAUUUCCUAACCACCCUUGCCACUAGGGGUAGGGUUCAACUGAUAUAUAAUCUCAGAGUUUGCAUGCCCAUCCACUACAACCAGAAUAAAAAUUGGAAUUUUCCAGAUUUCUGGCCAAAACUCAAAUUUAAACCCCAAACAUUUGUAUUCCUCCUUGAAGUCUGUGAACUUACUGUUUAAGCUGCUGGUUGGUUAUUAAAAUGAUGUUGUGACUUUUUAAGUAUGUUUUCUUUAUGCUCAGAUUGAACCACGUAAUGGACCGCUGAGCGGUGGAAUUUUGUUGACCAUAAUGGGAUCUAAUUUGGGCAUAAAUGCUGAAGAUGUCAAAAGUAUAACAGUGGCAGGCACUGAAUGUAUAUUUAGAGAACAAUUCUACUCUGUUUCUACCAAGUAAGUAAUUGUCUGAUGUCCUGAAUGCCAGUUUGUUUGUUUUUUAUCUAUUUGCUGCAGGUUCAUAGAAAUGUGAAAUAAAACAACUGUCCUGACAAAAAUGACAGUUGUUUGCUUUAAAUAUAUAACUUCUUGAGCAUUUCUGUAUGGUAAUGAGUUGUAACUAUUUAAUGUGUUUAGCUGUAAUUCUAGAGACAACUGCAAUGUUUAUGCUUAUUCUGUUGUACUUUAUACAUGUAAUUAUGUAAGAGACUUGUAAUAACAGCCACCUUUAUAUUUAUGAUCUAACAGCUCUAACUCGUUUGUUGCUUAUCCAGACUCAAUUAUGCACUAAUUUAUUUGAACUGGAGGCAUUUGUAAGUUAUCUCAUGCAGCUUACAUUUCCAAUGGUGUCACUGCAGGAAAGUCUCAUAUAUUAAACAUUUACAACCUUGCACACAUUUUUUUAAAAAAAAAACCCACCCACCCCUUUUUGUAAUCCUGUACACAAAUAUUAUGAACAGGUAGUUUUGUUAUGUUCAUUUUUAAAACACAUCUCUAAAAUGAACAUUGGAAAUGUUUUAAUUCAGUUUGGCAAAUGUUAGGCAUCCAGGUAUCCUGUUAUUGUGUAUUCAUGGUGAUUUGUGCUCAUGAUGGUAUUGGGGCGGUUAUAUGCUUCCAAUACUGUUUGCACCUGCAAAACAUUUUGUGUUGGUGAGACUGUCUUUGUUUCCCAUCAGUACUUGUCCCAUAGCUUCCUACUAAAACCCUGUAACACAAUGCAAACAUUCAGGGGGUGGGGUGUUCUAUCCUGCUAUUGUUGUGCUAUAGUGUAUGAGUGUCCCCCAGAUCGCAAUAAUGCAGUAGUACUGAGAAAGUAUUGCAGAACUAGUAAAGUAAAAACAUGUUCGAACGGUUCCAUAUAAAUCCAUCACUGAUUCACUUGUAUUGCAUCAGUGACAUGUUGCAGAAUACUUCUGCCAAAAACAAAGAAAAAACAACCCAUGCAGGGGGGGGUGCACCUCCGAUGGGGAAAUCAAGGUGUGAGUCUUGGUUUUUCCUAUUUCUUUGAGAAAUAAACCUGUAAAUUCAUCUUGUGAAAAGGAAUGGCGUGCCAUUUUUUAAUGGUUUCUACAUAAUGAAGGCUUGAGUGUGAUCUUCUCCCGGAGAUUUAAAAUCAUUUGCGUGACCGAUUCUAGUUUAUUCCACCUUGUAUUACUUUUGAGGCUUCUGUAAUGGUGUCUUAUUUAAUUGUUAGAUUUUAUUUUAUUUAAGAAUGGACUGCAGGGAAUAUAUAUCAAUUUAGUUCUUUUAUGUACAAGCUUACCUUGUUUCCAACUAGGAUUGUAUGUGAGGUUGGAAGUGUGCCAGAAGCAAAAGAAGGUGAAAUUGAAGUUGAUGUAAAUGGACAACAAGGCAGAUCAACAAACGAAGUGCAGUUUACAUAUCAGGUGAGUCUGUCCUUGUCAAUAGCUUACCUUAUUUAACACAUAGUAUCUUGUUUUCCAUUUCUCACUGGGUCAAACGUAAGUGUAUAAACAGUGCAUUGGUUUUUAUUGCUUCAUUUGGAACCAUGGAGGUUCUGCUGAAACAGAAUGCUUAAGUCUGCUAAAUAUAAUAGAGAGACGGCCUGUUAUAAAUAAGGUGGAUACGGCACCUGUACUACAGAAGACAGAAAAGAGAUGGAUGGGCAGCCUUGUGCUCAUCCAAACAUGCUUCCACCCCUUAAAGGUCUAAUGCUAAUCCAGUCACAAAGGGACUCUUAGGACAUUUGACUUUAUGCUCAAGGGACGCAGCUUCAAGCCAUCAUCUGCCUGCUACUUCACCCAAUUCUUCCAAGGCAAAGAAGUCCCACCUUGGGGAAGGAGGAUGUGUUAGUAGCUUGUAUAGAUAGCCAGGGAAGACUGGAGCAUCCUGGGGGGCUGCCCAGGUAACAGCAAAUGAAGCACAGAGCAUCAUUUACUGCCAGGGCUUUGGAGUUUGUAAUCCACAAAUUGCACAAUAGAAGAAGGUGCUCUGUGCAUCACUUUCCACUGAACAGGCAGCCUGCUAGAGUCUUCAUUGGAAGCCAUGCAUGGGCUGAAACUGCCCUCCUAACCCAAAGUGAGGUUUGGGUUUUGCCUUGAGAGAGGAGUAGCAUCCAGUGGACAACUAAAGAUGCAGAGAGACGCAAAGGAUGAGAUUAGGGGAGAGUGGGUUGUCUUUGCCUCGGUUCAGCUUACAGCAAUCCAAGCAGGGGUGGCUGCAUAGUUGAACACCCCUGCUUGAAUCCUCAGCCAACCCUCAGAAAAAAAACAUAUUUGGCUUUGAUAUGGGCCAUACUUAAAGAAACAGCUCGUAGCUUCCUGCUGAACCGGUAAUCUUAAUGGGGAGAAUGGAUGCCUAGUCACUGAACGGUACCUAAUGAUACUAGAAAUCCUAAAACAUUUUCAGUUGGGUUGCUUAAUUCCAUAAAUAGAGUCUCUGCCACAGACGGCAUGAUAUAAGUCAUGUGAGAGAUACAGUUAGCCACCUUGUCACCAUGCCAAAGGAUAGGCCUUCAAUUGCCUUGCCGCAGAUGCAGCCCUAAAACUCGCAGGACCUUAUAGUGCUUGUAAGGUAUAGGUAAGUGUACAUGGAUAGAUACAACGUACAGGGUUAUUUUUAAAUUCAGCUGUCACUUUUGGUAUUUAAAACAAAACUAGUGAAAUGUGUCAUAUGGAAAGUCAAGGUUAGGUUAUUCUCUUGGGGAUUCAUUUUUCUGCCUGGGCUAUUUCAGCUUUCACGCUGAAUAACCACAUAGAGGAAGUGGAUAUGGUCAAGUCACAAGAAGGAAGGAGUUGGAUAUUUGUAGAAUGCGAGGCCAGAAUUGGAAAACAAGGGGCAUGGGGCAUGCAUGCCAAAUCUGUAUUGUCGGUCCAUGGCAGGAGUGGGCAGCUUGCAGCAUGUGAGACUUCCACUGUGUAAUUCUAGCUCUUGCUAUUAAUAAUAAUAGCAGCAUUGCAUUUCUAAUUUUCAUUACUGCGGAGUUACAUGUGACUCUUUCUUCUUCCAGGAUCUCCAUUCUUUUAGCAUUCCAAAAUGACAGCUGUUAAAGAUUUUUGGCUUGAAAAGCAUAACUUGCAUUUUAGCUUAAAAAAUUCCCUUACAGUUACUGGGAAGAUGCAGUGUAAGAGGAAAAGAAAGAACUGAACUGUUAAUUUAAUGAGGUCACCAAGCUAUGGGUAGUUUCUUUUCCUCCCUCUGACUUUUCACACCAAUUCUCGGCUAAUUAUAUUUUCUUUCCCCCUCCUCUCACCCAGCUAAAAGAGGAAUAGAUAGUUUUAUUCUAAAAGGAGAUGGACAUUCUUUGACCGCCUCCACUUUUACCUUGGAGAUGCGUCUGUAAUGGACACCAGGCUAACAAUUCGUGUCUGAAAUCUGUAGGGUCAUCAUGCCAUAACUUACAUUUCCUUUGGUCCAUAGAAUUAGGAUAUGAAGCAUGACACAACUAACUAAAUUUUACUGAAAACUUUGCUGUUUUUUUACUGGGCAAUAAGAAGAGAUAAUAUUUCCCCCCUCUCUGCCCUAACUUCCCCAUUGGUUUUAUACACUCAGUAUACAAGAAUGUCAAGUAUCAUCAAUCAGUCUCUGUAGCAUUUAGUGACCUAGUUUGUUUGUCAUGUUAAACCAUAGUUAAAAUAAACUGUACGAACAGGUAGUGUGCUACUGCCUGCUUCUGAAAUCACAGGCCACUCACUGUUCGCUUGCAAACAAGCUUAGCGUUACCGCUGAACCUAGGGUCAUGCUUUGAUUCUUACCAAACAAACCGUAAACAGUAACCAAGGUUUAUUCUUGGCUUACCACUUAUGGUUUGUUUGGGGGAAGCAAACUGCUGAAAUUUGUCUGUAACGCUAACCCAGACCAUAGCUUAUUUCACAGCAGGAGCAGCGAAAGAGCAAAGCACCUGCAAUUUCAGCAUGAGUCACCAGCGCAUUAAACUAUUUUAACUAGUUAAAAGUGCCGUGUGAGUGAGGCCAUUACAUGUGAUUUUGCUACUACUGCCAUCCUCUCACUUGGUUUGCCUUUCUUAUUACAUGAGGAGACAGACCACUUCACACUAGGGAUUAAGAUUCCUAUGAGUGCUAGGUGCUCAAAUCUCCAGAAGCAUGACAUGAUCUUUUACAGCUUUGUCACAGCAGCUGAAGUUUAAACCAGGCAAUCUAGUGUGUAUUAUGUUGUCUUAACAUCCUUUGUUUCUGAGACCACCUGUGGGCAUUGUUUGUGGGCAGUUUAGCAGAAGUCGAGCUUCUAAACUCUUCCUUUGCUGCUUUGUGGGAGGAAGAAGGGAUAGUGUGCAAUCCUGAGGUUCACAGCAGAUCUUUCCAGCAUGUUCAUCUCUGAAUGCAACCUUUCUAUCAGAUGUUGCAGCUGAUCAUGCAUAAUCACACGUCCUGUAGCUUUGAGUAGCCACUGCAAGUAAUAAGAUUAUGUGUAAAAAGGUAGAGAACCCUUACAGUUAAGUCCAGUCGCGAACGACUCUGGGGUUGCGGUGCUCAUCUUGCUUUACUGGCCGAGGGAGCCGAUGUUUGUCCGCAGACAGUUUUUCUGGGUCAUGUGGCCAGCAUGACUAAGCUGCUUCUGGCAAAACCAGAAUUAUGUGUAGCAGCCUUUAAUGCCAAAUUAUGGACAGUAUUUUUUUCUGAACUACAUAUUCAGCGUUGGCCCAACUGAACAAAUCACUGAUAACAGCUCAAGUUGACCCAAGCAAGAAACAUUGCUGUUCCGUUUUUAAGAAUAGAUUUGCACCAUCUGGUUAGCUAUAACUAUAUGAAACUGUUUGAUGUUGGUAAUCCAGUUCGAUGUAACUAGUUCAUUGUGAGAUCAGCACUAUCUAACCAAACAGCAAGAAAUUUAAAACCUUGCAUGCAACCCCAACGUGCAGUUUCAUUCCAAAAAGCGCCGUUCAUUAAAUUUAUAGCACUUGCUUUAUUGGCCUGCUUUAUUGGCCCAUUAAGGAAAACAUUAGGUGUGCUGAGGCAGCUUUGCUGAGCACUAGAUGAUUAUAUUAAAAGGACAAGGAUGUGUGUGCUUCUUUUUAUGUUGCAAAAGGGCUCUUUCAUGCUCAUAAUUUUUGUAACCAGUUUUUUUUUAGUAUGUGCAUGGUUAGGGUCACAAGAAGUUGCCUUAUUUGGAAUCAGAACAUUGAUCCAUUGAUUGGUCUUCCAGGAUUUCAGGAGGGGAAAUCCUGUAUAAGUAGUUUCUGUAUUUAUAUCCAAGUGACUACAACUAUUCUACCUAACUCAGCAGGUGUGGGUACACACCCUGGCUCUAAUGCGCACACAACAUGUGUGCAUGGGGUAUGCAUUUCCAGUUCUGUAGUAAGGGCAGCUCAUGACUCUUUUGUGUCCAUGCACCUGCUCUCGCCGCUGAAUUCAUGGAAUCGUAGAUUAUUUUAGAGUUUGAAAAGACCCCGAGGGUUGUCUAGUCCAACUCCCUGCAAUGCAGGAAUCCUGUCCACAGACAUUCUGGGUGGUGGGUGGGCCUCGAACCACCAACCUUCUGAUUAACAGCUGUUUUGGGGAAGCUGGUAUAUACAUGUAACCCUGCAUUCCACAGGGCUCCCUCUGGACUUUGCAUUAGAUCUAUGUUUCCCACUCUCGGUUAUCAGUGUUUUUGUUCAUUUCAUUGCUGGACUGGUGCAAGAGAAGCUCACGUGGCAUGCGCCUCAGUUCAUUCUUCUAGGGUUGCUGCCUCUUUUCUGGGAGCUGCAAGGAAAAACGAGACAGCAACAACAUGCGAUAGUUUUUGAAAACAUGGUUUUUGAAGACACACAGAGACAAUGCAGGCUUCUAGUGUGGGAGUAAAUACCAUCUGACAUACAAUUAAAAAUUGAAAAGAGCUCCUUAGGCUUUAUAUAAGAGUGCUGUACUCUUGAAUAUCAAAGCAAAAUGUUAAUCAUUGCGACUUGCACUGCAGCGCAUUGAGUUCCAUUCUAGGGCAAUCCAGCUGAACAUUAAAUGUAUUCUGCGGAGAGUGCUGCUUCCCUGGGCUUCUGAAAAAUUAGUGCUUUUAUGAGUGCUUUUCAAUGUGUGUUCCAGUUGUUGUUGUUAUUGUUGUUAUCAUUAUUAUUCUUACUAUUUGUUAAAUUUGCAUACCACCCUUCAUCUGAAGACCUCAGGGCAGUUCACAACAUAAAAAUACAAAACAAGAAGAUAAAACUAAAACAAAACAAUACCCCCCCCCCUUCUGCAAGCACAUUUUUAAAAAACCAUAGGAUGUUAAUAGAAUGUUAAUCAGCCAAAGAUUAUAGAGAAACAUUUCUGCCUGGCACCUAAAGAUAUGUAAUGAAGGUGCCCUUCCCUUUUUUUUUCUUGCUUGGGUCAACUUGUAAUCUAUAUGAUCCUUAUAGUUUAUAGGAUCGGAAUUGAUGCGUGUGGGGGAUUUCUGAAAGGUGGUGCUUUGUCCUGGAUCUUUGGGGUUUUCCUAAAAAGCUCAACAAUUACGGGGGUGUCUUGGUUUUUACUUUUUGAAAUAUGGCAACCCUAGUGUUGCUCCCAUCCCUUCCUCCCCAAAUCUCAAAACUGCAUACUUGAGGAGUUAUCCGAUGUUAUCCUCACCACACCCCUAUGAUGGGGUAGCUUGACUGAGAGCGAGUACUGUGACUGAUCUAAGGUCUCUUGGUAAGCAUCAUGAUGAAGUCAGGGUUUGAAUCUGGUUUCUCUUGUGCAAUUCAGUUCUUUACCCCAAGGUGUCUUGCUGGUUGUAAACUAUCGAUAAGGGCUUGCAGAGACAUUUGUAAACACCUCUCCCUUGCAUUUGCAUAAAGGAUGUCAUUUGCGGUUCCAUGGUAUUGCAUUCCAGUUGUCCUCAAGUUUUUAUGAAGUAAAGCUUGUGUCUCCUGCAAGAGCAUCUAAAACAUCUCCUAAAAGUUGCACAUUUCUACAUACAUAGACUAUCUUUACCCCUAAACCAAUAUUGUAGGAUGCCUGGUGUUGACAUUUUUGUAAAAGUGAGCAAGGAUUUUAAUCUUAUGCAGCUGUCUGCCUCUUCUUAAAUUAGGUGCUCUGAAUUCUGAAGGCUGCAUACAUAAUUCCAUUUCCAAAUGAAAAGACUUUGACAGUUCUUAAACACUGAGACAUUAAGGCUGCCCCGGAGCUUACUUCUAAGUAAACAUACACAGGAUUGUGGUGUGCGUGAUAUUCCAGCUAUUAAAUAAAAGUUUUGAUAAAUUUGGUGAAUAAAAGGCAUGAAGGAACUGACAACAGAAGAUAGGGUUGUGGGCAAGGCUGAAGUUAGUUCCAAUUAGUCAAAACAUAUUGCAAAUUUGGGAGAGGGCUAUAUAAAACAACAACAACAGAAGAGGAAUAAGUUUUGAAUUAAUUGUUUGAAGUUGAUUAAACUGGCUCGUGAAAGUGUAAAGCAGAUAAAGCGAGAUAGCAUUAUGCUUAAUUGCAUCAUGUUUUCAGAGGAUGAUCUAUAGAACCAAUUAAUACUCUGCUAAGAUACAUUGCAAAAUAUGGGAGAUGUUAAUUUUACAAAAGGCUUUUGCACUUCUAAAAAACCGUUGAUGUGAUUUGGCCCUUGCAAUGUGAUUUGGCCAGGGCCGUCUUAAGCAUAUCUGGUGCCAUGGUGCAAAGCUCGCUCCGCUGCCCCCGCCCCCCGUUUCCCAGAGUUGUCGACCUUUUUUUAGGGAGGACGGCACUGCUGGCGGGGCAGUUCCUCCGGCGGGGAAGAGGCAGAGGUUGAACGUGGCGCCUCCUGGCUCAGCUGUACACUUUGUGCCGCGGUGGCCACAGCAGAUGGAGGCUCCAGGCACGGUGCUGCUUCAGCGCAGGUGGGAUGGCGGAGGCAGGCGAGGGCAGCGAGCUGAUGCUGGGAGACUUUCCCAUUGGCCCGCGGCCGCUGGGAGGUCCAGCCUUCACCUCUUCCCUGGCGCCCUCCAGAACUUGACGCCCUGGCGCCCUGUGCCACUAGCCUCUAUGGGUAAGAUGCCUCUGGAUUUGGCCUUUGUGAUUUGGCCCUGUGCAAUCAGGCACAGGGUACAUUUAGGUUACAAUUUUUAAGCCUUGAUAGUAGGUGAGCUGGCAGCAAGUUUUGGGCGGUCCCAGAACCAUAGAACGGUACGUUUUCACAGCAUUGCUAAGCCCCUUGCUAAGUCAGGUCUCCUACACAACAUGUCACUGAGUUGAAUGCAGACUGCCACCUAUUUAAUGUGGCCUGCCACUUCCAGCUUCCCACAUUUGCAGCACCAGGCAGGAAGUUUAUCAAGCUUGUGUUGGGCUAUAUUUGACUCAAGACUAUCACAAGUUUUGCAGACCUAUUUUAAGUGAUACUUUCCAAAUUAGCCAACUUCCCACAGACAAUAGAAGGGGACAGUUGCCUUCUGUGCAAAUAUCAAAACCAGUUGCUUUCACAUUGCCUCACAAUGCUGCAGGCAUUGCUUUGUUGCUCCUGUCAUUGAUAACAGUUAUAUUCCAGGAAAGUGUGAGGAAGAAGCACUGAAACCAUGACUGAAAACAGUAAGCCCAAAAUGAAAUCCUCAAAAAAUGAACAGGCAGCUAAUCCAUUAUGUUGUAGCUUAGGCCUUGAAAUCAAUAGCAGCUUAGAGUAGUGUAAGCUUUAAAUAGAAGUCGGUUCAUAAUCUCUUUCAUUUCUUCUUCCCUGGUCCAUUUUUUUCCCUCAUGGUAGUAUUUCCAAACCUAGAAAAGUGCCUUUGUGAGAGUAAAAACUGAAUUUAACCAGUUUUUGACUUCUUCAUAACAGGAUCCUGAACCUACAGGAAUAAGUCCUCAAAUUGGUACCAAAGCUGGAGGGACGUUCUUAACUAUCAGUGGCACAAACCUGGACACUGGCUCUAUUCAAGAUGUUCAAGUUUACCUUGAUAAUGUACCCUGUCAAGUGUAAGUAUAAGGACUUAUAAAGCUGCCUUUCCUCUCUUAGGUGUGGUCAUGCCAUCUAUAUUGUAGAUUUCUAACCUCUGUCAGUAGAACUUUCAGCCAUCUUAAUGUCCUCUGAAUUAUCCUAGCCCCACCUAAAUUGUUUUCCCCAUGGACUGUUUUCCACAGAUCCUGAUGAUGCAACGGAAACUUAACAUUUUCUCUUUCUUUAUCUAAUGUGAUUAGUGUGAGUUCACACUGAUUUUGUCCACAGUAUAUGACUUUAGAAUCAAGCAGCCACUUAGAUGAACAGCUCUCGGAAGAUCAAUCCUCAGUGGAGUCAUUCUCACAUUAUCCUCCUUUCCCACGAAUAUGUUUUAGUAGGGGCACACUCAGCUAAGGUUCAUAGCUCAUACUUGAUUCACCAUGUGGGCAUUGUUCCACAGAACAUUACUAAUGAUUCUUUCAGUGGCCUCACCCCAGUGAUAAUAUCCUGGACAACGUACAUAUGAAGAAACCCCAACACUGCAGGAAUAUUCAGCUGUCCCAUACAGGAAUCAAACCUGCAACCUUAUCAGCAGCAUGCCCUAACCAACUGAGCUAAAAGCUGCCACAGUGCUGUGAUUUCAGUCUUAGCUGAGAGAUAUUCAUGCAAUCAGCCUUUAUUGGAUUAUUAUUCAUCACCAAACUUUGAAGAAGACCUGAGCAGCGUACAUUAGAUUGUUCCUUUUAAUGUAGCGUGGAUUGUGACCCUUCUUGAGAAGGGGUCAUACAGUACGGCAUGGUCUGAACAGUAGCACAGUAAAUAGCACAGUAAAAUGUGAAGUGCAAUUGUUGUGAUAGGUUCUAAUGCGGUAGUAUUGUUGCAUUGCCAUUAGAGUGCCAAAUAGCAUUUCAGGAAGCAUGUUAACAGAUACGGACAAGUCAGCACCUAACACUGAAAACAUGUACCAGAUUGCAGUGCUCUGAGCAGCAGAGCUAGGAAAGUGGAAAGUGCUUUAAAUUUGUGAAGAUCACCUUAAAUGUUACAGUUAAAAGACAAGGGAAAUGGGUAAUUUGUACAGAAGCUGCAUAUAGUGUUGUCUGCAAGUGUCGUGUUCAUUCUCUUACUCUGAUGACUUAAAUGGGGCUUUACUAUUGCACUUUCCUUGUGUUUGUUUCGGCUGUGGAGGGUAGGGUUGUCUACGACUGACAUGAAAUUAUUGGAAAGAAAUGAAGCUAAUUGAGGCAUAAAGAAGUAUAUAGAAGAGUGAAAGCAGGACUUCCUUUGCUUUUUGCGCUUACUUGGUAAAAUACGUCAACACUCAGAAAGGACCACCAGAUCCCCUUGGCUAGAGAUCUCACUUAAAAAUAGGCAAGCUUCCAUAGCAUUUUGUUUUAGAACCUUAAAGUGAAGGUGGUCCUCAAACAUCUGAAUGGGACAUCAGGGAAAGAUGAAAGUCAUACAAAGCAUUAGGUCAAAACAGUCCAAAACUAACUUCCACGAAUUUGUCCUUAUCUGGGCAGGAACACUCCAAUAUUGUUGAAUGUCUGUGUCCUGGCAGCAGAACCUGCAGCCCACAUGUUGAGGGACUUUGGAAGAAGACUGGCUGGGAGCACCACUCUGGCAGCCCAACAGCAACAGCCCGGGCAUUGAGUUGGCAAAGUCUCGUGAUGGGUUGGGCUGUUAACUCAUAUGCACCAGGCCCCUUAAGGAGAUUCCCCCAUGGGUUCAUUUGGGGAGAGACCAACCCUGACUCUGGUCUCUUACCAAUGCCCCAGCCGCUUGUGACAUUGAAAAUGAAACAAAAAUACUACCCUGAGCAAAGCUAUUUAAAGAGCUAUCUAUAGGAGGGGCAUGGCUGGGCCCUAAUCCCAGAGUAAAUUAAUCAUGGUCACAUCACUUCUUUGCUCUCCUGACGUCCCCCUUCUCCCCCUUCCCAAAUACCCAGCACAAAGGGGUACAGUGGUACCUCGGGUUAUAUACGCUUCAGGUUACAUACACUUCAGGUUACAGACUCCGCUAACCCAGAAAUAUUACCUCGGGUUAAGAACUUUGCUUCAGGAUGAGAACAUAAAUCGUGCAGUGGUGGCGCGUCGGCAGCAGGAGGCCCCAUUAGCUAAAGUGGUGCUUCAGGUUAAGAACAGUUUCAGGUUAAGAACGGACCUCCGGAACAAAUUAAGUACUUAACCCGAGGUACCACAGUACUUGCAUUGGAUGUUAGUGAACUUGGUUUCUCAGAUGUUCAUGCUUAUACACAUUCACUGUUUCUCUUACGUAGCAAUAAUAAUAAUAAUAAUAAUAAUAAUAAUAAUUUAUUUAUACCCCGCCCAUCUGGCUGAGUUUCCCCAGCCACUCUGGGUGGCUCUCAUUUGAGUGUUAAAAACAAUACAGCAUUAAAUAUUAAAAACUUCCCUAAACAGGGCUGCCUUCAGAUGUCUUUUAAAAAUAAGAUAACUGCUUAUUUCCUUGACAUCUGAUGGGAGGGUGCCACUACCGAGAAGGCCCUCUGUCUGAUUCCCUGUAACUUGGCUUCUCGCAGUGAGGGAACCGCCUCAGUGUCCAGGCUGAAUGAUUGGGGUGGAGAUGCUCCUUCAGGUAUACAGGACCGAGGCCAUUUAGGACUUUAAAGGUCAGCACAUUAUACUGAAUGUAACCACAUUUUAAUAUUCUAAAUGUUAGACUAAAUAAUGCUGGUAUUCUCUGUGUCACUUGAGGAAAUGAAGAUGUCGUUUUCCUGUGGGCUGGGGUUCAGGAGGUUGUAGAAGUCAGUCUUGAUGAGAUUUUUCUUAAUUCCUUUUUUCUUAAUUUAGUAUCACAUUUGGGCAAGAAAUAGUUUGCGUUACUGGACCAAAUAGCAAGGAAGGGCCUGUUCCUGUAACAGUACGGCAUGGAAGCAAUGAAAGAAGGAUAGAAAACGAACCGUUUACCUACAGUGAAAACCCUACAGUUAGCAAGAUCACACCUGAAGUCAGCAUAUGCAGGUAAAGAAAUAUUUCUUUUGUAGGGGAAAAAAGUGUUCAGCUUUAAUGAGCUGAAAUUAUAAGGUUUUCCCCCUCUCCGCUUUCAAUGUAAUUAUUAGAUAACAAGUAUCCUGGGUCUAAGCAAUCACAAUAAAUGUAGCAUAAUUGUAUAUUUCUUCUAAAACAGAAGUCAUCACCAUCAAGAAAGGCAGAGCUCUCGUCUGUUUAAGAAUAAUGUAUCAAUUAAUAAGAUGUUCAUUACUUUUUUCCUACUCCACUUGAAACAGAUUAAGGGUUACAGUCAACUUAACCCUACUCCAGGAAAGACCCAUUAAUGAACCCAUUUAAAAUGUCUUUGAACUUCACCAAGUCUACUCUGAGUAGACAUUAGGAGAACAAUGGGAUACAUGGCUUUAUUUGUGCUUUUAUAUUUUAGCGGAGGCCGAAAUAUUACUGUCGUUGGAGCUGGUUUUGAUAUUAUCCAGCAUUUCUCUGUGAAAGUUAUAUUUAAGCCUUUUGUCGAGAGAUCAUCAAGGAAGAGGAGGAAGAGGCAGACAGAGGAGGUACAAAAGGUAACCAUCGUCUCUUCUUUGUACAGAAAUACAGUGUGGGCAGUAUUUUAUUCAUUUAUUAAAUUUCUAUAGCACCCUGCAUCCAAAGAUCACAGGCUCAUUCUCAUGUUGCUACCCUCCAGGGCUCUCAUGGAAGAGACACAGGGUCCCAGUCGGUUCAUACUGAAACUGUACCUAAUCCAAAAACCCUUGAAAUUUCUCUUUGUUAGUUUUAGUGGAUUCAGUAGUUGGUCAAGAACUUUAGGGUUUAAUUAAUUGGUUUUGAGUGGCAUAAUUGGAAAAGGGUGAGUCCAUGGGGCACAAAUUGCCAUGUGCAAGCCCUGCAGGGCUCACACGACUCAGGGAGGAAGCUAAGGAAAAUGUUUAUGUGGUACUCUUGCAGAUUUCCCCUCCAUUUCCCUCCUAUUACUGUAUUUUUUGGUCUAUAAGACUCACUUUUUCCCUCCUAAAAAGUAAGGGGAAAUGUGUGUGCGUCUUAUGGAGCGAAAGCAGGCUGCGCAGCUAUCACAGAAGCCAGAACAGCAAGAGGGAUUGCUGCUUUCACUGUGCAGCGAUCCCUCUUGCUGUUCUGGCUUCUGAGAUUUAGAAUAUUUUUCUUCUUGUUUUCCUCUUCCAAAGACUAGGUGCAUCUUGUGGUCUGAGGCGUCUUAUAGAGUGAAAAAUAUGGUAAUUCCUAUAAGAAGGAAUUUUGCUGUGCCUGCUCCAAGGUGGGGAUAGUUUUCUUGCCCAGCUGGAAAUAUGUUAAAGGAACCAAGGGGAUUUUAGAUCUUUGUGCUGUUGCUGCUUUUUUCCUGUUUUAGUCACAUUAUUAAUUAUAAUUUUAGUGUUUUGAAUAGUUUUUUCCGCCUGUAUGAGCUCCUAUAUAACAUGAUCUGAUAUGCAGUAAACCAAGGGUUAGCAAACUUUUUCAGCAGGGGGCCUGUCCACUGUCCCUCAGACUUUGUGGGGAGCCAGGCUAUAUUGGGGGGGUGAACGUAUUCCUAUGCCCCACAAAUAAUCCAGAGAUGCAUUUUAAAUAAAAGCACACAUUCUGCUCAUGUAAAAACACCAGGCAGGCCCCACAAAUAAUCCAGAGAUGCAUUUUAAAUAAAAGCACACAUUCUGCUCAUGUAAAAACACCAGGCAGGCCCCACAAAUAACCCAGAGAUGCAUUUUAAAUGAAAGGACACAUGGACACAUUCUACUUAUGUAAAAACACACUGAUUCCCGGACCGUCCGCAGGCCGGAUUUAGAAGGCAAUUGGGAUGGAUCCGGCCCCCGGGCCUUAGUUUGCCUACCCAUGCAGUAAACUCACACAUUGGUAUGCAAAGGUUAAUUUGGAAGAAGCACUGACACUGCAUAAAACUACAAGUGAAAUUCACAGUUUGUGGUGUAAAAAUGAUUAGCAAAAUUAAUUGUGUCAAAGAUGGCAAGAAUGGAGUCCAGUUAAACUUAGUACAUUGGUACCUCAGGUUAAGUACUUAAUUCGUUCCAGAGGUCUGUUCUUAACCUGAAACUGUUUUUAACCUGAAGCACCACUUUAGUUAAUGGGGCUUCCUGCUGCUGCUGCUGCGCCGCCGGAGCCCGAUUUCUGUUCUUAACCUGAAGCACUAUUUCUGGGUUAGCGGACUGUGUAACCUGAAGUGUAUGUAACCUGAAGCGUAUGUAACCCAAAGUACCACUGUAUUCAGAAAUGCACUGUUUAUACACUGGGAUACACCUAUGAUCAUCCAUCCUAAAACAAUGCAUGUGAAGUAGCUCGUGUUUUUUACCAAUUCGAUAGACACAGAGAUGAAUUACCAGUGCUGCAGUAGCAAAAAUACCAACUUUCAAAAAAAGACUAAAGCAUAUGAGAUUGCAAGAGAGAGGUGACAGCUUGCACAUUGAAUUCACUUGUAUAUGUGUGAGACAAAGAGGGAGGGAAGGAUAAAUAAAAAACGUAAAAAUUUACCUACCAGUGAUCACCAAUACUUGUUUGUUUGUUUGUUUGUUUGUUUGUUUGUUUGUUUAGUUUGAAGGAAAAACCAUCUCAAAGAUCAAUGACACCACCCUAGUCUUCUUAUCACCACCCGUCCUGGAGGACCCAGAAAAUUACAGAAUUACUGUGCUUCUCCAAAUGGAUGGUCAUCAGGUGGGAAAAGACUUUCAAUAUGUUGCUGAUCCAACCUUUGAAAACUUCACUGAUGGUGUCAAGAAACAAGUCAAUAAACUUAUUCACGCAAAGGUAAGUGUGUCAGGAAAAUGACCUCUCUCAGUGUGCUUUGCCCUUUCGUAUUUGCAUUUGGCGCUUUCUUUCCUAAUUGUGUUAACCCGAUGCAAAUGGUUGACUGGAAUAAUUCCAAACACUGUUUUCAAAGACUAGUAUUGUCUGAAUGUGGGGAGCAUAAAUUCCUUUUUUUGUGCUACUUAGGGGUGGGGGAGACCUGUCUUUGCCUGCUGACAUAUGCCUCUAAAGGUUUCUUGUCAGUGGGGUUUCCUCUUUCUGAAAUCAAGAAUUGAGUCCUUAUCAGCAAGUUCUCCUGACAUUCUUUGACCUUAUUUAUACCCCCUGUUGCCACCAGGGGAUGAUAUUGGAUAUUGUAAAUCUAGGCCGGCACUCUCGUUGCCCUGCAGGAACAGCUUCCAUGAACAAGGCUUACAGAUUUGCCUCAGAACGUCAGCUACCCUGAGGGUAUUUCCUCUUCCACAUAGAUAUCAAAUCCAGCUGUUUGGUUUUCAGAUGGAACUGUGCAAAACAUGAAUGUAUUAAUCAUGAAAGCUUUUAUCCUUUUCCUUCCCUCUCCUCCCCUCCGCUCCCAGACACCGCGAAGCGAGUCGAUAGCUAAGAUGGCUUAGUGUUUCUGUGUUUCUGUCUAGGGCAGUAAUCUCAACAAAGCUAUGACGUUGGAAGAGGCGCGAGCAUUCGUGGGAGAAGAGCCCUGCGUCAUCAAAACUCUGACGGAGAACGAUUUGUACUGUGAGCCACCUGAAGUGCAGCCCCCGCCCAAGAGAAGGCAGAAGAGAGAUACGGUUAAUAACCUGCCAGAAUUCAGCGUAGGUCACAUUUAUCUGUCUUUUUAACAACACAUAUAAGGUGUGCGGCACAGAGGGCAUCUUGUUUUGAAGUGGCAAUAAUAAAGAGCCUUCUUUUACGCAUGAUUUGUGCUUCCAAAGAGCACGGGCAGAAGAAAACCAUUCUCCCGUUUGCCACUCCUUGCCUAGAAACAGAAUGUGUGAAAGCAAGUGUUAGCUUUCUUUUGCUAGGGCCUAGGCUGUACUGGUACUGAAAUGUGCAUCGAUCUAGAUCAGUGCUUCCCAAACCUGGGUCUCCAGCAAGCUUUUGGACUACAAUUCCCACCAUCCCUGACCACUGUUCUUUAUAGCUAGGGAUGAUGGGAGUUGUAGUCCAAAAAACAUCUGGAGAGGAGACCCAAGUUUGGGAAACUCUGGUCUAGAUUCAGGGCCACCCUACCAGCACAAGCAACCCCAAGCAGCAGCUUAAGGAAGCAGUACUUUUGGAGGAAUCAGUGAAACAUAUGAUCUGGGAAAUGCACCCCAGGGAACUGCGGUCUUAUUUAUUGAAAGAACGAAGUUAUAAACCACUCACCAUUCACAAAUAUUGUGGUGGUAUCCAAAAAGAAAAUUACAGUCAUACCUCUUGUUACGUUUGCUUCAGGUUAAAUCUUUUCAAGUUGCGUCCCGCGGCAACCCAGAAGUACCGGAAAGGGUUACUUCUGGGUUUCGCCACUCGUGCAUGCACAGACGCUCUAAAUGACAUCAUACGCAUGCGCAGAAGUGGCGAAUCGCGACCCACAGACACGGGUUGCAUUCUGCUCAUGUUGCUUACGGGGCUCCAGAACGGAUCCUGUUCUCAACCAGAGAUACCACUGUACAAAGUUAAAACAAUAAAAAUACAUUCAAUCCAUCUAAUAUACAGUGCCACAGCUUAAUGUUUACAGCAGACAUAGUCAAUGUGGAGCCUUGAGUUUGCUUGUGGACAGUUAACUCCCAGCAUCCCUGACCAUUAGUCAUGAUGGCUGGAGGCUAAUGAAGAUGGAGUCCAAUAACAUCUAGAAGGUCCCAUGUUGCUACUUCUGGUGUAUUGGGACACGGGUGGUGCCAUGGUCUAAACCACUGAGCCUGCUCGGCUUGCUGAUCAGAAGGUCAGCAAUUCAAACCCGCACAACAGGGUGAGCUCCCGUUGCUCUGUCCCAGCUCCUGCCAACCUAGCAGUUCGAAAUCAUGCCAGUGCAAGUAGAUAAAUAGGUAAGCUGCAGCGGGAAGGUAAGCAGCUUUCUGAGUGCCCUGGUUUCUGUCACGGUGUUCCAUCAUGCCAGAAGCCGUUUAGUCAUGCUGGCCACAUGACCCAGAAAGCUAGCUGUGGACAAACGCCGACUCCCUUGGCCUGAAAGACAGUCGCCUUCGACUGGACUUAACUGUCCAGGGGUCCUUUACCUUUUACUCCUGGUAUGCAGGAGUGACCAGAUCCCCUUGCUAUUGUCUUUUAGAUGUCUAGUCAACAUACAUUUGUGUUUUUUUUUUAAUGUUUGGAUUGAUCUAAUAAUUUUGUUGCUGGUUUUGUGUUUGAUUUUGAUUGUGUAUUUAGUAUUUAAGUCUGGGUUAAGUUUUGCAACUUUAUAGAGUUGAAAGCUUUGUAGGCGGCAGUCGGAUUUAGGUAGGGUAAUACUAUGUGAAGGACUAACUAAACCUGCACACCCAUCUGAGGCCCCCCUUCCCUAAAGAGGUCCAGUUAGCUUUCUCCAUUUUUGGGGAGAGUGGAAAGACUCUCUUUUAUGAUUUCCAUGCAUCUAAUCUUCCCUAUGUUCCCUAUGUUUAUAAUCUCCUACUGUACUUUUGUCUUAUUUUAUUUUGACCUCUAUCAUUCUCUCUCCCCUUGCUGCCAUUGUCAUCAACGUUAUGCUCCUGAUUUUGGUUGUAUUGGUGUUACUGUUAUUUUAUUUCUGUGUUUUAAUUUAGAAGCCACUUUGGGUGUCCCUUUAAGCCUGAAAGGUGGGGUAGAAAUUUCUAAAUAAACCUGAUGUUUUAUGCUGGGCAAUCCCUUCACUGUGGUUUGUGUUUUUUAGCUAUCCUUACCCACUGGCCUGCCUUCAUCCUCUCCCAUUUUGAUGAUUUUGAAUUGUUAGCAUAUAGUAAGGAUUAAUUAGUUAGGCUGCAAAUUUCACCCCAUUGACCUGGGGGUAAACACCCCAUUGUAUUCAGUAGAACUUACCUCUGAGUAAACAUGGUUAGGAUAAGCAAGUUAACUUGGCACUCAUAAUACUGUUUAAGGUUGGACUUUAUCUAUCCUACUUUUGAAUAUAUUAUAUUCUUUGGAUAUAUCUGGGAACAUAAGCUCAGUUGUUCCGGGGGAUGGGGAACAAAGGGGCAUAGAUCUAAAACAUCAUAAUGCAUAAUAAAAUCAUGCUGUCUGAUUAUUAACUUACAAAGUGCACUUAUUUAUCUAGGUGAAAUUUGGCUUCAAAGAAUGGAUCCUAGGAAGGGUUGAGUAUACCCAAGUGAGUGACAUACCACUAGGCUUGAUCUUGCCAUUGGUAUUAAUUCCCAUGGUGGCUAUUAUCAUCAUCUCAAUCUUCUGCUACAGGUAAGAUGUGGUUAUCGGUCAUCAGAUAAUAUUGAAAUGCCAGAGGCAAAAGCUGAUGGUGAAGGGAAAUGGGUCUGCAGAGAAAUAUGAAGAAAAUUAUUUGUGAUGAUUCCCAGUGUUCACACAUGCGGUUCUGUGUGAAAUAGAAUAUCACAUUGCUUCAGGGCUUUUUUUCCAACCCUCACUGAUGCUAAUCAUCCUAUGUCUUGGAUCUGUACAUAUGUGCAAUCAAAGAUAUAUUCUAAGCAGGAUGUGGGGAAGAUAGAUGUGGUUAGCAUUUCUUUCUGCCGGUUUUUGAAGGUUUCUAAAUUUUAAGAUGAUUGGUUUACUGUGCAUUUUCUGUACAUGUCAUGAUAGGGGGUGGGUAUGUAUUGUAUAUCUUUAGUCAAAGCAAAGGCAGAUGAAUCUUUCUAACAUGGUAUUGAAAACAACAAAAGGUCAUUAUAUCUGUCUUCAGAGAACAACUUCAUGGAAGAAAAUGGGUGACUUUUGAAUGCAAAAUACAGGUGUAUUUUUGUAGGAAAGGAUUAGGAUGUUUAGGUUCCUACCACCUGUAUUCAGGAAUCUUUCCUGGGGGGGGCGGGGAUCUAUGCUGAACUCUGAGAUCUUUAUAAUGUAUAUUUUUGCAAGGAGAGGUGUUGUUUUAUAUCUGAGUUAUCUUAUGAAAGACCAGAAAAAUGAGCGGAGGUUAUCAAAUCUGUUUCGAUUGCAGAAACCCAGAAUAUAAGUCACACGACUGAAAACUCCACAGGUUCUGUUUCUGUGCAGUGUCUGAACACAUUUGCACCCUACAGGAUACUGCAAGUGUUUCUUGUUCACAACUAGUCCCCCAUGCUCAAAAUUGUGUGUUUCCCUUCUGAAUGAAUACGUGUUAGAAAAACAUAUUCAGGAGGGAAAAACUGUGUAGAGGGUAAUCUGAGUGCUUGUUACAGCAAUGAGAUUUAAAUUGAAACUUGCACAUGACUAAUGUUGAAAGGCUGCAACUAACCUGAGCAUUAAGAACGCUAUUGAUAAAGCACGCAGCCAUUAGUCCAGGUUCAUAAACAACUGUGGAACAGGCCAGCAGCAAUUAUUACUCAACUUCAUUCAACAGUUAAUAGUUUUCUUUUGAAUAAAAUCCAUUCUUUGAGGUAAAUUUUUAAACAAUCCUGGCUGCAGUAAAAUCAAUAGAGCCUUGUUAAUUUUGUGCCAGCUUAAAUUUCAGCCUAUUGUUUUCUUUUCUUCUCCCCCACCCCUCUGCCUUCGCAGUUUUAAAAGAUCAGGAGGAAAAAGACUGCGCUUCGGAAGAUCCCUCUGGCCUUUGGCAUGGCUGUGUUGUAAAAUGAUUUAUUUUUACAGCCUGUAACUUUUCUGUACUCUCUGUUUCUAUUCCUUAUAGACGGCAAAGCGAACAAGCAGAACGAGAAUACGAAAAAAUUAAAUCACAACUUGAAGGCUUGGAGGAAAGCGUCAGAGACCGGUGCAAAAAGGAAUUUACAGGUAUGACUUAUACCUAAUUUCUUGUGGGGCCUCCGGAGAAAUCACAAGAUGUGUCGAAAUGCUGCCACUGUCUGCCUUAAACUGCCUUCUGAGGAUAUGCAGGAGGCGCAACCGUUCUAGAUUACAGCGUGUUGACAUGCGCAUUGCAUAGUCAUGUGGCAAUUAAAUGCAAAGGCCGUCAAAAAGAGAAUACAAAAAAGGAACCGACGGGGUUUGUUUUUUAAUGUAAAAGGAAAAGAAGUACCUGGAACUAAAUUGGCAACGGGGAGAAAUAGUCAGGCCUCUCUCGCCCUGAAGUUGUUCCUACUAUAACGCAGUUUGCAGCAGCAGUUUGAAGUGGGGUGGCAGGUGAAGGAGCAAUAUGCUGAAAUGGGGUACAAAUGGCCACAACAUUUUAUUGGCUGCUGGUCACAGCGUUUGCCUAGGCAUUAGACAAGGUUCCAGUCCUCAGGCAAUCUAUAACUACUGAACUGGCACAACCACGCUAACACACUAGAAAAACAUUGUUGGGAGUAGUAGGAAUCUUGGGCUCGCCACUUUACAAACUGAUACCAUGGUCCUGUCCUGUAAUUUGGGGGUGCGGCAGAUGUGCCAGCUGUCAAACUGGGAUGGGGCCCUGAAUUGUCACCCUUAUCCCAGUGGGGAGCAAGGGAGUCCAUCUCUGUUUACUCCUGCGGGAGGCCUCCAAUUGCCCUGAGCGAGAAGUUGUGCCAGAAAUAUGGACCAAUGUAGUUAAGCCAUAGACUUAACAAGAUUGUUGCGAGGAAGGCAGAAAUCCUGAAUUGCUCAGAUAAGGCACACAGAUAUGAGUAAAAUGCCUUUCCAACCCCAUCAACUGGUAGCUAACAACAGCCUAGCUUUUCUACUUUGUUUUUUCCUCCUCCCACCCCUCCUUUGUAUAACAACUUACCAGAUGUCAAACUUUUGAGACAUUUUGGUUAGUCCCAGUAGAGGUAUUACCCAACUCUGGAUUUUGGAGGGUUUUCCCCCACCCUUAUGGACCAGUACAGCUAACUCUGCUUUUGCAUCUUCUGCCAGCUCCUGUCUAGUUUUUGGCCUGCUCCUUGCACUAAAAAUUGAUCCUGUUUCUUCAGUUCUGUCCAUUUCCUUCAGUUCUGACUGUUUCACCAGACUGAGUUUGACUUGUAGCUUGGCGAGGACUUGCCAAAAAGGACCAGUGCUCACUGGUUAUGUGACAGCCUGCUCUCUGACAAUAGGGAAUGUUUACAAAACAAAGAAAACAGGAGUAAAUGAAAAAUAUUGCUGAGACAACAAGUUGAUUGACUCUGAGUACUGAUCAGUCAAGAAACCAGAAGCCCUCUGUUCUGUGCCUUUGUAAGGUGACAAAGCGAUUCAUCCUCUCCUGUGUCAAAACUUAAAGGCUCUUUGAUCAACCAGAUGUGUUGUCAGUGAUAACGGAUGAACUAUUUAACCUCCUUCCUUCCUGCCAAUAGCCUAGUUGUACUUGCAUAUUGAUCUUUGCUCCUUCAUGUACUGUUCUAUCUGCCAUUUAUAUUUUAAAAUGAUAAAAAGAGAAACUUCAGACUUAACUGGCAUAGCAGCUAUGUCCCAACCCCAAAUAAACGGACUAGCCUCUGAUCUGUUCUCUCGGUUGCUUUAUUAGGGACGGAUUUUUAAAUGAAUUUCAAGCCUUAGAAUCUGACUGUUUUUCGCAUUUGCUUCCCUUAACUAACAUUUGUUAGAGAUGCAAUUUGGCUCAAAUGCUACAGUUCUUAAAAGAGAGAACCUUGGUUUAAAAAAUCAUAGCAGCUGCACAAAAAUCCACUGUUCAUUAUUAGACCUUCAUAUUGAAAGAAAAAUGAGAGCUUUUCAUUGCCCUCUCAUUUCUGAGCAUUAUGCAUUCCUGCCAUAUCUUCAUAUGAACACUUUAGGGUGAAACCAUCUUUUGUAAUCUUACCAAACCCGUUAACAUUGCUGUUCAUGCUAAGACACCUUUAGUCUUCUCUUUUUAACUUCUGCUCAGUCUUGGACACUAAAAAUCCCAUGAAGCAGUUUACCUCGGUGUGCACGAUAUUCCUGUGUGUGCACAGUAACAAAUUCAUUGAAUGCUGACCCACGAAUUCCUGAUAAUAUAUGUUUUAUGGUUAUAAAUUGUCAGUGUUCUGUUUCUUUACAUAUCCUUGUACUUGAUUCGCCGAUAUUCAUGUACCACGUAGUAACGUAAAGGUAAAGGUACCCCUGCCCGUAUGGGCCAGUCAUGUCCGACUCUAGGGUUGUGCGCUCAUCUCAUUUAAGAGGCCGGGAGCCAGCGCUGUCCGAAGACACUUCCGGGUCACGUGGCCAGCGUGACGAAGCUGCUCUGGUGAGCCAGCACCAGCACAGCACACGGAAACACCGUUUACCUUCCCGCUAUAAAGCGGUACCUAUUUAUCUACUUGCACUUAGGGGUGCUUUCAAACUGCUAGGUGGGCAGGAGCUGGGACCGAAAGACGGGAGCUCACCCCGCCGUGGGGAUUCGAACCGCCGACCUUCUGAUCGGCAAGUCCUAGGCACUGAGGUUUUACCCACAGCGCCACCCGCGUCCCACCACGUACUAACGUAGUUUGCAAUAAAAAUGAAAUUGUAACAGCCCUGUAAUGAAUUUUCAGCCUGCUAGAAAUUCCACAGUUUAAAAUGAUGCAGUAGUUAAAAACAACACAGAACAGCAGGAAUAGCUUUGUGAAAGUGCAGUAUUUCUAUAUCCAGUGAGGGGACCGGAUGCAUCCUUGUAUCAAGGUCAUUCCAUACUAUGUUUGACACUAUGAAGAAAGGUUGGUCCUGUGCCCUUACUGCCAUCAACUCUGUAAAGUUGGGGGCCACAUUUCCUUCUGGACAACCUUCUGAGAGCACAUGGCAGUGAUGGAUGGGGCCAAAGGCAAAAUGGGUAGAGCAACAAACGUAAAUGUUAUCUUUGUACAGUGGGCUAGAGUCUACACAUUCUCACAAACUCCUCUGCCCUCCACUCUGACACACGAGAGGCAUCAUCCGAGUGCAAGGACACAUCCGAGUGCCAGGACACCAAUGAGAGGUGAGGCCUCAGAAAAUGUCCAAGAGACUUGAAGGGCCACAUUGGGCCCCCAGGCCUGAGGUAUCCUGCAUAGAAUAGGAUGCAGCACAUGGCUUUUGUCCAUAGUUCUAAGGACAUAAGCUCCUUAAGAUACACAGGGCCAAGACCAACACAGAUAGAAACAUAAUUAAACAUCAGGCAUUAAAAACUUCCUGAUACAGAACUGCCUUCAUUUGUCUUCUGAAAGUUGUGUGGUUCUUUAUCUCCUUGACAUCUGAUGGGAGGACACCACUGCCAAGAAGGCCUGGACAUUGGGCCAGUGAGGUCUAAUGGAUAUAGAGUUUAACAUAGAAGUGAGACCUUGGUUCAAGGGCCUUACAACAUGGCAGUCUCUUCAUCUCAGUAGGUUUUGUAUGGGAGGCUACAACAAUCCAUAUAAUACUUUGAAAUGUACAUAGGAUAAGUACAAUACAGCGUUCUUAUGCUGUCCAAUUAACAAGACCAUUGACUGCAGAUAGUUUAUAGCUCGAACUAGAAUGCAAAAUGCAUUUACUCUCCAGUAAAUAAAGUAAUUUUCUCACAACUGUGUUCUAAAUUGAAACUCCUGUCAAGAUUAUUUCUUCAUGCAACUAAUUCUGUUAAGCGAGCUUCCACUGGGAAAACAAGUUUUACUGUAAGGUGCAAAUCUUGCUAAAUGAGACCGAAAUAGAAAUGGAACUAAAGUUGAAAGGGUGCUUCAGUUAAAAAAUCAGGAUAUUGAUGUUUCCCCCUUCAAAGUAGCAAAGGCUGAAUCAAUAGUUUAUUUUCCACUGAAAUCUUUAAAAUGUUGCCUCUUGUAGAUUUGAUGAUAGAAAUGGAAGAUCAGACAAAUGAUGUUAACGAAGCAGGAAUUCCUGUGCUGGACUACAAAACAUAUACGGACAGAGUCUUCUUCCUGCCAUCCAAAGACGGAGAAAAAGAUGUCAUGAUCACUGGGAGGCUGGAUAUUCCUGAAGCUCGACGGCAAACCGUAGAACAGGCACUGAAUCAAUUCUCCAAUCUGCUGAAUAGUAAAUCAUUUCUCAUUAAUGUAAGUAAAAAGUGAAAGGUCCCUUUUGUCUCCUUGAAACACAUUUUUGCCUGAUAUAUAUUUACAACAACAAAAUUAGUCUGCAUAUUUUUGUCAUGUAUAUUUUGCAAAAGGCUGUGUGAACAAUGUAAGUAAUAUCUCAAGUAGUUUGACACUGCUCCUGUCAUUCCCUGUAUGAUAUUGAGCUGAAAUAUUAUUAGCUCCUUCCAUGAACUAUUCAUAUCCAAUUUGAUCACUGCACUAGCCAUUUGGUGUGACAGUAAAUAAAAGCAGUGUUUUAAAAUGCCUAGAUCUAAAAGUUAUUUAAAAGAAAAUUUCAAUCUGAGAAAGAGUAAAAGGUUGUAUAUCUUAUAUAGAUCAUUUGUAUCCUCUUUGAGACUUAACUGAGAUAUGCUUUAGAAAUCCCCGUUUCUCCCUUUUCCCUUUAACAAAGGUGUCCCAAACAUAUGCACCAAAUGGCAGUGUGAUAGCUUAUUGUUCAAUGAAGUUUAUUGUAUUGCAAAUGACAAACACAGUGCUGAAUGGCGUAGUUAAACAAAGGCAUCACUUCAUUUGGCAAAAAAUAAAAUGCCAAGCUCUAGUUAGUACUGUUGCGGUAUAUUUUGCCCAAAGCCCUAUUCCUACAUUUACUCACAUGUAAGUUACUUACUGAGACACGGGUGGCGCUGCGGUCUAAACCACAGAGCCUAGGACUUGCCGAUCAGAAGGUCAGCAGUUCGAAUCCCCGCGACAGGGUGAGCUCCCGUUGUUCGGUCCCUGCUCCUGCCAACCUAGCAGUUCAAAAGCACGUCAAGUGCAAGUAGAUAAAUAGGUACUGCUCCGGUGGGAAGGUAAACGGCGUUUCCAUGCGCUGCUCUGGUUUGCCAGACGCAGCUUAGUCAUGCUGGCCACAUGACCCGGAAACUGUCUGCGAACAAACGCCAGCUCCCUCGGCCUAUAGAGCAAGAUGAGCACGUAACCCCAGAGUCGUCUGCGGCUGGACCUAACUGUCAAGGGUCCCUUUACCUUUACCUUUUAUGUUACUUACUUGUAGCAACAGGAUCAGAGCCACACUUCUGACCCUAAUUCUUUGCAUCCCAUUACCGUGCCGCCUCAAAUCUUCAUUGGUUAAAUCUGAGAGGGGAAACUUCACACAAGUGGAAAACCCGAUAUGGUGGAUUUCCUGCUCAGUGGAAGCCCCUCUAUGGAAGCAGCUGUUCAUGCAAAGUGUUCCCUUUUCACACAUCCAUGUAUACCCUACAAUACCCUGCAUACCUGAUGUUUUUCUGUUUUGUUUGUUUAGUUCAUUCACACAUUAGAAAACCAAAGAGAAUUCUCUGCUCGUGCAAAAGUGUAUUUUGCAUCUCUCUUGACUGUGGCUUUGCACGGGAAGCUGGAAUACUAUACGGACAUCAUGAGGACAUUGUUUUUGGAGCUAAUGGAGCAGUACGUUGUGGCCAAAAAUCCCAAACUGAUGCUCAGAAGGUAGGGAAGGUUUCUUCAGUUGCCCAGUUUCCAUUGAAGUAAAUGAAAUAAAACUCCCAUCAUUUUUAACAGAGCACAACUUAUUGUGUCUGUUGCUUCCCUUCUCAAAUACAUCUAUUACUAUUUGUGCACUGGGAUUCUAAGAACUUUAGUACAUAUUUGAGAGUGUAAGAGUAGGGCUGGGAAGGUCUGGGUUCAAAUCUCUACUCAGCUAUGAAGCUCAUUGGGUGACCUUGGGGCCAAUCAUUACAUGUCUUUGCCUAUUCUACCUUACUGUGCAGUUCUGAGAAUAUAAUGGGAAGAGAAGAACCAUGCACAUUUUAUCCUGCCUUGUAGUAACAGAGGAUAUAAAACAUCCUUUCAGUGCGGAAUGUGAUGCAUGUUCUCCUGUCAUAUGAUAGACAACCAGAGUUGUGAGCCUGUUUCCAGCAGGAAAAGCAUCCUCCUCCAGACGUUUCUCUCAGAUAGCUACAUUACAAUGAAGACCCCUGCGAUUCUUCUGUGGCAUAUUUGUUAUAGCAAUUAAUUUAGUACUGAUUGAACGAUAUUCGUAGGGUACUUCCCUAUCGCUAAGGGUAUCAAAAUACUUCUUCUUCGGCGAUCACUCCUAGCCGAGUAAGAUUGUCUUCCAAAAACAUGAUUUUAACGAUGAGUCCGUAGGUGACUGUGGAGGCCCAUUCUGGACCCACACGUCCCUCCACAGUGGGGACAUUGGUUCCCGGGCAGGAGUUGAUCACGGUGUGGAUUUGCCAAGCGUGCCUUCUUCUUAGCUCAUUUCUCCCUUUCAUCCUGAGUUCAGAUGUCUUCAAAGCCCAUGACACCUUUGGUAAAGGCUGUUCUCCAACUGGAGCCUCACAGGCCAGUGUUUCCCAAUUGUCGGUGUCUAUACUAUAUUUUUUUAGAUUUGCCUUGAGACAAUCUUUAAACCUCUUUUGUUGACCACCAGCAUUACGCUUUCCAUUUUUAAGUUAGGAAUAGAGUAGUUGCUUUGGAAGACGAUAAGGCAUCCGCACAACACCCAUCUAUUUUCAACCUUAUGUUAGAAAGUAGAACUUCACAUUGAGGACUGCAUGUCUUAAUAUACAGAUUUUGCAAUGUGCCAGGAAGACACCAACAAAUUAACACUUAAAUGGCUAAGGGGGAAAGAAUACAAUAUUCUAAGUACGAUACCAUGUUUGCUCACAAAGUCAGUGGGAAUGUGCAUUACAAAACAUGCCUAUAAUGAAUCUACAUGAGAUUGUAUGUACUGGUUAAGGAAUAUAGGACAGAUUCUGGAUUUUAGCUCUUGACAAAUGCAUGAAUUCAGGCUGCACUAGCCAUGUCGUUCAACAGUUAUUUGUUCAUUUGUUUCAGAUCAGAAACUGUGGUGGAGAGGAUGCUUUCUAAUUGGAUGUCAAUAUGUUUAUAUCAGUACCUCAAGGUAAAGUCUGAAAUGCAUGCACACUUUACACUUGCUGUGUUUUUGCAUAAUAACCAAACCACAGUUUGGUGUUACAAAUAAGCCUCAGACUCAUGUACUUCCAUUUCCCUCAUGGUGGAACUCAUCCUGGAAGGAUGAGUUCCAGUAAACCGUAGUUUGGUCUGCAACCCUUGUUUUCAGGCAUCAUCAUCAUCAUCAAAUCUUUAUUGUGGCAAGUAGGGUGGGGUACAAUCAUUUAGAACAGGCAUAGGCAAACUCGGCCCUCCAGAUGUUUUGGGACUAUAACUCCCAUCAUCCCUAGCUAACAGGACCAGUGGUCAGGGAUGAUGGGAAUUGUAGUCUCAAAACAUCUGGAGGGCCGAGUUUGCCUAUGCCCGAUUUAGAAUCUGUAAAACAUUUUGGAAAUCUGAAAAGUAUUAAAACAUAAGGUAUAUCUAAAGGACUAUAAGAAUCUAAAAGAAGGGUUAGGAGCAGUAAACAGAUGUGGGAGAGCAGAAAAGGUUAGUAUAUAAAAGAAUAUAACUAUCAAUUUAGAGAGCACUCUGAUGUGAGUGUUCAUUAAAUCUAGUUUGUGGCACAGGUCAUCAGUUGUUUUCAGGCAAGUGCAAACCAUAGCUUACUUAUUUAGAUAAAACUGAAAACUUCCAGGUGAGCAUAUGUGAACUUCAAGUUGGGAAGUGGCAGGCUACCAAACCCUGCUCACAACAUCCCACUACAUUACAGGUCCGCUUCCAGCCUUCCUGCAGUAUAAAGAUCUAAAGGACAAACCAGAGUGCGUUUAGGGGAACAGGCUUGGAAGCCUCCCUAUGAUCCAAAACCCAGAUACAGUGGUACCUCUGGUUAAGUACUUAAUUCAUUCCGGAGGUCUGUACUUAACCUGAAACUGUUAUUAACCUGUAGCACCACUUUAGCUAAUGGGGCCUCCUCCUGCUGCUGCACCGCCGGAGCACGAUUUCUGUUCUCAUUCUGAAGCAAAGUUCUUAACCUGAAGCACUAUUUCUGGGUUAGUGAAGUGUGUAACCUGAAGCGUAUGUAACCUGAAGCAUAUGUAACCCGAAGUACCACUGUAAUGCAAAGUUCCCAAUUGUGAAGAGGCUUCUGAGUGCAUUCAGAUUAAUGUGCCUUCAGACCAUCGUACUCAACCCGUGAAGGUCAGAAGCAGCCAGGGCAUGCAUAAAUGUAAGUUGAGUUACAUGCCUGAUCUGCCAGCUUCUCGCUUUCAGCCCACAUGCCUCCAACUGCAUGAAUAAGGCUUAUGGUUUGCAGCAAAAUGGGAUCAGAAGUUGCUAAUCCCCAUCUGCAAGAGGAAGGACAGAAGGUUUGUUCUCAUAAUGUCAGGUUAGGGUUCUGUGUUUGCUCAAACACUGCCACUGUUUAUCUGUCAAAACAUAGCUAAUAUUGACAUUGUCUUCCCUCACCAAUUUUUACAGGACAACGCAGGAGAACCUCUUUAUAAGUUAUUCAAGGCUAUCAAACAUCAAGUGGAAAAAGGCCCUGUGGAUGCUGUGCAAAUGAAGGCCAAAUACACACUGAAUGACACCGGUUUGCUGGGAGACGAUGUAGAGUAUUCACAACUGGUGCGUAACUUUUAUAGACCUUUCUUUCAGGAAAUUGGUAAAAUGGAAUCCUUCUGAAAUGCAUCAUUCCCUAUUACCCAGCUGGUGUGGGUUGUGGGGGGGUUGCUUUUGUUUUGUUUUUGUAAAACAUAGAUAAUGGAGAAGUGCCAUAGGGCCAAAAAAUAACGAUAAAGUAAUUAAUUUUGUUGCCCUGACUUGAACACAAUAAUUUGACAUGAAGCCUUUGGUAUUUUAGUGGAUUAACCCAAAGAAGAAAAGGUAAUGGCAUUUUCAAAUGUGAAGUCUCUCUUCCAAAAGAAUAAACACAAAUUAACAACUCAGAUGACAUAGACAGUUUUUUAGAAAGGGGACUAGAUAAAUGAAACAUAGUAGGUUCCUCAAUAGCUGUUAGCCGUAAUGGCCUGAUUGAAUUGAAUCUCCAUGUUCAGAUACAGUAUGGCACUGGGUGGAACAAAAGGGUUGAUGCCUUCAUUUCGGAGCUGUGAAAUUCUGGGGAGUACCGAUCACAGACAGACCCAUUGAUCUGGUCCAGGAGAGUUGUGUUUAAGCUGCUCCUUAAUCUGCUGUGAAUUUUAUAAUGUCCUAGCUUUGCGGUCUCUCUUUGCCCAUUAUAAAUUGCAUUCCCGCCCAGACUCUUCUAACCCACAUUCCAUCAGUAGCCAGCAUGUUCUGCUCAAGUCCUUUGCUGUCCAUCGAGCAGAAGGCUCACUUAGCCAGAUGGCACAGCGGGAGUUGUGCUGUUCAUACUGGCAUGGUUAGGUUUUCACGUGACCCGCCAUUUGGGAGGAAUCUGAGAGCCAAGGGACGUGGUGGCACUGUGGGUUAAACCACAGAGCCUAGGGCUUGCCGAUCAGAAGGUCGGCGGUUCAAAUCCCCGCGACGGGGUGAGCUCCCGUUGCUCGGUCCCUGCUCCUGCCAACCUAGCAGUUCGAAAGCACGUCAAAGUGCAAGUAGAUAAAUAGGUACUGCUCCGGCGGGAAGGUAAACGGUGUUUUUGUGCACUGCUCUGGUUUGCCAGAAGCGGCUUAGUCAUGCUGGCCACAUGACCCGGAAGCUGUACACCGGCUCCCUCAGCCACUAAAGCAAGAUGAGCGCCGCAACCCCAGAGUCGGUCACGACUGGACCUAAUGGUCAGGGGUCCCUUACCUGAGAGCCAAGUAUCUCUGCAUCAAAUAUGCAGGUUUGUUUGUUUGUUUUGUUUGUUUGUUUAAAAAUCCCUCUUGAGAAGUUGGUUUUGGGGAGAAAUCCCCCAUUGGCUGCAAUGGGGAAUUUCCUCUGGAUUCAGAGGAGGGAUUAAAAUUCCUUAGGCCUGAAGCAGGGGAGGAAGGCAUUAAAUUUCCCUCCACCAUGCCUGAUUUAGCUGAGAUCCCUGCACUGCAGGGGGUUGGAUUGGAUGACCCUUGGGGUCCCAGUUCUGUGAUUCUGUACAAAGGCACAUACUACAUCGCAUCUCGUUCAGCUCCGACUUGCUUAUGAAAGAUUUAAAAACGUAGUGUAUACGAACGGACCAUGGGACUGGACUUUGCAGAAGUGUGCUGUCAUAUUCUUCAUCUAGAAGAACCACACUGCUGGGGAAAUUCUCCCAAGUUUAUUGGCAUUACUAGAAACGAUUUCAUUUUGUUUGACAGCGACUUGUGCAAUGGCACAACUGUGGCAUCAGAAGAAACUUAAUAAAAAACACUUACAAAGUGCUGUUUGAAAGCACAUUUAAUAUAUUUUUCAGGAAAGAGAAAAUUGGGGGAGUAUGGGAAGAGCAAGGAGUUUGUAAGACUUUUAGACAUAGUAUAUAACUUUUCAAAUACUGACAGUUCAAAUCAAGGGGGAAAAGGAGGCAUAUAUUUUAAUAAAAGAAAAAUAAAACAGCAUGGGAAAACAGCCAGCACUGCUGUUUUGAGUGAACAGAAGAGUGCAAGCAAAACUCACCCCAUCCCUCUGUCUCUUUAUGCUGUUAUAAAUAUAUGGCAUGUGUUAAUAUAUAUACGGAGUCCUAAACAUCUUGGGUCCAGAAUGCCUUAAGGACUCCCCUGAGCCCUUAUAUCCCAGCUUGAUUGCUGAGAACAUCCAGAAAGAACUCGUGUUAGCUGUCCACCAUGUUUCAGAAGCCCAGCCAACCUCAACUAGAAGUUGGGCGUUCAGUGUCACCAUCCUGUGCCAUGGAAUACUUUUCUAACCAAGAUUUAGUAGGAAAACCCACAAAUGAUUUCCAGGCGUCACUUGAUUAGACAUGUUAAUGAUUAUUUGGAUUAUUUGGGAUUUUUAAACAGUAUUUUAUUGAAUAUAUUGUAUACCUCCUUGAUAUUUUUCAUGAAUUGGUAGUAUAUAAAUACUUCUAUAAAUGAAUAAAAAUAAAGAGUCUGGGUUUUUUUUUUUGUUUUACUAUUUGAUUGGUUACUAAUAUUCGUGGGUUGGCCCAAAUACUGUCUAACUCCAAAAGUUCACUUAGGGACCCAUCAAGACCCUCUUGGAGUCGGUCUCUUUCUCUUUCUCUUUUAUUUCCCUCAAUCUUUUCUUCUACCACCCCAGUUCUGUUCUGCUGGUGCUGAAUAAGCAUUCAGCAUUGUGUCUAUGGGUGGAAGACAGAAAAUAAAUAUAUUGCCACAUAUAUUUUCUUGGUUAUUAGAAUUGUGUGCUUUCCCAGUCCUUUCGGUCUGAAAAGCAGAGGACCCUAAUAGCAGGAAAAGUAAUUGCUAGCAAAGUUAAUUACCAACAUUAAUCUGCCAUACCAUUUAAUCAGGUAUGUAUAAAUGCUCCCUUUCUUGCCAAUAUGAUAAGUGGCAGUCUUGUGGACCCAAGGUCAGUAUUUGGGGACAUUUCCCUAGGCUAGUUCAGUGCAGCCAGAACCCUUAAAUACUGUAUAGGGAUAGGGAAAUAUAGGAAAUACAGCUUGGUUAAUCCAAAGCUGUAAUUUGGAAUGAAACUCAUACUGAUACAUAUGCGAGCAGAAAAGGGUUGAUCAAGAUAGUUUUCUUGCCUGCCCCUCACUAUGAGGUAUCAGGGCAGGUUAUAACACAUAAAAACAAAAUACAAUUAUAGCUGCAGUAAGAUUUUAAAAAAUUAUAAUCAUAAUCAAUAUAAAUCAAUAUAAAAAUUAUAAUCAUAAUCAAUAUAUGACUCUGUAGACUAAAUGUGCCACCUGUAAUUACAGGCUUAAAUACCUAUUAUUUAAAAUUGAUAGAUGCUACAUGCUUGAAGAUUCUGUAGUCCUAUAAGAACAGGAAUGUCUCUGGAACCAGAAAAAAAAUAUAUUUCCAACAACUUCACUAUCCUGACAAGCACUUUCUCUUUUGUUUUGAAAGUGCAAUAAAUUUUAAAAAUGUGAAUUUCUUCUAUUUAAGCAGCCACGGAUGGUAGAUAGUUCUAAUAACUUGUAUCUGUUUGAAACCUGCUUUUAAGAAGUCCCCAAGAUCCAGUACCAGUGGUAUAGAAAUACACUGUAUUUAAGAACAUCCACUGAAGGCUCUUUUCUGUAUACUCAGAAUAGGGAAAAUGGUGUGGAGACUGAAAUGGCUCAUUGACUAUUUUUUUUUCUCACCUUGUCUUUUUUUUUAUGGAGAUGAGGGCAUACAAGGUUUUGUACAGGUGUCUAAAUUUUUGAUCUUUUGGAAUUAAUAAGUACAAGCAUUGAUUUUUCCCCCCCUUGUCUAAUUUGUAUAACCAUGUUAUUUCCUACCCUUCAGACUGUGAAUGUGAUUGUACAAGAUGAAGGCACAGAAUCCGUACCUGUAAAAGUGCUCAACUGUGAUACUAUUUCUCAAGUGAAAGAAAAGAUCAUUGACCAAGUCUAUCGAAAUCUGCCUCAUUCGCACUGGCCAAAGCCUGAUAAUGUCGUUCUUGGUAUGUUUAGGUUCUGCUUCUUUUAUUAAUGCCAUUUAAUAAAUGCAUUGGUGUCAAAAGGGGAUACUAACAGGAAGGACCUAGAUUUAGCAAGCUCUUGUACUCUUGUUCUUUUAUAUUUGUAUUAAUAAAUCAUUUUAAAUAUUGACCUAAAUGGAAAACCUUUGGUUUAGAAUAUUUUGGACCUAUUCACAAAGAAGUUACGUAAUAGUCUAUAAUUCGGCUUAGUUGUCAACGGAACAAAGACCUGUUAACAGGUUUGUUUCUUUGUUUCAUACAAAUUAUAUACUGCUUGUUUGUAAAACAACAACAACAACAAUACUUCAGAGCAGUUAAGUGAUCAAAAGUAAGCUUACUCAUCAUGACUAACAAACAGAAAUGCCUUAAAGGAACUUAGUCUCAGUAAUUCUGUACAUGUAUUCUGAAAAGCUGGACCCAUAAAUAAGCUGUUCACUUUGCUACUUGUGUUAUGAGUCACUGUUCAAGAUUUUGACUAUUUUUACAGCACUGUUUUUUGGGAGAUGUGUUUUGGGGUAAAUCACUGCAUGCAAACUAGUUUCGCAUUUUUCAUAUUUUGUUCAGGAGAUGAAGACGAUUUGUUUUUCUUUUAAAGCAGGGCUAAUUUGGGGGUAGGGUAGAGAGCAGAUAUUGGGAACCUUUGCAAUGCUUCAGCAGUUUACUAAAUGGAAAACUCAUUUCGGAUCUGAAUUAUGUUUAGUUGCACACCGAUACAAUAUACAAUGUGUUGUUGUUUUCUCGUAAUUGCUCCUCAGAGUGGCGUCCGGGCUCUACUGCACAGAUACUCUCCGACUUGGAUUUAACGUCCCAAAGAGACGGCAGGUGGAAACGCAUCAAUACCCUGAUGCACUAUAAUGUAAGGAAGUUGUUUGUAUCUGUUGAUUGCUUUUUGGUAACACACAGCUUUUCUUUUUUUAAAAAACUGGCUGAGACAACGUGUACUCCUUCUCCUAUCAAAUCUAUGAGUAGAUCUUUUCUGUUGCCUUUGCAAAGGCCAGACUAUAAAUCCUAAAAGGUUCCAAAAAUACGUUGGCAUUUGCUGCAACUGGGCGAUUAUGGAGUGCCUCAUCAGUUAGGAGGACAAGAUACAGCCUCUUUUGAAACCGAGGCAUAUUCUUUGCUCAGGAUAAAAGUUAGCUUUGUAUAUUGCCAGUACUCAAGACUGACUGUCAAUUAUGCCCAAGGCAAGAUGCGCUUCCCGUAACACUUUCAUACUUCACAAAUGCAAUGCAUCUUCUCUGCUCUUUAGUGAGUUUCAGUUUCCCGUAGUUCAGAGAAUCUGAAAGACUGAAUUUUGAGUUGCGCGAUGGAUUUUUCUUCUUAUUUAAAAAAAUAGUCACUAGAUUAUAACUCUUGAUUCUCUGACACAGCAUCUUUCCCAGCUCACUUCAAAACUAGACACAGCUUUACGUACACAAAUGAAUGUAUAUCUGGAGUGCCCCUUCCAUUAUGAAAUGAAGGAAUAAAUCUUUUUGUCUGCAAGUGCUCCAUGGGGACAUCUUAAUGAACAAUUUGAAACGAUGUAAGGAAAGGAAUGAGUUUGUGAGGGAUAGUGAAUUGAUUCCCUACACACACAUUGUAUGCACUGCUUGAAUAGGAAGUACCAUAUUUUUUCACUCCAAAAGGCGCACCAGACCAUAGGGCGCACCUACUUUUUGGGGGGGGAAUUCAAGAAAAAAAAUAUGCAGCUCUUGGGGGCUUUUGCCGGAAGUGGGGGAAGUGAGGGAGCCGCGCUCUGUCCCUUUCCCCAACUCCCAGAAAAGCCAGGGAUAGCCGCGUGAAGCCUCCCCAGGACAGUGGGAUAAAGGCUCCCCACUGCCCUGCGGAGGCUUUGCAGAAGCUAAAACAGCUAGAAGGAGCACUGCGCAGUGCUCUCUCUCGCUGUUCUGGCUUCUGGAGCAGCCUUUCUGCUGCUCCCCGACCUGCCUGCUCUUUGGGGCUGGUGGUGGCGGAAAGCCGGGCUUCCCCCACCGCCAGCCCCAGGGACCACACAUUCGCUCCAUAAGACAUACAGACAUUUCCCCUUAGAUUUUAAGAGGAAAAAAGUGCGUCUUAUGGAGCGAAAAAUGCGGUAGAUGUUUUGCAGAAGUAAGAUUUACUUUGGAUGUUCUUAGCAAUUCCCUCCUGUGCAUUUUGUUAAAGGUACGGGACGGUGCUACUCUCAUCUUGUCAAAAAUGGGGGUCUCCCAACAGCCAGAGGACCAUCAGCAAGACAUGCCAGAGGAAAGUGAGUAUGAUCUGUUACUCCUCUAAAGGCCUCAGAAGAGCACUCAACAUAUUACCAGUGGGUAAUGCUAAUGUUGCCCUGUUCUGAUUUGGCCCUCGUGGCUAAAGCUGUAUUUUGCUAUGCAGGAACAGAGUGGUUUCGUGAUUGCCAAUAGUACCUUAAGAGAUCAUUCUAUUACUUAACAUAAGUUCUAAGGAUAUUGAUUUUGUUUUUAGUUAGUUAAAUUUUCUCUUUCCACCAGUUGUGCCCAUUUUUUACCAUGUGCUUCCUAAACACGUCGGCUGCAGCAUUCAGAUAUUUGCAUGUUGCUCAAUGGUCCUGCCCUUGUGGGAGUUUUUUAAACAUUUGCCUUUACAGUGGUACCUUGGGUUACAGGCGCUUCAGGUUACAGACUCCGCUAACCCAGAAAUAGUACCUCAGGUUAAGAACUUUGCUUCAGGAUGAGAACAGAAAUUGCGCAGUGGUGGCAGCGGUAGGCCCCAUUAGCUAAAGUAGUACCUCAGGUUAAGAACAGUUUCAGGUUAAGAACGGACCUCCAGAACGAAUUAAGUUCUUAACCCGAGGUACCACUGUAUUACUAUUUCAUAUCACAUUCUUCGAGGGAUAUUCCAGUGGAUAUUCAUUCAUGGAACUAAUUAGAGUCGUUCCAGUUUAGCAUCAUCCGUGCUCAGCAUCAGAUGCUUCUAGCAUUCAUUAGGCCCACAAUAGAAUGGGCUAGAAAUUUGUGCCUAUGUACAGGCAGUCUGGUUUUGCCCAGUUGGUUUUUGAAGCUAUUAAAAUAUCACUGAAAUAUUCAGCGUUAUGAAGACUUGGGCUGUGUCAACUCCUGGGGACUGCAAUGUGUCUUAUACUAAGCUCUGUGUUGAUGGACGUUAUAAGCACACCCACACUAGUGAAAGUUGUGCCAACCUAGGCUGAGGGGCAGGAAGUAGGUGUAGCUUCUAACUACAUGCAUUCCCCAAGGGCACUACUUUUAUUACUUCCUAUGAAAGUAAUAAAAGGGGCGCGGGUGGCGAUGUGGGUUAAACCACAGAGCCUAGGACUUGCCAAUCAGAAGGUCGGCGGUUCGAAUCCCAGCGACGGGGUGAGCUCCCAUUGCUCGAUCCCUGCUCCUGCCAACCUAGCAGUUCGAAAGCACGUCAAAGUGCAAGUAGAUAAAUAGGUACUGCUCCGGCGGGAAGGUAAACGGCGUAUCCGUGCACUGCUCUGGUUUGCCAGAAGUGGCUUAGUCAUGCUGGCCACAUGACCCGGAAGCUGUACACCGGCUCCCUCAGCCACUAAAGCAAGAUGAGCGCUGCAACCCCAGAGUCGGUCACGACUGGACCUAAUGGUCAGGGGUCCCUUUACCUAUGAAAGUAAAGGAAAGACAUUUAUGUGAAACUGGAGUCAAGGCAUCUCCUUAGAUUCAAUGCCCACAUAAUGAUAGGGCCAGUCCUGAUUUGGGCUGUAAUAGGUCAUGCCUUUGACACAUUCAUCAUUCUUUAGACCAGAGACUACAUGCUUCCUGGUGGUAUGGAAUUUAAAUGCACAACCUGUGCAGAAAUAGGCAUUGUGUUUUGUAAUGCAUCCCAGCAGGUCCCUUGUCCUGGUGUCUGCCUAUGGGAAGCAGGCUGAGUUUUAAGCCUGUUGGUCAGAUAAAUCUUCUGCAUUUUCAACAUCUGUGGGUUUUUUCUGUGUGGGCAAAGCCUGGAAUAUUGGAUAUUAGCAUUCAUUCCUUAUUUGGGACCCAAUAUGAUGAGGCUUUUUGUCCUCUGGCUCCUACUAUGACAGGGAACAAGUUUGAUAAAGGGCACUCUCUCUAAAGGUUCUUUGGAACUGGUAUGUCAAUAGCAUUUCAGUUCUUUGAGGAAAGCAGUUGCCUGGUUGUUUUUUUAUGUGUUACUGCUUUCUAAAUGCGGUUACUUAAAUGCAAAUUGAUGAUAAAAGCUUUCCAGAGUUUGUCAAUCCAUUUUUUAAAGUUUCUAUUCUUUUUGGGUUACAUAAAUAAAAUUGAAAAUGAAAAAGUAGGUUUCUCGGGUUUGUGUAUAGAUGCACAGAUGAAAAUAUAUCUUGAAACCAAGAGGCCGUUUGAACCAGGAUCUACUUAGUGAUAGACUAAAAGCAGGAAAUUCUGGUAACAUGUAUGCUGAGAGCUGUAUCAGGUAGCAAAAAUGAUCUAUUGAGUUUCAAAGAUGAAGGCUUCCAACCACUCAGUGCCCUUUUUUUGCACAGGAAAUAGCUUUCAGGGGAAUUCUGGAAAGGUAAUAUUUCAUUCCUAGCUAAUGUUUCUUUUCAUUAGUGCUUAGGUCUCUUAGAAUUAUCCAAAGCCAGCUUGUUUAUUUGGAAAGCUAUAAAAUGUUAGAGAGCCAGUGGAGAGCUAGAGCUUGAACCGACAAUGAUUUGUGGAGUUCUUUGUUGCGUAAAAGGAAAAUAAAUGUUCCCCCACCCCAGAAAAAGAAGCAACAUGCUGUUAUGAGGCCUGAAUACAGAGCCCACCUCUGCCAAUUUUACAAAAAAAAAUGACUUGAAAAGGACUUUUGUAUGCUUAGGUUUGGCUGUUUUUAUUGAAGUCAUUUCAUAUGAACCUAGACUUUUUAAAGUUGGUUGCCACUAAUAAUAUACAAAGAGAAUGGGUUUACAUCUCUUUCCAAAAAAAUGUGGAACGAUGUCCAAAUCCUUUAGAAAUAGUUCUUUCUUUCUUUCUUUCUUUCUUUCUUUCUUUCUUUUUCCAGGCAGUGAUGUGUUAGUUGAUUAUAAAGUCUAGAGAAUUAAGUGCAGUAAAAUUUCGCAUUGCCAAAUGACAUGAUGGAAUGAAUGGGAGUUUCACAAAUGUGCAACUCCCGUGGCAUUCCUGUUCUUUUCAGUGGGACUUGGAAAGAAAUUAGUUUGAUUUAUCCCCAUUUUUUAUUUUUAUUUUUCAUCUCAGUUCACAAAUAAAGAUUGGUUAGUCUGGACUUUCUUCGAAUUCCUUCUCCUGCCAAUGAUCUUUAUUACAUUGGCAGUAAUAAGCAAGUAUUUUGUGUAGCGCUUUAGGGUGCUCAGAAUGUACAUUACGUUGGUAGCCUAUAUCUUUGUAAGGAAGAUUGGUAUUAUCACCAUGUGAGAGAAAGCAGCUUUUCUAAUGCCGUCUGAUACGAGAUUUGAAGAGGAAACUUAGCUGGCAUCUCCAGCUCCCCGUAAUCCAGUAGCAGUCAGUGAAGUGGCCCAGAUGGGUCAUUGGUGUUUACCGUUGGAGUGUUGUGGGUACAGGGCCAUCUUACCCAUAAGCGCUAGGGGUGUGGGGCACCCGAGCGCUGGGCUCUCAGGGGCACCAGGCCAAGAGUCCAGGGCCUGAGAGUUGAGUCUGGGGAAGAGCCACUGGCGGAGGAAGAGGAGUGCGGGAGGAGCCCCUGGCAGUGUGAUCCUGGUGGGGCACCAUCGCGGCUGCCCCCCUGCCUGUGCUGGGCGCCAUGCCCCCAGGACAUGUGCCACGGCCCUACGUGAUGAGUCAGCGUCAUGAAAUUUGGGGAGCUGCCUCGUUGGUCUAUAGCCAACUCGUAUAAAGAGGUACAGUUGACUUGAGAAGACUGCUUUAUGAUGUUGCAAGACUGCAACUGGAAUAAAGCCCUACUUAAAAUACAGCUUGACUCCCGAGUGCUUCAUGUGGGGCUUCCGUACAUCACUACAGUGAGCAGCUCAGUGUGGAGUGCCACUGCAGGAGUGUUGGACUGCCUCUACCACCACAUGCCACACAGCGCUGCACUCCCCAUGCUUCUCCGCAACAGGCCAACAUCUCAACCUCCCUGGAAAUGGUUAUAAUUUGAAAGCAUGCCUCGUAGGGAAAAGAGAGUGAGGGAAAACACGCCCAGAAGGGGAAAGUUCUGACACGCAAAAAUAGAAUUCAGAGGUAUGCAGAAUUCUGGUGCACACAUGGGACAAGAAAGUGGGGACAGUUUCUACAUCAUAUACAGUGGUACCUCGGGUUAAGAACUUAAUUUGUUCUGGAGGUCUGUUCUUAACCUGAAACUGUUCUUAACCUGAGGUACCACUUUAGCUAAUGGGGCCUCCUGCUGCCGCCGCGCUGCUGGAGCACGAUUUCUGUUCUCAUCCUGAAGCAAAGUUCUUAACCCGAGGUACUAUUUCUGGGUUAGUGGAGUCUGUAACCAGAAGCGUCUGUAACCCAAGGUUAUUGCUGAAUGUGCCACACUCCAAAUCCCAUUAGAUAAAUGGACAAUUCCUUAUUGUUGCUGGGAAUAGGAAGCUCCCACUCAUUUAGAGGCCAGUACAGGAGUUGCAAUUCUGCCCUGGAGCUCUAGUAGACUGCACUUGUGUUUUAAAGCAUUGUGUUGUUUUUUUAAGGUUAACUCAGCUUCUUCGCUUUGGCAAAUAAGACCUGAGCAAGUACGUUGAAAAAAAGCAUCAGCACGUUUGUUAGUUCGGCACCUUCAUGUUUAUGAAAUGCAAAUAAUAUUAAUUACAGGCAACUAAAUAUGCAGAUUAGUCACAGUCCUCUGGCACAUGAUUCAUGGCAUGGCAAUCGGCGCACAGCCAGUGGAUUUAAUUUUAAUGUGAUUGUUUUGAAAUGUGUCACUAUUUUCAGGGCGUGCAUUGUUGGAAGAGGAAAAUAAGAUCUGGCAUCUAGUUCGGCCGGCAGAUGAAGUUGAUGAAGGCAAAUCAAAAAGAGGAAGCAUGAAAGAGAAGGAGAGAACCAAAGCUAUUACAGAAAUCUACCUGACAAGACUCCUCUCUGUGAAGGUAAGAUUGAGACAUCAAGUUAAAAUUGCCAUCAUCUCUAGAAGGUACUCGUAAUUCGGGGUGUUAAGUGUAAAUAGUAACUUACUGUGUGGAAUCCUUCUUUAGGGCUCAGAUUUAAUUUAAAAACAAUAGCUUUCUCUUGUGUUUAUGAGUCUGUAUUUUUAGUUACAUAAAUAAUACACUUUGUGUUUAUUGUCAAGGACAUUAGAGGUGGAAACCCAGGAUUGACUUCACAAAUUGGCCAGCACAUACAACGGUUGAAACGUGACAAUUCCUGAGGCACCUCAGAGCUAGAUAGCUUAUUGUGCUUUGAUUUUUCACAGAAUGAGGAAGUCACGAUAUUUCCCAAAUAGUUUCUGUGAUGCAUAAAUAUUUGCAUAACACGUAUCAGCCACUGUUCUAUUUGCCUGCACUGACACUACACCUCUCCCCUUUCAUGCCCCUGUCAGUGGCUGUGCUUCUCCUUCUUCUAACACUAAGUGGCCUGCUAGCUUGUGAGCUUAGAGAAGUUAAGCGCAAUGCAAGUGUGCGGUGAGCUCAGUGCUGUUCUGUGUUAAACUCAAAGCAUAACAAAGCCAACUUGACAUUUAAUUUGCAUUUCUGCCUCUAGUAGCCUUAAAUGUGAGCUGUCCAUAUUGACUUCCACUGUUGCCACCAUCUGAAAACAUCUGGCUGGCGGGUAAAUGUGUUCUGCAGAUUGCGUGAACUUCCUUAAAGCAAAGUUGUGUGGAAUUAAUGAAACCUAAAAACACAAGAGCCCUGAUUGAGUAAAGCAGACUCUUCUCUAAUCCAGCAACCUGUUCUUAUGGGGGCCAGCCAGAUUCCUAUUAUUAUUAUUAUUAUUAUUAUUAUUACAGUGGUACCUUAGGUUAAGAACUUAAUUCGUUCUGGAGGUCUGUUCUUAACCUGAAACUGUUCUUAACCUGAAGUACCACUUUAGGUAAUGUGGCCUCCUGCUGCACCUGCGCCGCUGCCAUGCAAUUUCUGUUCUCAUCCUGAAGCAAAGUUCUUAACUUGAGGUACUGUUUCUGGGUUAGUGGAGUCUGUAACCGGAAGCAUAUGUAACCUGAGGUACCAUUGUAUUUUAAUUUGCAUAUUGUCUUCAUUUGAAGACCUCAGGGCGGUUCACAGCAUAAAAAUACAAAAUAAAAAACAAAAUGCAUAAUUAAAAACAAGAACAAAACAAACCCAUAACCCACCCCCUCCCAUAAACACAUUUAUAUCUUGUGGCAAGCAGGUUGGGAUCUUGCAUGCUCUGCAUAAGGUUAAAAUCCAAAAGUAGUUUCCUCAUGUUAAGCCACGAACGAGAGACUACAAACGCAAGGCUUUAUUAUAAUUAGGCUACUAAAUCACAAAAGUCCAUGCCAGUAAUUACCAGAAUGUAUCUGGGAAGCAUAAUUAUAAGUGCAUUACUCCGCCAUCAGUUCCCUCCUAUACUUGUCCAUCUAUUUCAGAGUUGGGCUUUUUGCAUUCCCUGAGCAACAAUACUGAAAUCCCCACCUCUUUAAAACAGAGUAGAGAAUUGUGUUUCCGGAGCUCCCUGGACCAUUUCUUAUGGCUGUUCAUUUCAUGAUGUUCAUAAGAGCAUUUACUACCCAUUUAGAGAUGAAAAAUGCUGCACUUCAAACUAUUGUGAUUCCUUGGCCACUUGGGACGGAGGCCUGUACAGUUGACUAUAAAUCAGUUUAGAAAGCAUUCUUGUAAAUUUGAAAUAAUGUCCUUGAAAAUGCUACACUUGCACUAUAACCUGAAUUUUUAAUGCAUGUAUGUAUGUUUUCUCUCCCCCCCCCUUAAUUCUUCUUCAGGGUACACUUCAGCAGUUUGUAGAUAACUUUUUUCACAGCGUACUUGACUCAAAGCAUGUUGUGCCACCAGCUGUGAAAUAUUUCUUUGAUUUUCUUGAUGAGCAAGCGGAAAAGCAUGAUAUCAAAGAUGACGAUACUAUCCACAUCUGGAAAACGAACAGGUAUGAACUUUCAGGGUUCGUGGGGAGAAGUGGCUGAAGAAGGCGAUACAUUCACUCACUAGCAACAGUGCUUUUUAUUGCUGUAAGCCAGGGCUCUCUCUUUACCAGAUGUGGAAGGGGAAAGUGUGGCAUUUCACUCAGAGCUCUCAGCAGAAGCUGUGUGUGUGUGUGCAUACCCGCCAACAUUUCUCUGGUGAAAAUAGGAACGUCCUAUUCUAUUAUUUUUAAUAAUAAUAAUAAUAAUAAUAAUAAUAAUACCCUGUACAUCUUACUGUGUUGCCCCAGCCACUCUGUGUGGUUUCCAACAUAUAUAAAGGUAAAGGGACCCCUGACCAUUAGGUCCAGUCGUGGCCGACUCUGGGGUUGCGGCGCUCAUCUCACUCUAUAGGCCGAGGGAGCCGGCGUACAGCUUCCGGUUCAUGUGGCCAGCAUGACUAAGCCACUUCUGGCGAACCAGAGCAGCAUACGGAAACGCCGUUUACCUUCCUGCAGGAGCAGUACCUAUUUAUCUACUUGCACUUUGACAUGCUUUAGAACUGCUAGGUUGGCAGGAGCAGGGACUGAGCAACAGGAGCACACCCCAUCGCUGGGAUUCCAACCGCCGACCUUCUGAUCGGCAAGUCCUAGGCUCUGUGGUUUAACCCACAGCACCACCCACGUCCCUAACCAACAUAUAGAGAAACAUAAUAAAACAGUAAACAGUAAAAAAAAACCUUCCCUAUACAAGGCUGCCUGGGUGUCUUCUAAAGGCUGUAUAAUUACUUAUCACAUAACUCCAUACCCUCCAACAUUUCUCCAAUGAAAAUAGGAACAUCCUAAGGAAAAGUGGGACAUUCCAGGAUCAAAUCAGAAACCAGGACAGCUUCUGUAAAUAUGAGACUGUCCCUGGAAAAUGGGACACUCUGUCUGUCUGUAUCUAUCUGUCUAUAAUAGAUGGUUCCUGGAUCAUAACCACUGUUUCAAGUAGCUGUUCUUUAUGCUUAUAUUGCCCAACCACAGCCCUCUAAAACUGGGGCAGCAACCCUUAAAAUGAAGGGAAAUGCCAGAAUGCCUUAACAAAGCUGCUGAGGGAGAAAGAUGAAAGCUUUAAAACAGAGCCAGUUGCAAAGUGUUCCCAGCCCUGAAAAAGAUAGGUGGGAGGACAGAAUAGGUAGGAAACGUACAGAGAUAUAUGUGGCAGCUUUACUUUUUGAUGUUUACAAGGAUGAUUUCCCUGUUCUUCCCGAAUCUGAGUUUUCCUAUUUGAAAUGAUAUACCCCAACAGCAUGAAGGUUAAAGGAUCUCCACUUCAACUAAGUAAUGCCAGCCUUAUUGCUGCAUAGGACUUGCCACAAAGGAAUACAGCUUUGCUAAAUACUCAUUUUUGGGGUUCUGGGGCACGUAGCAAUGGGACUGCUGUCUGUGUCUUUUAGACAAAACCUCUCAAAUUGUUUUUGGGUAGUUUUUUUGUUUUCUAAUAUAGCAUGCAGAAGCACACUGUGGAUACUGAUUCACUUAGUGGCUUAAGCAUAUAAUCAAACUGAAAAUAAUGUUGCAGCAAUUUUAAGCAGAGCAAUCUAUUUUGCUUGCCAGGGCCUCAUUUUCUACACUUUAACUUCACUCCUUAAUAAGGGCUUGCAUUGUUUCUUUGCUUGCUUCACAGCUUGCCGCUUAGGUUCUGGGUAAACAUACUGAAAAACCCCCACUUCAUCUUCGAUGUUCAUGUUCACGAAGUAGUGGAUGCUUCCUUGUCAGUCAUUGCACAGACUUUCAUGGAUGCUUGCACAAGAACAGAGCACAAAUUAAGCAGGGUAAGUGUUUUACAUUCUGCUCUGUGUCUGCGCGAGAGAGAGAACGUUUUAAGUACAUUAUGAUAGACAAAGCAGUAAUCAUAGAAGAUAGCGCAUAGAUCAGUUCAUUUUGCCUUUGCUUGUAAGGAUGAUUAUAUUGUUUUGAAGCUUCAGCGAAAGUUCAAUGUUUAAUCUCUAGUGACACAUUCAAAAGAGUUGUUUUCUAUUGCUUUUAGAAUAACAGCUGAUUACUGCUUGCAACUUAUUUUUUAUCUAUUAAAGGUACAAGCUGGUUUUUGAAACUUAAGGGAUGUCUCUCCUAUCAUCCUGUUCACAGCCCUAUAUCCACAAGGCCUGCCCGCCUUGGUACCAGCCAGAGGGGCACAUUGUGGCCUGUUUGGCCAAUGAGGCAGGCCCUUGAGGUGCUCUGCAUCCGGGGCGUGGGAACAAGGCAAUGUCAGAGCCCUAUUUCAAGGCUAGUUGGCCUUCUCCCCACACCCUCUUAUUCUCUUUGCAGUCCCUGCCCUCCCAACCUAUGGUAAAGGUAAAGGGACCCCAGACCAUUUGGUUCAGUCGUGGCCGACUCUGGGGUUGCAGUGCUCAUCUUGCUUUAUUUCCCAAGGGAGCCGGCGUACAGCUUCCGGGUCAUGUGACCAGCAUGACUAAGCCGCUUCUGGCAAACCAGAGCAGCACCCGGAAACGCCGUUUACCUUCCCGCCAGAGCGAUACCUAUUUAUCUACUUGUACUUUGACGUGCUUUCAAACUGCUAGGUUGGCAGGAGCACGGACUGAGCAACGGGAGCUCACCCCGUCGUGGGGAUUUGAACCGUCGACCUUCUGAUCGGCAAGUCCUAGGCUCUGUGGUUUAGACCACAGCACCACCCGCGUCCCAUCCCCAACUUGUGACUUAUUGGUCACUUCUACAAUCCUGUGUAGGAUUGUUUUGCUGUUCAACUUCGUGGGUUGUUUUUUCACCUACUCUGCGCCAAAUAGCUUGGCACUAGAUGGCCUGCUGUGUUUUGAACUAGAUUCAUCUGGUCUUUGGUUCAAUUAUUUUGGCCAGUUGGGCGCAGGAAGGAUAAUAGUUGUAUUUCAGCCUGGAGACCUACCCCCCUUUAGGCAUGUUUCAGGGUCCUGUACUGACCCGAAGGCUUACUCUCUGGGCUCUAGGGAUAGAAGCUGCCCUUGAAGCUAAACAGCUUCAUUGGCCUGGAGCUAUGAGAUCUCAGGGGGAGAGGCAUAGGCCUUCCUACCAACUUUCAUGCUGUGGCCUGAGAUUGGGAUGCCAUCUGGACAGCCAUGACUCUGGUUCCUUUGGCCUUUUAGCUUCGCAUAUGACAAAACCGACAUAUACCCACAGUCUGCUUUCCAAAUGUUUACGGUAGCACACACACUUUAUUUACAUGAGUACAUUUUCUACAAAUUAAUCUCUAACACACCAAUUGCACUUGAACACUCAGCUCUGUGUAUAUCAUCUUUUCCCAGGAUUCUCCGAGUAAUAAGUUACUCUAUGCAAAAGAGAUCUCGACGUAUAAGAAGAUGGUGGAAGAGUAAGUAAAGAAUUAUUGUACCUGGGCUUUUGUCACCGGGAAAACAAUUCCAUUUCAUCAUCAUUUCAGAAUAUGUUCAUUAAAAAAUAUUCCAUGUAUUAAACCGACAGGGUAGAAAAUGAAGUGGUAAACAUAGUGGUAACAUCUCAUUGGACAAAGGAGGAAUGCAGGUUCUGUCAAUAAUAAUGUUAUCCUUCACAAUGGCCUUUUCCAGCCUGGUUCCUAUGGACUAUUGCAGGAUCGAUCCCCAUACGGGACCAGCUACAUAUUCCUGCAGUGCAGGGAGUUGGACUAGAUGAUCCUCAGGGUCCCUUCCAACCUGAUCCUAUGUGACUACAACUCUCAUCAGCCAUGCUGGUUGGGACAGAUGGGACUUGCAGUCCAAAACAUCUGGAGGGAAGAUUGCUAUAUAGUGAGAGUUCCAAGAGGAAUAAGUCUAAGGGCAAAGACAGACAUAUAAUUCACACAUUCCCUGCAUUUCCCCCCAGCAAAGUUAAGAAUGUACGUAGAAAAUGGUACACUGGAAAUAAAAAUCUGCUUGAAUUUUUCAAGACACAUCUGUGAAAUGAUGCACAAAAUCCAGUUCACCCUAGAUUAAUCAAAUGGCUCCACACACUCUUAUUGGGCUUGAUAACCACCCAUUAUUGCCUGCUAUCCAGAUGUGAAAUCAAAUAUUGCAGCAGCUUUAUAUGUCGUUUCAAAACAGGUAUCUGUUUAAUCAGACUGAACGAAAUUAGGCAUAAGUGUGUCAGGCUUUCUCCAAGUUAAUGAACAUGUUAAAUGGUUUUUAAACCUUUGAAUCUGGGGUUAAUUUCGUGGCUUUUGAUCUGUAAUUUUUCAGACUAGCCUUACCCCCCUCCCUUUCCAAAUGUGGUUUUUAUAAUGUCCUAUCCAGUGAACUGCAUUACAGAAGUUGAAGAAAGAAUGUUGAGAAGUAUUUCACAAGUGCCACAUGUCCUGUAGCACCUUAAAGGAUUAACAACUUUUUUGUGGCAUGAGUUUUCAAAGGCUAGAGUAUAGGUCUCUGGUGACAUUUUUCAAGCUUGAGCAUUGGAGCUGUCUGUUAUACUUCGGCUUGCAAAAGCUAUAUACUUUGGUGUAUUUUAAAAUUCAGUAUUAAUGAUGAAAGCAGAUUUGGGGGAUGGGUGUUUGCAAGAUCCUUCAUUUAGAAGUCUGUUAAAAAGGAAGAUGAAAAUAUACACUCGAUUCCAGUUGUAACACUUCCUAAAUUCCAACUAUUUCUGACUAUAAAGUUUAAUUCCUCGCCCAAUACGUCUAACACUGCAAUGUUAUGCACAGCUACAUGGGACUAAAUUCCAUUUAAUUCAGUAGAAGCAUUUGUGGGAUCAGACUGUAAGAAACACUGAACAUUUGCUUGGCUAUGCUUCUUUUGCCAGCCUUGGCAGUUCUCAAUAAUGAGGCGGGUAAUCCCCAUAGUUCAGUAUACUUGUUGAACAUGACAGAAUUUGGUCAGCAGUGCAGAAGCAACCAUGUUUAUUGAGGCGCUAUCUAAUCUGUUCAAAUGCCCACAGAAAGUUUAGCUGGUUUGUGCUAAGUUGUGCAGUGUGUUCUUCCUUUCGCUCAUGGGUUGUUGAAAUCAAUGGUAGCAGCGCUUUGAUGGAUUAAGCCAAUUGUGUGUAUAAGCAAAGAAGCAACAAGAGAUGCAGAUCAGAUCAUUUCAUAAGGAAAUUUGCAAUUUCUUGAGCACCUCUGUUGUAGUUGUAGAUGUUGUAGUUAUUAGAAAAAUAAAAUUGCUACGAAGCAUAAAUGCAUUUUUAAAAUGAUGAACUGCAUCAACUAAAAAUUGUUGUUUCGGUUGAUUUUUUUCUAGUUAUUACAAAGGUAUUCGCCAAAUGGUACAAGUGAGUGACCAGGACAUGAAUACACAUUUAGCAGAGAUUUCUAGGGUAAGUAUCAAAUUGGAAUUCUUACUUUGGGAAUACAGUGGAACCUCGUGUUAUGGAUGGGAUCCGUUCCGGAGGCCCAUCCAUAACAUGGAACUGACGCAAGCUGAAUCGCUGUGUCGGCGCACGUGCGCGGUUUGAUUUAGCGCUUCUGCGUGAGCGGUGAGACCCGGAAGUAACCCGUUCCGGUACUUCCGGGUUGCUGCAGGAAACACGUAACCUGAAGCAGACGCAACAUGAGGUAUGACUGUAGAGGCAUGAAGCUCUGGCAUUUGUCAUUUUGUGCUCACGUCCAAUUAGAACUUCUGCCUGUCCUACGGAAUCUUUUGAAUUAUUUUCCCCCAUACAAUAUUGCGUUGCUUGUGAAUUAUUGAUUUUAAAGGAUGCUCAAACAUUCUUUUAGGGUGAUUCCCUUCCCCCCCCCCAUGUCAACAAAAGCGAUGGGAUUUCUAAUAGCUUAGUUGAAUAAAAUGGCACAGAGGAAAAAAGGCUCGUGGGGAAAGAAGGCAGAACCAUAGUUUCAAAUUGGUUUCAUUCAGGGAAUUUACAUGUGGCACGUCCUGAAGAUUAAUUUAAAAUUCAGUUCAUGUGGAUGAAACUCACAAGGAACUUGUCUAAAUGUCUUCUUGUGUUUUUUAUUGGUUUAGAUGGCCUUAACAGGGCACCAGCCAUAUUUACAGGGGGUAGGGCUAUUCAUCAUGAUGGCACUAUGCCUCUAAACUCCAGUUGCUGGUGACUAUCAGCAGGGAAAAGGCUAUUGUCCUCACCACUUGCUUGUGGGCUUUCCAGAUGUUGGCCACUAGAUGUUGGUGGACUUGAUUCUACAGCACUCUUAUGUUCUUAACCAGAUGAAGUUUGUGUUCUUUGGAGCAUUUGCCCGCAUGACCUCUAUACACAUCUGGAGUCAACCUGCUCCAGACUAAGGCUACUGCGUACCCCUUUCUAUGAUGAGGAAAGCAGCAUGGUUGGCUGUAACAAAUCCAGCAGGAGACCUUGACGCGGGGGGGGGGGUGUUCCUGAAAAUUGUCAGUUUCACUUCCUCACCAAGCCAGACAGCUAUUAAAAGAUUUGCGUACCAGUGCUGGGAUAUGGAAAAGGGAUUUACAUCGUGUCUGGUGCUCCUAUAUAUAUUUCAUUGGAGUUCGUAUGCAGCCAGGACGGUGCCCUGACGCAUUCCUUUUUCUUCUUGUUUUGUUUAAUAGGCACACACAGACUCAUUAAAUACCCUUGUGGCUUUACACCAGCUCUACCAGUAUACUAACAAAUACUAUGAUGAGGUAAGUUUCCACUGUCAGAAUGGCUUUAUUAUGCUGUAAAAGGGUCACCGCAGCAAGGAAAAAGAGCCAACAGGCUGAUAGACUUUGGGCUCAUGAUUUCCUAGCUUACCAGGUGCUUGGCUUUUACAGGCGCUGUAUUUCUGAUACGUGGGGGUUGGAGGGGCAGGUUGGUGCUGACAACUUUGGAGUUUGCUUAGAAGAAUCCAAAAUACUGGUGGUGCUGAUAACAAAUGUUAGCCAAAUUAGUGAGGUAGGAGAGCUGGGUGGGAAAUCACAUCUGGCAACCAAUAGUACUUGGGUAAAGGUACCCCUGACCGUUAGGUCCAGUCACGGACGACUCUGGGGUUGCACGCUCAUCUUGCUCUAUAGGCCGAGGCAGCCGGCGUUUGUCCGCAGACAGCUUCUGGGUCAUGACUAAGCCACUUCUGGCGAACCAGAGCAGCACACGGAAACACUGUUUACCCUGCCACCGGAGCGGUACCUAUUUAUCUACUUUCACUUUGAUGUGCUUUCGAACUGCUAGGUUGGCAGGAGCUGGGACCGAGCAACGGGAGCUCACCGCCAACCUUCCGAUCGGCAAGCUCUAGGUUCUGUGGUUUAGACCACAGCGCCACCCGCGUCCCUUUCAGUACUUGGGUAGAUGAGUCUAAAAAAGCCCAGGGCACAAUUUUUCACAGCCCUCUGGUGGCUCAUUUACCAGAAGUAAUGUACUUGGCAUUAUCUCUGGAAGUCUGUACUCAAUUCUAACCAAACUAGGCCUCCUCCUAGAGCAAAAUAUACAUAGGAGGCUUAGUUUGGUCAGAAUUGAGUAUACACUUCCAGAGAUAAUACUAAAUGCAUUGCUUCUGGAAAUGAGCCACCAUAGUUCUCAGAGGUCCAUGAAACUUAGUGUCCCAGGCUUUUUAGACUCUUCUACCCAUCUGAAACCAGAGGGGUCCAUUGGUUGCCAGAUGUGAAAUAUAUUGCCAUUAUUUUCAGGUCUCCCACCCCACUACUAAGGCUCUGCGAUGUUGAAAACUCAACAUCACCGAGCUUUACCACCAGCCAAACAUCGUGGUUUGGUGAUAAACCGUGAUGUUGAAAGAAGCUGCAUCGGCCCCAGCCUGCGGCUGAGCUGGGGGGGCGGAAAGGCUCCUGCCCCCCCCAAACUUAGCAAGCCGGUGUCCGUGCAGCUUGUGCGUGAGCAACAGUGACCUGGGGCUCCUUGUGGGGGGAGGGCGAAAGGGCUGCUCUGCCUCAGCUGAGCCAGCCCCGAGGUCCCUGCUGGUUGCGCACAAGCGACAGGGUCCUUCGCGAGGCUCCCUCCACCACUGUUGGCAUGGGGAGUGAGCGAGCUUAUUCUCCUCCCCGCCCCCUUGAAGACAGACCACACUGCGGUGGCCAAAUGCAUGGAGCCUGUCAGGUUCCAUGCAUUUGACUGUCUUUGCCCGUGCAGGCCCGUCGCCUCUUUCCUCCUGGGGUGAACGACCCCAGGAGGAAAGAGGCACCCUUCUGCCGGCUUGUGUGAGCCAGAGGCAAGGUGGGGGCUCCUUUAAACUUCUCCAUUGAGGGGCAUGCAGCCACACCCACCUCAAUGGAAAAGUGUGAUGGAGCGGGGCUGGGGCUCUCUCAGCUGGGGAGUGGGAGCCCUUUAACAGAGCCACCACCCUGCCGCUAGCUCGUGGGGUCUGGGGCUUUGCAAGACUGCUUGGCUGAGGCAAGGGUCUUGGCACACUCCUCAGCCAAGCAGUUUAAAGAAGCGGGAGGGAGGAACAAGCUGUAUCACGCCUUGUCUAUGCAAUUUCCUUCUCCCUCCGCUGUGGUAAGAGAGCAGAGCGUGGUUUUACCAGUGGUAUAUCGCUGGUGAAACCGCGGCCACUCCCUCUGCCUCCAGCUCCGGCUGCAGUUUGUUUCUCCCUCAGCGUGCUGGGCACUGGAGGCAGAGGGACUUAGGAGUGGCUGCGGUUUCACCAGCGAUAUACCACUGAGUGAAGCUGUCAUCGCUGCCUGCCCCUCAUACCAGUCCCUGGACAAUAUAUUGAUAAAUCACCCAGGCCUACCCACAACUACCGUAUUUUUCGCUCUAUAAGACGCUCUUUUUCCCUCCUAAAAAGUAAGGGGGAAUGUGUGUGCGUCUUAGGGAGCGAAUGCAGACUGUGCAGCAAUCCCUCUUGCUGUUCUGACUUUGCUUCAUUGGAGAGGCGCUGCGCAGCUUUCCCUCUCUGCGCAGUGCCCCUUCAGCGAAGCGGUAGGAGAAACUGAGUCCCUUCCAUUUCUCCUCCUGCUUUGCUGAAGAGGCGCUAUGCAGAGAGGGAGAGAAUUUUUUUCCCCUUGUUCUCCUCCUCUAAAACUAGGUGCAUCUUAUGGUCAAGUGCAUCUUAUAGAGCGAAAAAUACGGUAUUUAUCUCUUGAAAGAUCUUGGGCAGGGGUCAGCAACCUUUUUCAGCUGUGGGCCACUCCACCGUCCCUCAGACCAUGUGGUGGGCCGGACUAUAUUUUGAAGGGGGGGAAAUGAAUGAAUUCCUAUGCCCCACAAAUAACCCAGAGAUGCAUUUUAAAUAAAAGGACACAUUCUACUCAUGUAAAAAUACGUUGAUUCCUUGACCGUCUGUGGGCAGGAUUGAGAAGGCGAAUGGGCUGCUUCCGGGCCUUAGGUUGCCUACCCCUGAUCUCGGGACUAUUAGUCAAGGGAGAGAAGCUGGCUUACUGUGCUGAGCUUCAUACUGGGCGCCAUGAUGUUGCAACCGUUGGCUACACCUGUAGCAGCCUUCAGAGCCUCUUUAAAGAGCUUGUCCGCUUUCACGAUAGUUGUUGCUUCCUCUUCUGCCAAGAAAAUAUAGGCAGGGGCACACCUAUCAGUGAAACAACAAAAUCAAUUGUCAGUAGGACAAACUAGCUACCAUCAGACAACAAAAGUUCAGUAUCCACAAGCUAUGAAGGAGCAUUCCUUAUUUCUGCCACGCUUUUAAAAAAUUUAUUGGCUAGUAAUGGUGCUCAUCUUUGAAUACAGUGGUACCUCUGGUUGCGAACAGGAUCCGUUCCGGAGCCCCGUUCGCAACAUGAGCAGAACGCAACCCGCAUCUGCGCGGGUUGCAAUUCACUGCUUCUGCGCAUGCGCAUGACGUCAUUUUGAGUGUCUGUGCAUGCGCGAGCAGCGAAACCCAGAAGUAACCCUUUCCGGUACUUCCGGGUCACCGUGGGACACAACCUGAAAAGAUUUAACCUGAAGCAAACGUAACAAGAGGUAUGACUGUAGGUAAUUUGAGAUGGACGGGUUUGCAUUACACAAGGCAUUCUCAAAAAAAGGGGGGGGGAAGGAAAUGGCUUGGUUCACUUCCCAACCAAUCUGAAUGAAACACACACCCACAUCCACACACACACACACACACACACACACCACAAUCUACCCUUGCAUUUAAAUGGUAGCUUCAGGCAGCCAGGACAGAGCUCUCCUGGCAGUGGGAAGCAUUUGAGGGUUAUGAAGGCUGCCCAGGCAAAGUACCCAACCACCCACAGAGGAGAUGACUGCAAUGGCAGGCCUUCCCCCUCUCUAGUGAUUUUUGCCUCUUUAAUCUCUCCGCUAUUCUGUCUUAAUAAAGCAACGUGCUUCUGAUCUACACUUUGAAAAUCCAUGAGAUUUUCUUCGGCGUAAUAUGUAGCUGAAUAGGCCUAUGGCUGUGAAAACUAAAACUGAAGCUGUGUGUCUUGCCUGAAUCCUGAUUUUUCUUCUUCUUCUUCUCCUAGAUCAUAAAUGCACUGGAAGAGGACCCAGCUGCACAAAAAAUGCAGCUUGCUUUUCGAUUACAACAGAUAGCAGCUGCUUUAGAGAAUAAAGUAACUGACCUUUGA